UUCCCGGCCUGGACGCCUCGGCUGGAGGGACUGCUGUCAGGAGGAAAAACAAAACUACACGGCGCUGACGGCCUGUAGUUUUGUUUUUUUCUGUGGGGUUCCCUCGAGGCUCAGCUGUUCUCCUUUUGGAUUUUCUGACUACACUUUCUGGAUAAAGAGGUUUUUGAUCUUCUGAACUCAGCCCUCCUCUGGGCAUCCCAGGCAUCCUUGUGCAGACAAGGUGCCGACCAACAUGUCAACACAGGCGCCAACAUUCACACAGCCGCUGCAGAGCGUCGUGGCACUUGAGGGUAGUGCCGCGACGUUCGAGGCUCAAGUUAGUGGUUCUCCAGUUCCUGAGGUGAGCUGGUUCCGUGAUGGCCAGGUUCUUUCCGCCGCCGCUCUGCCCGGCGUUCAGAUCUCGUUCAGCGACGGCCGCGCUGUUCUGAGGAUCCCCGCUGUGACCGCCGCACACAGCGGAAGAUUUUCCGUCAGAGCCACCAACGGCGCUGGACAAGCCACAAGCACCGCUGAACUCCUCGUUACAGCGGAGACGGCGCCUCCAAACUUCCUUCAGAGACUGCAGAGCUCCUCGGUGCGACAGGGCAGCCAGGUGAGGCUGGAUGUCCGAGUCACAGGUAUCCCCACACCCGUGGUGAAGUUUUACAGAGAAGGAGCCGAGAUCCAGAGCUCAGCCGACUUCAGGAUCCUCCAGGAGGGAGACCUGUACAGUCUGCUGAUCGCUGAGGCCUUCCCAGAGGAUUCUGGGACAUAUUCUGUGACUGCCACCAACAGCAGCGGACGGGCCACUUCCACUGCUGAACUGCUGGUUCAGGGUGAGGAAGCUGUGCCGACUAAGAAAACUAAGACUAUUGUGGCCGCAUCUCAGAUGGCGACUUCCCAAGAGACCAGAGUGCAGAGGAAGGUGGAGGCGAGUUUCCAGGCCACCACCAUGAUGGAGAUGCAUGUAGAAGGAGGGAUGAUGACUCAGCAAUUGGCUCACAAAACCCCCCCGCGGGUUCCCCCAAAGCCAACCUCCAAAUCCCCGCCGUCAUUUGUUUCCAAGGUGACGGGAGGACGCCAGCAGUCACCCUCACCUGUCAGACAUGUGAAAGGGCCGACACCCACACCUGUCAGAUCCGUUUCUCCCUCCACCCGACUGUCCAUCUCUCCCAUCAGACCUGUCAAGUCUCCUGUCAUGACCAGGAAACAGGUAUCUGCCGGUGCAGAGGUCCUGCCACCCUGGAAGCAGGGAGACUACGUGGCUGAAGCCGGCUACACCACUAUGACCAGCAUGACCAGUGUCAGCAGCGCCACCCAGCUGCGUAUGGAGAAGCACUGGGAGCAGCAGGUCACCGCCACUAGAGAGGCUGAGGGAGGGAAAAGAGCCGGGGCGGUGGCCACAGUGGUGGCCGCCGUUGACCUUGCUCGCGUCCGCCAGCCCGUGCAUGCAGAGGGCGGGCUAGCUGAAGAGGAGGAGGCAGUAGAGGUGGAGAUAAAGAAGCAGGCGGCAACGGCUGCAGAGAAACAAAUUGUUGCAACUAAAACAGUGUCCGUUGAACUGCCGGCUGCCGCCACCGCCGCCGUCGCAGUGACCUCAGAGCAGCACAGAGUCAAGGUCUCCCAGAUUCAGAGAACAACAGAAAUCUCCUCCCGUGUGGACACUGGUGUCACCCCGUCCCCAGUACCACAUUUCACAGUUUCUAAAGUUUCUGUUCCUAAACAUGAACCUAGCCACGAGGUGUCCAUCGCUGGCUCUGCCAUCGCUACUCUGCACAAAGAGUUAUCCUCCCCCGCUUCUCCAAGAAAGAUCAUCAAGCCCGUCAAGUCUCCCAGUCCGUCUCGCAGAGCGGCGACUGUGGAGGUUCGAGUGGCGCCGGAGCCCGUCCCCCCGCCGUUUAAAGACAUCAGAUAUCAGAGUCAGGUUGAGUUACAGCCGAGCGGGGCUUACGCUGUGAGUGAAGAGGAGUUUGAGGACUGGGAGCCUCAGGAGGCGGCUGCAGUGCCCACCAGAGCCCAGGAGCCUGUUAUUCCUCCUACACUUAACGCUGGCCUGAAGAACCUGACUGUGACGGAGGGUGAGUCGGUGACCCUGGAGUGCCAGAUCAGUGGACACCCCACUCCUGUCAUCAUGUGGUUCAGAGAGGACUACAAGAUUGAGAGCUCCAUCGAUUUCCAGAUUAGCUAUGAGAAGGGAUUUGCCCGGAUGGUGAUCCGAGAGGCGUUUGCUGAAGACAGCGGCCGCUUCACCUGUACCGCCACCAGCGAGGCGGGAACCGUCAGCACCUCCUGCUACCUGCUCGUCAAAGUGUCAGAAGAAAUUGAGAGCAGAGAGGAGACGACUCUCACAGAAAUUGGAAUCACACAAGAGAAAACUGUUGCUGUCGAGACAAAGGCACAGAUGGUGGCAGAGGUGACUACAGGAGAGUCUGCUGCUCCCUUCUUCAUCAAGAAACCGACCGUUCAGAAACUGGUGGAGGGUGGAAGCGUAGUCUUUGAAUGCCAGGUCGGAGGAAGCCCAAAACCUCACAUUAUCUGGAAGAAGAGCGGUGUGCCACUCACUACUGGAUACAGAUACAAAGUUGCCUACAAGAAGGAGACUGGAGAAUGCAGACUGGAGAUCUCCAUGACCUUUGCUGAUGAUGCUGGAGAAUACUCUGUCUUUGCCAAGAAUCCUCACGGAGAAGCCUCAGCCUCAGCUGGCCUGCUGGAGGAAGAGGAAUAUGAGGCUUAUAUGAGGCAGCAUGAUGUGACAUAUAAAACUGAAGUGGUGACGACGACGGUGGUUCAGGAGCCCUCUGUGGUCGUGAGUCAGUAUGAGCUUGAACAGAGGAGGAUGACAACCCCCAUGAGCUUUGUCUCAGAAACGGAAUUCCUCAUUUCAGCCUUUGAAGAGAGGAUCAUCCAGGAGAUUGAGCUCCGCAUUAUGAGGAUUACCUACAGAGAGCUGGUGACAGAGGAUGGAGAGCUGAUGGUGACUGCAGCAGAAGAGGAGGCUGUGCAGCCGGCCUUUGACACACCGGUCAAAAACUACAGGAUCAUGGACGGAAUGGGCGUCACUUUCCACUGCAAGAUGGCUGGAAAUCCACUGCCAAAGAUUGCUUGGUAUAAAGAUGGCCAGCGCAUCAGGCCUGGUGGCCGUUACCAGAUGGAAGUUCUUCAAGAUGGACGAGCUAGCCUUCGCCUCCCUGUUGUGCUACCAGAGGAUGAGGGUGUAUAUACCGCCUUUGCCGCCAACAUGAAAGGAAAUGCCGUCAGCUCUGGAAAGCUCUAUGUAGAGCCAUCUGGAGCUGUAACACCUCAGAGAUACACACCACAGCCAGCAGUGCAGAGGAUCAGGUCCACAUCUCCUCGUUCUCUGAGCCGCUCACCUGGUCGUUCUCCCAGCCGUUCUCCUGGACGUUCUCCUGCCCGGAGGCUUGACGACACAGACGAGGCUCAGCUGGAAAGACUCUACAAACCUGUGUUUGUCAUGAAGCCUUCCUCAAUAAAAUGCUCUGAGGGGCAAACUGCCAGAUUUGACUUGAAGGUUGUUGGUAGACCCAUGCCUGACACAUACUGGUUCCACAAUGGACAACAAGUGGUCAAUGACUACACCCACAAGAUUGUGAUUAAAGAGGACGGCACUCAGUCCCUGAUCAUUGUCCCAGCCAUGCCACAGGACUCUGGAGAAUGGACAGUUGUUGCUCAAAACAGAGCUGGACGUACCUCUGUCUCUGUAAAUCUUACUGUUGACGCUCGAGAAAGCCUAGCACGCCCUCAGUUUGUUGAAAAGCUGAAGAACCUCACUGUAAAGCAGGGCACUCUGGUUGAACUGGCUGUCAGAGCCAUUGGAAACCCCCUGCCUGACAUUGUCUGGCUGAAAAACAGUGACAUUAUUACACCACAAAAGCACCCACAUAUCAAGAUCGAUGGCACUAAAGGAGAGGCCAAAUUCCAGAUCCCAGCUGCUUCAGGCUCAGACAGUGCCUGGUACACAGCUACAGCCAUUAACAAGGCUGGAAGAGACACCACUCGCUGCAGAGUCAAUGUUGAAGUGGACUUCACUGCCCCUCAAGCUGAGAGGAAGCUCAUUAUUACCAGGGGUACCUACAAGGCCAAGGAGAUUGCUGCUCCAGAAUUGGAGCCCCUUCAUCUGCGAUAUGGUCAAGAGCAGUGGGAGGAGGGCGACCUUUACGACAAAGAGAAGCAGCAGAAACCAAUGUUCAAGAAGAAGCUGACCUCUAUCAGAAUGAAGCGUUUCGGCCCAGCUCAUUUUGAGUGCAGACUGACCCCUAUUGGUGACCCCACCAUGGUAGUGGAGUGGCUGCAUGAUGGCAAGCCUCUGGCAGCUGCUAACAGGUUGCGCAUGGUCAAUGAAUUUGGCUACUGCAGCCUUGACUAUGAAGUUGCCUAUGCUAGAGACAGUGGUGUCAUCACCUGCAGAGCCACAAACAAAUACGGAGUCGACCAGACCUCAGCUACACUGAUUGUCAAGGAUGAGAAGGGUCUUGUUGAGGAAACACAGCUUCCUGAAGGCAGGAAGGGAGCCAGAAUCGAUGAGAUCGAGCGCAUGGCUCACGAGGGAGGACCUGCAGGAGUCAGUGCUGACGAGGAAACUGAAAAGACCAAACCUGAAAUUGUCCUGCUUCCUGAGCCAGCCAGAGUGCUGGAAGGUGACAUUGCACGAUUCCGCUGCAGAGUGACUGGUUAUCCAGCACCUAAGGUCAACUGGUACCUUAACGGACAACUCAUCCGCAAAAGCAAGAGAUACAGACUUCGUUAUGAUGGUAUUUACUAUUUAGAGAUCGUUGACAUCAAGUCCUAUGACUCUGGAGAGGUCAGGGUGGUUGCAGACAAUCCUUUGGGCACAACUGAGCACACUGUGAAGCUGGAGAUCCAACAGAAAGAGGACUUCAGAUCCGUCCUGCGCCGUGCUCCAGAAGCGAAGGCUGCAGAGGCUUCACAUGAGCCUGGAAGAAUGGGAUUUGAUGUUGUGAAGGUCGACCGGCCUGGCGAGGCCCCACAGGACAGGGAAGUCGUUAAACUUCGUAAGACACAGAGAAUUGUUCAUGAGAAAACCUCAGAGGAGUCAGAGGAGUUGAAGAGCAAGUUCAAGCGCAGGACAGAGGAAGGUUUCUAUGAGUCCAUCUCUGCUGUGGAGUCCAAGGCUCGCAAGAGGGACGACUCUUAUGAGGAUCUACUGAAGAAGACUAAGGAGGAGCUUCUUCAUCACAUGAAAGAGAAAGAAGAGGCUGAGAGGAAGAAGAUGGAGGAACAAGGCAAAGUCACCAUCCCCACAAUCAAACCAGAGAGAAUCCAGCUCUCCCCCAGCAUGGAAGCACCCAAGAUCCUGGAACGCAUUGCUAGCAAGACAGUUGCUCCAAUGGAUGAGGUUCGUUUCCGAGUCAGAGUCGUAGGAAGACCAGAACCUGAGUGCCAGUGGUUCAAGAACGGCAUUCAGCUGGAAAAAUCUGAGCGUAUUUACUGGUACUGGCCUGAGGACCAUUUGUGUGAAUUGGUGAUCAGAGACGUCACAGCAGAGGAUUCUGCUAGCAUCAUGGUUAAAGCCAUGAAUGUUGCUGGGGAGGCCUCGAGCCACGCCUUCCUGCUUGUGCAAGCCAAGGCAGCAAUUAACUUUACCCAAAACCUGGAGGAUGCCAGUGCCAAUGAGAAGGACACAAUGGUGACCUUUGAGUGUGAAACAAACGAACCUUUUGUUAAAGUCAAGUGGUUCAAAAACGACAUGGAGAUCUUCUCCGGAGACAAAUACAGAAUGCACUCAGACAGAAAGGUUCAUUUCCUGUCUGUGCUGAUGAUUGAAAUGAGGGAUGAUGCCGAAUACACUUGUGUGAUUGCAGAUGACGAGAACAUCAGGACAAGCGCAAGGCUUCACGUAGAAGGCGCUGCCUUGGAGAUCAUCAAACACAUGGAGAACAUUGAGGUACCAGAGACCUAUGCUGGAGAGUUUGAAGUUGAACUGUCUCGUGAGGACGCUGAGGGCAGCUGGUUCUUCAGGGACAAGGAGCUCUCUCCUAGCAGUAAAUACAUCAUGUCCUCCCGCCGAGGAAGACACACCCUGUCUGUCAAAGAUGUCAGGAAAGAGGACCAGGGGAAAUACACUUUUGUAUGUGGAGAUCUGAAGACCAGUGCCUCACUGAAGAUGAAAUUGCGCCCAGUGACCCUAAUGCAGCCCCUGGCCGACCUCACGGUCUGUGAGGGCGACAUUGCUCAGCUGGAGGUGCGGUUCUCCCAGGAGAACGUUGAGGGAACCUGGAUGAAGAACGGCCAGGCCAUCUCCGCCUCAGACCGCAUCCACAUUGUAAUUGACAAACUAGUCCACAAGCUGCUGGUGGAGAACGUCACCAGAGAAGAUGCUGCUUCCUACUCUUUUGUGGUUCCCGCCCAAGAUAUCUCCACCUCAGGCAAACUCAGUGUUCAAACUAUUGACAUUGUGGUUCCACUGAAAGAUGUGUCCUCCGUUGAGGGCACCAAAGCUGUUCUGGAGGCCAAGAUUUCCGCUCAGGACAUCAGCUCAGUCAAAUGGUACCACAACGACAAACUGCUGAUGCCCAGUGACCGAAUCCAGAUGGUGGCAAAGGGAGCCAAGCAGCGUCUGGUCUUCACUAGGACAUACGCCUCAGAUGAAGGACACUACAAACUGGUGGUCGGCAAGGUCGACACCAGCUGCAACCUGUCUGUCGAGCAGGUACACAUUGUGAAGCACAUGGAGGACAAAGUGUGCUCCGAGUCCCAGAACGUCACCUUUAACGUUGAAGUUUCUCACCCUGGCAUCGACCCGAUGUGGACAUUCAGGAACCAGCAGCUCAAACCUGGACCCAAAUACAAGAUGGAGUCCAAGGGAAAGGCUCACUCUCUGACUGUCAUUGAUGCCAUGAAGGAUGAGGAGGGCCAGUAUAUGUUCCACGCUGGUGAAAAGACAUCCAGCGCCAAACUCACUGUCUCUGGUGGAGCCAUCACACGGCCCCUGCAGGACGUGACAGUGGCAGAGUCUCAGACAGCUGAGCUGGAGUGUGAGGUCGCCAAUGCUAACGCUGAAGGGAAGUGGCUGAAGGAGGGUCAGCCUGUAGACUUUAAUGAGAAUGUGGUGAGCGAGGUGAAUGGAGCUGUCAGGCGCCUUAUCAUUGUCAUCACCAGACCGCAGGAUGUUGGAGAGUACACCUACCAGGUGGCCAACUCCAAAACCACUGCUAACCUCAGGGUGGAGGCGGUGAAGAUCAAGAAGACUCUUAGGAACCAGACUGUGACGGAAACCCAGGAGGCGGUGUUCAUGCUGGAGCUUACCCACCCUGAUGUGAAAGGAUCCCAGUGGAUCAAGAACGGUGUGGAGCUGCAGAACAGCGACAAGUAUGAGAUCAUCUCUGAAGGCAUGGUCCACACCCUGAAAGUCAAGAACUGUAACACACAGGACGAGUCUGUUUAUUCCUUCAAGCUGGGAAAACUGUCUGCCAAUGCCAGGCUCAAUGUGGAGACGAUCAAGAUUGUGAAGAAGAUAAAGGACGUGUCAUCACUGUUGGACGGUACCGCCUCCUUUGAGAUGAGCCUGUCACAUGACAACAUCCCUGUCAGGUGGAUGUUUAAAGGCGUGGAGCUGAAGUCAAGUGACAAGUGUAAGAUUCUGUCAGAGAGGAAAGCUCACAAGCUGGUCCUGCAGAAUGUCGACAGCAGUAACGCAGGAGAGUACACCGCGGUGGUCGGACACCUGCAGUGCAGCGCCAUGCUCACUGUUGAGGCUCUGAGAGUCACCAAACCCAUGAAGAGCGUGGAGGUCCCAGAGACUCAGGUGGCCACAUUUGAGUGUGAAGUCUCUCAUUUCAACGUACCAUCCACCUGGCUGAAGGACGGUGUGGAGAUUGAGAUGAGUGAGAAGUUCAGGAUCGUGGUUCAGGGAAAACUCCACCAGCUGAAGAUCAUGAACACCAGCAGGGACGAUUCUGCAGAGUACACCUUCAUCUGCGGGAAUGACAGAGUCUCUGCAACACUCACCGUUAGCCCUGUCCUGAUCACAUCCAUGCUGAAGGACCUGAAUGCUCAGGAGAGAGACACCAUCACCUUUGAGGUCACCGUCAACUACGAGGGCAUCACCUACAAAUGGCUAAAGAAUGGCGUGGAGGUCAAGUCGUCAGACAGAUGUCAGGUCCGCAGCCGGCAGCUCACACACUCGCUUACCAUCCGAAACGUUCACUUUGGAGACGGAGGAGAGUACCAGUUUGUGGCUGGCUCCGCCGCCACCGCUGCCAACCUGUUUGUUGAAGCUCGUGUGAUUGAAUUCACCAAGAAAAUCAAGGACAUAAAGAUCACAGAGAAGAAGAAGGCGAUCUUUGAAUGUGAGGUUUCUGAGCCAAACAUCCAGGUGAUGUGGAUGAAGGACGGACAGGAGCUGGACAUGUCUGAGGAACGGUACAUCGUGACAGCAGAGAAAUAUGUUCACCGCCUGAUGAUCCAGACGGUCCGUAUGUCUGAUGCUGGAGAAUAUUCGGUGGUGGCUGGAUCGAGCGUCUCCAAAGCCCAUCUGACCGUGGAGGGUCGCGACAUCCGGAUCUCCGAACCUGCUGAGCGGGAAAUCACGGUUCUGGAGAAACACAGAGCGACCUUUGAGUUCGAAGUGAAUGAGGAUGACGUGGAGGGCCACUGGCUGAGGAACGGGGUGGAGAUCCAGUUCUCUGUGGAGGAGAGGUUCAACUAUGUGGCCAUCAGGAAGCUGCACCGCCUCACCAUCUCUGAGACCUACAGGAGCGACGCUGGAGAGUACACCUUCAUUGCCGGCAAGAACAGGAGCACCAUGCACCUCCGUGUCAACCUCCCAGAGCCUCCUCAGAUCCUUCGCCACAUGGAGCCCCAGUCUGUUGAGGCUGGUAAACCGGCUCGGUUCUCGGUGCAGGUGAGUGGUCUUCCUCACCCCCAGGUCUUCUGGUAUAAAAACUCCCAGGCUCUGUCUCCGGGCUUCAAGUGCAAAUUUCUUCAUGAUGGCAACGAGCACACACUGCUGCUGAUUGAAGUCUUCCCCGAGGACGCUGCAAUCUACAACUGUGAGGCCAAGAACGACUAUGGCACCGCCACGAGCACCGCCACACUCAACGUGGAAGUCUCAGAGGUGGUUUCUCCAGACUCGGCUGCUCCUGUUGCUCCUCCUGUCGUCAUCUCGCCCAUCACCAGCACUUCGGCCCGCGAGGGAGAACCGGCUCGGUUCCAGUGCAGAGUCCGUGGAGAUGAUGUGAAGAUCAGCUGGUUCCACAAGGAGAAGGAGAUCAAGCAGUCAGACUUCUUCAGGAUGUCUCAGUUUGACGACAGCUGUCAGCUGGAGAUCUCCAGGGUUUACCCAGAGGACGAGGGCGAGUACACCUGCAUGGCCACAAACAACGCUGGGACCGUGUCCUGCUCUGCCACACUCACACUGGACGUGACUCACGUGAGAGAGCAGAUUGAAGCCAAGAUUGAACAAGAAGUCAAAGAGCGUUGUAGCACCACCAUCACCACUGUUGAAGAACAAGAGGAAACCUACUACACUGGUGUCCAAUUACCACAGAAAACAAAAACACUUGAACUCAAGCCAGAGUCCAAACGUUACUCUUCCACUUUGGAGAAGAAAAAAGAAAAGCCAGUUUUCCUCAGCCAGCUCUCCCCAGCAGCUGUAUCCAGUGGGGAAACAGCUAGGUUUACAGUCAAAGUGUCCGGUUUUCCAAAACCGACUGUUCAGUGGUCUCACAAUGGAAAAGUCAUUAAGAGCUCCUCUAUAUAUAAGCUGAUAGAGGAGAGGGAGGAGUACACACUAGUAAUCACCAGGGUCACAACUGAGUAUGAGGGCGAGUACUCUUGCACUGCCACCAACAGAUUUGGCCAGACAACAUGCACCACGUACCUUGAAGUGAAAAAACCUGAUGUUAGUCAGGCAGAGAAAUGGGUUGAGAAGAUGUUUAAGGUCACAGGUCAGCCUCCUACUUUCACAGUUCAGAUCCAGCCUGUGAGGUGCUCAGAGGGAGGAGAGGUUCAUUUUAAUUACAAAGUCAGUGGUGAUCCAAUGCCUGAUUUGAAGUGGUUCAAGGGUGCUUUCCAGAUCCAGCCCAGUAGAAACUGUAUCAUUUUAGCCAACCCAGACGGAUCUGGCUUCAUCAAUAUUAAGAGUGUCAAACAGGAAGACAGUGGAUUGUAUACAUGUAAGGCAUCCAACCAGUUUGGGGAGGCAUCUUGUAGUGCUGAGCUUGUUGUGUUCAGAGAAUCAGUCUCUGUUUCUCACAAACAGGAGCAGUUGACAUUGGUUCAGAAGAAAGGCUAUAAGGUUUCAAUGACAGAACAGGCAACAGAGUCUCGCUUGUACCAGGUCAGCCUCCCGGGCCAGGACAGAGCUAGGUCAGAUCAGAUGGUUUACACCAUCGGCACUGAAGACCGGCAGAUAAUUCCCAGUGAGCAAGUGAGCUCCCUGAGAGAACUAGAUAUCUCCGCUGCAACUAUUCAUCGUGAGCAGCUGACCCACCAGGCAGCAGUGCUUCAGUCUCAUGAGAUAGAAGAGAGGGUGUCUGUGGUUCCUACCCACCCACCUCAGGUUUCAGCUGUUCCUGCAAAACAGCUUCAUUUGGCAGCAUUUACGUCGUCUGUUGAAGAGAGUCAAGACUUCACGGAGCAGCACUGUGAUCGCAUUCAAAGCCCUGAGGUCGUUGAGCUUCAGGCAGCUAGAGAAAAGAAGUCAAAGGUGAUGUCAGCUGUUGCUGAGGAGCUCACCACACUCUCUACUGUUAGCACAGAGCGUCUGGCUGACAGGAAGUCUGCUACAGUCAGGCCCACUUCAGAGCCUAAACAUCUCGUCAGUGGGCAUCAAGUUGAGUCACAAUUGUCCAUCCUGAAAGAGCAAUCUCAAGACAUCCCUAAACCACAGGAGGAGAAGGGUUACAAGGUUAAAGAAGGUGUUAAGAUUUUAUACUCGGCCCAGUCUACAGAGAAACGGGUGCUUGCAGAGGGUCACACAACUGAACUAGCAACAGCAGAUUCUGCUGUAAAGUCCUCCAUUAGGAAAGAACAGCACCGUCCUGUUUUGGCCUCGGUCAGUGAGUCUAAACAGACUCUUUCCAAGGAGAGUGAGAUCUCCAUGGAGAAGCCCACUGAGGAGACAGCCCAUCUCUCUAAGGAUAAAAUGAUGAAGGCUGCUCUAACAGCUGAAGAGAAGCAAACGCUACAGGCUGAGCCUACUCAGCAGCUGCCAAGUAUGGACAGUGCCAUGUCCAUUCAGUUACAGGUGGAAGGGGAGCAGUUGUUACACCUGCAGGUUAUCACAGACCAGGACCUCCUUCCAUCUGAAAGGAGCUUCACAUGUGAGAAACCAGCACCAGAGCAGGCAGGAACCAGAAAGAGUCCCACUCUGCUGCACACUGUUAGCCAGGAUGAGCAGAGGACAGUAGUUUGUGAGGAUGCAUCUGAGUUUGAGGCUAAGGCUAGCACCAUGACAAUUCAACCCCAGAAAGAGGCCCCUACUCCGUUGCAUCUUCAGUCAACCCAACCUGUGGAAGCAUUACCAAAAGAGGGUAUUCUCAUUAUUGAGAAGCCUGACCAGCAAGUGGCAGCACAGAAACAAGAAAAGACAAGGAGCCAUGCAGCCACAUCAGAAGAGCGAAGGGAGCUCAUGGCAGAUUAUCACACAGAGCUGGAUUUGUCUGUGACUGGAGUUCAGUCUCAACUUCGAACUGAGCCCAGGCCUCAAAACAUCCUCCAGCUCUCCUACCAGCCUAUGCAGCUGCCAAAAGAGACGCCAGUUACCACUGACGUUAAGCAGCAGCGGGCUUUGGUGCAGAAGGAGGAUCGCUGGAACGUGAUGCAUGUCACCAGUGUGGCAGAUAGUUAUGCCUUAGAGGAGGGUCACACAGAGAGUGUUAAAGCUGUGGAUAAAUUUACCUGCCAAAUGGCUUUAGAGCCAAAAGUUCCCACUGAGCCUAUUCAGAUUGAGGAGAAGGAGAUCUCCACUGAAAGUAGUGUUCUUCUAGAGGCAGCAGAACAGGACUUUGCUGUUCAGAUCCAGGAGGGCCAGUCAGUCAGGCAGUCGAUAGUGAUGGAUGAGAAGCAAGUGCUGACAGGUGAAAUUUCUCAGGAGAUCACCAAGUCUGAGUCCACUAAAGUUGUUGUCACUACACAGCCAAAACUGUCCCUUAUAGCAUCAGAAUCAAAAGACAGCACAGCUCUUCCCAAAGAGAUGACGUUUGUGAUUCAGAUCCCUAAACCAUCCAGUCUGAAUAUACGGCGUCAGCUCAGAGAUGCCCUACAGACAGCUGUAGCCAGUGAUCAGCCAGUGUUACUGGCUGAUGUUGUGGGCAGAUUACAGCCUGUAGAAGUACAGGAAGUCAAGGUUCAAAGAGAGCCCAAACGGUCCAUGUUCACAUACCUUAUCACAACAACAGGUGCCCCCAUGGAGAUCACCCUUGCUUUUGAGGGUAAAUACCCUCAAACAGCUGACCUCAGGACUGAACUCCAGGCUGCUCUCCAUUCCAUAGUGUACCAGGAGACCCAUGUUCUUACUUCAGAACAGCCUGGCACUAUGCAGCUAGACAAACCUCAGAGGGCACAGGUCACCUCAGCCCGCACUAAGCAAAUGCUGUCAUCCAUGGUAGAGACAGUUAGCGUGGCAGAGAGUACAGUAGAUAUUACUGCUGUUAAAUCUCAGGCUGCUGCACUCAAGACAGAGUCUAAAAUGGCAGUUGAAUGCACGGCAGCUGAGCAACAGGUUGUGGUGCAGGAAUCCAAAGCAGCAAAGAUGGAACAGUCCAUCUCAUCCCAGAUCAAAAUUUCCACUGAAGCUCACAUGGCUUUUGAGCAGUCAGUGCAGGUGUCAAAGCAGGAGAUGAGGUCGGUGACACUGAAAAGCACAGAAAAAGAUGUAGGAGCAGCUAUUGUUACCACUGCCCUGCCCCCCACCCCUGUCCCCACCGAACAGACAGUGGAUAUCAGCAUCCAGAAGGAGCUCAGGGAGGAGAUCUUCAAAGAGGAGAUCACAGUGUCCAGGCCAGAACAGAGAGAAUGCCCUGUAAUAGUUACCUUCCUCGAAGACUUAUCUAUUGAAGAAGAUAGUAAGGUAACUUUUAGCACCACCAUUAAAUAUGUUACAAAAGUAAACUGGUUUUUCAAUGGACAGUUGGUGAAAUCUGGCAAAGAGUUCAAGUGUUCCAAAGACCAUGACACAUACACACUGGUUAUCAACAAAGUUGUCAAGGAGAGGCAUCAAGGAGAGUAUGUUUGUGAGGCUGAGAAUGAAGCCGGCAGGACUACAACAUCUUCAAGACUCACUGUGGUCUCAAGAGUGCCACCUGUCUUUAGGCAGAAAAUCACACCUCUGGAGAUAAACGUUGGCAGCCACGCCAAGUUCGAAUGUGAGAUCGAGGAUGCUCCGAGUGUGACCUUCAAAUGGUACAAGUCUGGCAUUGAGAUCAGACAGAGUGAGAAGUAUCGGAUCCUCAGCCGCUACACCAGUUCCUCUCUGGAGCUCCUGAACCCAGUCAAAGCCGACAGUGGUGAAUACACCUGCAAAGCUUCAAACCAGCAUGGCACAGACAGCUGUACUGCCUCGCUCAUUGUUACCGAAAUGUACCCACCGGUAUUUGUAUCAAAACCAGACCCAAUGACUUUAUAUGUGGGCAAACAAGCUGUGUUCCAGUGCUCCCUUACUGGAUCCUCACCCAUGGAAGUUGUCUGGCACAAGGACAACAUAGCCAUCUCCUCCGAAGGGAACUAUGUCAUGAAAUGUGAAAAGAACAAGUAUUCCCUUCAUAUUAAAAGUCUUGAGCUGACUGAUCAGGGCGUGUACCUGUGCAAGGCCUCCAACAGUGUCGGCACUGCUACCUUUACCACAGAACUCAAGGUUAUCAACAAGCCCAGCUUUGUUAAGACCAUUGAGCCAGCAUCAGCUGCUGUCAAUGACCCGCUGAGGCUGGAGUGCCAGGUGGAUGAGGACACUGGUGUGACCAUCACCUGGACCAGGGAUGGCAAAAAAGUCCACCAGAGCAUGGAGUGUAAACUGUCCUUUGAGGACAAGGUGGCUGUUCUUGAGAUACCCAAGUCCAAACUGAAGGACUCUGGGAAAUAUGUGUGCACAGCCACUAAUGAGGCUGGGAGCUCAUCCUGUGAGGCUGUGGUAACAGUUCAAGAGCCCCCUACCUUUGUCAAGAAAAUGGAACCUAAGAUUACGUGGAAACAGGGAAUAGCUGCACGCUUACAGUGCACUGUUAAAGGAUCGCCCGAACUUCGCAUCCACUGGUUCUGGAAUGAGAGAGAGCUUAGUGAUGGAGAAAAAUAUAAAAUCUCUUUUAAGACUGGAGUUGCCACUUUGGAGAUAAUGGACCUUCUGGUCACAGACAGUGGGAGUUACACCUGUGAGGUGUCAAAUAAUGCUGGCAGCGAGAGCUGCAACACCCUUGUAGCUGUUAAAGAGCCACCAUCCAUCAGAAAAGAGCUGCAGACAGUAGAGGCAGUGAAGGGAACACCAGCUCAGAUGGAGUGCGAGAUCACAGGAACAGCUCCUUUUGAAAUCAGCUGGUUAAAGAAUAAGAAAGCUAUCACCAGUGAUAAGAAAUAUAAAAUAAUCUCCCAAGAUUCCUUGUCAAGGCUGGAGAUCCAGACCUUUGAAAGUGCAGAUGUUGGAGAUUAUCAGUGUGUUAUAUCCAAUGAUGUUGGGAAAGUCACCACUAAGGCUUUAGCUAAACUUAAAGAGCCACCAACUUUCACAAAGAGGGUUGAGAGUGCUACAGCAGUGUUGGGAAAUACAGUAAAACUACAGGGAACCAUCAAGGGCUCGGCCCCCAUCACUGUUAAAUGGAUGAAAGACUCGGAAAUACUAAGAGAUGAUGAUGCAAAUAUCAAGACGGUGUUUGAGAGCAACGUUGCUAGCUUGUUGAUAACAACAGUGGCCAUCAGCCAUGGUGGCAAAUAUUCGUGCCAAGCUGAGAACGAGGCUGGGCAACAAAAAUGUGAAGCCACCUUGACUGUGCAAGAGCCUGCCAGAAUCAUAGAACCUGCAGAGUCCAUUAGUGUGACUGCAGGGGAUUCAGCCACACUGGAGUGCACACUUUCUGGAAGCCCAGAACUCAAAGUGAAGUGGUUCAAAGAUGGGAAGGAGAUGAUCAGUGGCCGUAAAUAUAAGAUGACUCUGAAGGACAAUAUUGCCACCAUGAAGAUUCUUACAGCAGAGAGAGGAGAUACUUCAGAGUACAAGAUAGAGGUGUCGAAUAAAGUUGGGAAAGACCAGUGCACAUGCUCAGUCACUGUCCUAGAUCGGAUAAUGCCUCCAACUUUCACCAAGUCCCUGAAAAGAGUUGAUGGUAACAUUGAUAAUGACAUCUCCAUGGAUUGUAAGGUGUCUGGGUCCCAACCUAUGACCAUAGUUUGGUUCAAAGAUGACCAGGAGAUCAUUUCUGGAUCCAAAUUCCAGCCUGAUUUCAAGGACAACUCUGCUACACUGAGAAUUAUUCGGCUGGAAAAGGCUGAUUCUGGAGUUUACAAAUGCAGAGCCACCAAUUCAGCUGGCUUUAAAGAAACCAGCGGCACACUCUAUGUCAAAGAGCCCCCAGUGUUCACCGUGAAACCAGACAACCAAGAUGUUAUACCAGGAACCACCGUUUCCUUCAAAGCAGCCUUCACUGGCACAGCUCCUUUGGCUGUUAAGUGGUUCAGAGAGGAAAAAGAGAUUGUAACUGGAAGCACAUGUUUCAUAAAGAAAGAUGCCUCUUCGAGCUCUUUGGAGCUUCACUCUGUGAAACCCAGUGAUUCUGCUAAAUACACAUGCCAAGUAUCCAACGAUGCUGGGAAGGUGGAUUGCACCACAGUGCUCUUUGUGAAAGAACCUCCCAUGUUUGUGAGGAAACUUGAGGCAACCAAGCUCAUCACCAGCGGCGACUCCGCCAGGCUGGAGUGCAAAGUGACAGGCAGCCCUGUUAUCAGUUUCAGGUGGUUCAAAGAUGAGAUGGAGAUCAGCUCCAGUCCUAAAUACACAAUGGCUGUGACUGACUUAGUGGCAUCCCUGGAAAUGGUCAGUUGUACAGUAGAGGAUAGUGGAGAUUAUGUUUGUGUGGCAUCCAGUGAGGCUGGUAGUGACCGCUGCAGCAGCACUGUUACAGUAAAAGAACCACCAUUGUUUGUGCGUAGCUUGGAGCCCAAAGAUGUGGUGAAAGGUUCUGAGAUGAUACUGGAAGGCCAAGUCUCUGGUUCUGCCCCUUUCACUGUGUCAUUUUAUAAGAACACAAAGCUGAUUAGGAAUGACAAGAGACACAGGCUCACUGUUAAAGAUGACCUGGUAGCCCUGCAGAUUCUGGCAGUAGAGGCAGGAGACGUUGGUUUGUACCAGUGUACUGUUGAGAAUGAAGUGGGGAGGGCCUCCUGUGAUUGUCAAGUAACACUAAAAGAUCCACCGUCAUUUGUGCGAAAGCUGGAGAACCUCAGUUCGUUGGUGGGUAGCGAGGUUUCAUUGACGUGCACUUUGAAGGGCUCAGAGCCUAUGACUGUGUCCUGGCUUAAAGAAAACCAUGAGCUCAAAGAGGCUGAAAACAUUCAGAUUACAUAUGAGAACAAGACUGCUUUGCUGCACAUCACCAACUUACAGAGCAAACAUGGCGGCAAAUACUCUUGCCAAGCACAGAAUCAGGCCGGGAGCCAGACUUGCUCUGCUGUAUUGACAGUCAAAGAGCCAGCUAAGGUUACAGAGGAGGCCAAGUCUAUUAGUGUGACUCAGGGGGAUCCAGCCACACUGGAGGCCAGGUUCUCAGGCACAAAACCCCUGAAGGCCAGAUGGCUGAAGGCUGGCAAGGAGCUGACCUCAGGCCAGAGAUAUAAAGUACAGAGCACAGACACCAGCUCUGUGCUCAAGAUCAUUAAAACUGAGAAAAGUGAUGGUGGUGAAUAUACCUUUGAGGUUUCAAAUGAUGUCGGUCAAAGUUCUUGCGAGGCCACGCUCACCAUUCUUGAUCAAAUCAUUCCACCGUCUUUUACAAGAAAACUGAAGGAAAUAGAGGGUAUCAAAGGAUCUUUUGCUCAUCUGGAAUGUCUUGUAUCUGGCUCCCUGCCAAUAACCAUUCAGUGGUAUAAGGAUAAGAAAGAGAUCCAGACUGAUGAGAAACACAAAUGCACAUUCUUUGAGAAUGUUGCUUUUCUGGAAAUCUCUAAUCUUGACAGUAAAGAUAGCGGCAGCUAUACAUGCAUUGCCAAAAACAAAGCGGGAACGGUCCAGUGCUCUGGGACCUUGUUUGUGAAAGAGCCACCAUGCAUUCUUGAAAAGCCUGAAUCCAUUAAUGUUUUGCCUGGCUCAAAGGUUCAGUUUAACGUAUUGGUUUCUGGCACGCCACCACUGACCAUCAAAUGGUUCAAAAACAAGAAAGAGAUUGUAUCCAGUGCCGACUGUUCUGUGAUCAAAGACAACACCUCAAGCUCAUUGGAGCUCUUCUUUGCCAAAACCUCAGAUUCUGGAGACUAUGUCUGCGAAAUACAGAAUGAUGUUGGUUCCACUUCAUGCCAGGCAACACUCUUCGUCAAAGAGCCUCCCAAGUUCACACGGACUCCAGACCGUGUGUCUGUGGUCCGUCCUGGUCAGAGUAAAGUCUUUGAAUGCCAGGUGACUGGCACACCUGAGAUAGAUAUCUACUGGUUCAGGGAAGGCACUGAGAUCAGCCCCAGCGAUCGGUACAAGAUGACUUUUGUUAACUCUGUGGCCACUUUGGAAGUCUGUGGUGCUGAUACCAAAGACAGUGGAAUUUACUACUGCGAGGCUCGCAAUGAGGCUGGCAGUGAGAGCUGCAGCAUGGAGCUCAAGGUUAAAGAACCACCAUCAUUUAUUAGAGAGCUGUCUCCAGCUGAUGUUGUGAAGGGCUCCAGUGCUUCUUUUGAGUGUCAGGUUGCUGGGACAGGUCCAUUUGAGAUAACAUGGCACAAAGAUGCAAAGGAGAUCAAACCCAGUGCUAAACAUGGCUUCAUCCAGAUGAAUGGCACUGUGGGUCUAGAGGUGCACAAAUGUGAUGCUGUAGAUGCUGGUGAAUAUCAGUGUACUGUUGCUAAUGAAGUGGGAAGCUGUACAUGUAAAACUACACUAAACCUCAAAGAGCCACCAACAUUUACUAAGAGAAUUGAGGACACUGCCACUGUUCUGGGUAAAAUGGCAGUGUUUCAGUGUAUUGUGGUGGGCUCUCCCACUCUCUCCGUGCAAUGGCAAAAAGAUGAGAACUGGAUUUUGGAGGAUCCAAAGAUUGAGAGAACAUUUGAGAACAACGUGGCCACUCUUAGGAUUCCUGCCUGUGAGGCAACACACAGCGGGAAAUACACCUGCCAGGUGGUAAAUGAGGCUGGGCAGGAUAAGUGCUUUGCCACCCUCACAGUGCAAGAGCCUCCUCAGAUCUCAGAGAAACCUGAGGUGAUAAAGGUUACAGUUGGAGAUCCAGUCAAUCUGGACUGUAAGGUAACAGGCUCCCCUGAGCUCAAAGUGAAAUGGAUGAAAGAUGGCAGGGAGCUUCAGUCCAUCAGGCAGCAUAAGCUGAGCUUUGAGAACAACAUCAGCAGCCUGAAGAUUCAGGCUGCUCAGAGAGAGGACGAAGGAGAGUAUGUCUUUGAGGUGGCAAACCACAUCAGUAGCUGCACCUGCAAAAUCAAAGUGAUCGUACUAGAGCAAGUAAUUCCCCCGAGCUUCAUCAAACCCCUGGUAGACAUGCAAGAGAUUUUGGGCUCCUUUGUUCAGAUAUGUUGCAAAAUAUCUGGUUCCCUGCCCAUUAGUGUGGAAUGGAAGAAAGACGGGACCAAAAUCUCUAGUGGUGUAAAACACAAACUCAUUCAGCAGGACAACUCUGUGUCCAUUGAAAUUGAGCAGCUAGAAAGAUCUGACGCAGGAUCCUACUCUUGCAAACUGACCAAUGCAGCAGGAAGUUGUGAAUGCAGUGGAUCCCUCAUGGUCAAAGAACCUCCAAGCUUUGUGACACCGCCUGAGUCCCAGGCGGCUCUACCCAAUAAGGCUGUCCGCUUCAAAGGCUCAUUUAAGGGAACUCCUCCAUUCACAGUCAAAUGGUUCAAGGAUGACACAGAGCUCAUGACUGGUCCCACUUGUUUCACGGGACUGGAGGGGCUGUCUUGCUUCUUAGAGCUCUAUUCAGUGGGUGUCACCCAGAGUGGAGUUUACUCUUGCCAAGUCAGCAAUGAUGCUGGCUCUGCACGUUGUAGUGCAGAAUUGACGGUCAAAGAACCACCUGAGUUUGUGCUGAAACUCCCUGCCACUAAGUUUGUGAAGCAGGGCGAAUCACUCCGCUUGGAGUGCAAAGUCAGUGGCACAGCUCCUCUGAAAGUGACCUGGUACAAACAUGACACCAAGGUCACAGAUGGGGGUAACUACAAGACAUCAUUUAUUGACUCAGUAGCAGUCCUGGAACUGCUCUCAACCAGCUUUGAUGAUGAUGGAGUUUACACCUGUGAAGCUCAGAAUGAUGCUGGCAGUGUCAGCUGCAGCACCACACUUACCGUUAAAGACCCCCCAUCUUUUGUCAAAGUACCUCAGCCUGUUGAAGGGCUGAAGGGUAAGGACGUGAGUCUGUACUGCGAGAUGAGCGGUACAGCUCCGUUCCAGAUCACCUGGUUCAAAGACAAGAAACCUUUGAUGGAGAGCAGGAAGUAUAAGAUGGUGAGUGAGGGCAGUUCAGCCACAUUGCAUAUCAUUGGGAUUGAGCCCUCAGACGCCGGCGACUAUGAGUGCAAAGCGUCAAACAGUGUAGGAAGUGACACCUGCCAGACAUCAGUUAAACUCAGAGAGCCACCAUCGUUUGUGAAGAAACUGUCAAACAUGACAGUAAUACUGGGAGAGGAGGUGACCCUUGUGGCCACUGUUAAAGGCUCUGAACCCAUUACUGUGUCCUGGGUUCAAGACAAGGAUCACAUUCUCAGGGACGGUGACAACAGGAAAAUCACCUUUGAGAACAACCAGGUCGCUCUUAAAGUCUUUAAGGCUGAUGCAACCACGGCAGGCAAAUACACCUGCCAACUCAGAAACGAUGCUGGGAGUGUGGAGUGUUUCGCUAACUUGACUGUUCUAGAACCUGCCAUGAUUGUAGACAAGCCCGAUGCUCUGAGUGUGACGGCAGGCGAUAUAGCUGCACUUGAGGUCAAAGUAUGUGGAACCCCAGAGCUCGUUCCUAAGUGGUUCAAGGAUGGCGUGGAGCUCGCGUCUGGGAGGAAAUACAAAAUUUCAUUUUCUCGGAUGAUAUCCAGCCUAAACGUACUCUCUGCAGAGAAAAUGGACUCUGGAGAAUAUACAUUUGAGGUUAUGAACCAGGUCGGGAAGGACCUGAGUAAAAUUAAUCUCACUGUCUUAGAUAAGAUCAUACCUCCAACAUUCUCAAGGAAGUUAAAGGAUUGUAACACAGUUGUUGGAAAAGUUGGAGAGAUGGAGUGCAAAGUGUCAGGCUCCCCACCUUUUACCAUUUCAUGGUACCAUGAUGGGGAGGAAAUACAGAGUGGACCAAAUUAUGAGAUUUCAUUCAGUGAAAACAACUGCACACUCAAAGUGCCCACUCUGAAACUGUCUGACUCUGGAGUGUAUAAAUGUAAAGCUGUCAACAAAGCAGGAUCCAGUGAAACCACAGCCUCCUUGGUUGUCAAAGAACCUCCAUCUUUCGUGGUGCCACCACAGCCAGUGGAGGCAAUGCCAGGCUCUAACGUGACUUUCUCAGCCAUGGUGAGAGGCAGUGCCCCCCUCAAACUGAAGUGGUUCAGAGGAACAAAGGAGAUCCUGGCUGGACGGGGCUGUGAUUUCUCCCUGAAGGAUAACCAAGUUAUUUUGGAGCUUUUCAAUGUAGACAGAUCUCAUGCUGGAGAGUAUACCUGUCAGAUCAUUAAUGAUGCAGGAAAAGAAAGCUGUCCAGUUAAUCUCACUGUCAAAGAGCCAGCAGCCUUCUCCAAGAAGCUGAAGGAUGUUUCAGUUGAGAAGGGCAAACCAUUAAUGUUGGAGUGUACGUACACUGGAACUCCAAAGAUCACAGUAAACUGGUACAAAGACGGCCAACAGAUCUUUGCUUCUUACAAGUACAACAUUACCACAACUGAGAGCUCCUGCAUCUUGGAGUGUCUCAGCACUGAUGACAAGGAGGCGGCAGGAAAAUACAGCUGCGAAGUGUCCAACGACGCUGGAAGGGACACAUGUGAGGCAGCUGUGUCCAUCCUUGAGCCACCAUACUUUGUCGAGUCUCUGGAGCCCAUGGAGGUGACCACAGGAGACGCUGUGUGUCUGAAGUGCCAGGUGGCGGGCACACCUGAGAUCAAGGUGUCCUGGUUCAAGGCCGAUGGCAAAGUCCGGUCCAGCCCCACCUGUAAACUGGAGUACUCAAAAGGUGUCGCCUGUCUGAAGCUCAGCAAAGCCACCAAGGCCGACAUCGGGGAGUACACCUGCAAGGCAGAGAACCGGAUCGGUUCCGCCUCCUCCACCUGCAAACUCAAUGUUCUAGAGGCAAAAACGCCACCAUCCUUCCCCAAGAAAAUAACCAGCCUGCAGCAGACCGAGGGUCAGCCGGUCAGGUUUGAGUGUCGCGUCGCCGGCUCAUCACCCAUCGAGGUGUCGUGGCUGAAAGACGGCGAGCCUCUGAAGCAGGGAGAUGAGUUCUCUAUGUUGUACGACGACAACACAGCCAUGCUGCAGAUCAGCCGUGGCGAGAUGAGGCACUCUGGGGAGUAUACUUGCGUGGCUACCAACAGCGUGGGCUCUGCCUCCUGCAGAGCCAAGCUCACCCUACAAGAACCACGAUACCCUCCGGUCUUUGACAGGAAGUUGUCACCACAGGAGGUGACAGUGGGUGACAGCAUUGAGCUGGAGUGUCACAUGACCGGCUCUGCCCCCAUUAAAGUCACAUGGUCCAAAGACCAUAAAGAUAUUCGCUCUGGGGGAAAUUAUAAGAUCAGCUGUGUGGAUAACACGCCCCACCUGACCAUUCUGAAGGCAGAUAAAGCCGACACGGGGAGAUACUUCUGCCAUGCCUCUAAUGACAUGGGGAAGGACUCUUGUUCCUCUGAUAUCACUGUCAAAGAGCGUAAAAACCCUCCGGUGUUCACCAAAAAGCCCUCAGAGCACAUCGAGGACAUGGAGGGCAAACUGGUGAAGAUGGAGGGCCGGGUCUCUGGCUCGCAGCCCAUGUCUGUUAGUUGGUUCAAAGACAACAAGGAGAUCUACAGCUCCGACAAAUACGACAUCAGCUUUAAGAGCAACGUGGCUGUGCUGUGCAUUAAGAGCAGCCAGGUGAGCGACAGCGGCAGGUACUCCUGCCAGGCCUCCAACGAAGCUGGAACAGUCUCCUGUGACGUCGUUGUGGGCAUCUCAGAGGCCAAGAAGCCUCCAGUGUUUGACGUCCCUCUCAAACCGGUGACUGUAGAUGAGGGUGAGAAGCUGAGCCUCAGGUGUCACGUCUGCGGGUCUCCUCCUCUGAAGAUCCAGUGGAUGAAAGACAGAAAGGACCUGACGUCGGCCGGCAGCACCAGGAUCAGCUUCUCUGAUGGGACAGCCUGUUUGGAAAUCAGCCAGGCAUCCAGACACGAUGCUGGUGACUACCUCUGCAAGGCUACCAACGAUGCCGGCAGUGAGUUCUGCAAAGCCAAAGUCAUUGUGAAAGAGAAACCAGGAGCAGCUCCACCUCCCGCUGAGGUUCCAGCUGCAGCCCCAACCAAAAAACUGGACAACCUGUUCUUCAUCGAGGAGCCCAAAACUGCUCACGUCACCGAGAAGGGCAUUGCCACCUUCAUCGCCAAGGUGGGUGGCGACCCUAUCCCCAGCGUAAAGUGGAUGAAGGGGAAGUGGAGGCAGAUCACGCACGGUGGCCGGAUCUCCAUUGACCAGAAGGGCCAGGAUGCCAAGCUGGAGAUCAGAGAGGUGACCAAGUCAGACUCUGGUCAGUACAGGUGUGUCGCCUCCAACAAGCAUGGAGAGAUCGAGUGCAGCGCCGACAUGCACGUGGAUGAAAAGAAAGAGACGACGAUGCCCGAGGGAGAUCUCCGAGCCAAACUGAAGAAGACACCGUCAAAGCAGAAGAGUCCACAGGAGGAGAAGGACAUUGACAUUGUUGAGCUGUUGAGGAAUGUGGACCCCAAAGAGUAUGAAAAAUAUGCCCGAAUGUACGGCAUCACAGACUACCGCGGCCUGCUUCAGGCCAUCGAGCAGCUGAAGAAGGAGAAAGCUGAAGAAAGUGGAAGACCGGAACUGGAACGUGGAGACAGAGAGUCUGAUGAGGACAUGGCCCGACUGGUGGCCGACCUGCAGAAGAGGAUGGAGCGCACAGAGCCUGUCACCGUGAUGAAGGACAUCUCUGAUCAGUCCGUCUUCACCAACAAGGAAGCAGUGUUCGAGUGUCAGAUCAAGAUCAACUACCCAGAGAUCACCCUGUCCUGGUACAAGGGCACACAGAAACUGGACACCAGCGAUAAGUACGACAUCAGCAUCAGCGGUGACCGCCACCUGCUCAAGAUCAAGAACUGCAAGUCGUCUGACCAGGGCAACUACCGGGUGGUCUGUGGGCCGCAUAUCUCCAGCGCCAAGCUCACCGUAAUGGAGGCGGAGGUUGAGAAGCACCUGCAGGACACAUCGGGUAAGGAAGGGCAAUCGUGUACACUGUCUUGUCAGUUGUCCAUCCCUAACGUAGAGGCUCAGUGGUAUAAAAACGGCAAGCAGUUAGAGAUGAAGGGCAGGUACAUGUCCGAGGUGAAACACAAGGUUCAGAAGCUUCUGAUCAAAGACCUGAAACCUGAAGACCAGGGUCGAUACACCUGCAGGUACCAGCACCUGGAGUCCUCGGCCGACCUCUGGGUGGAAGCUGAACAAAUUCAUUUCACCAAACGCAUCCACAACGUCGAAGUCAACGAGCGCCAGUCGGCCACCUUUGAGUGUGAGGUGUCCUUCGACAACGCAAUCGUUUCAUGGUACAAAGACACCUGGGAACUGAAAGAGAGCCCUAAGUACAACUUCAGAAGUGAGGGCCGAAGACAUUUCAUGGUCAUCCGAAAUGUGACCAUUGAAGACGAAGGCGUGUACUCAGUGAUUGUGAGGUUGGAGCCCAGAGGAGAGGCUAAGAGCACAGCUGAGCUUUAUUUGUCUGGCAAAGAAAUUGAAUUAGCAAUGGUUCCCUUUGAUGUCCCAGACUCCUCAGUUCAGAGGCCUGAAGUGCCCUCAUCAGUGGCAAUUCAAGAAUCUGCUGAGUUCUAUCAUUAUGAAGAAGAGAUUGAACUUAAAGAAUCAACUGAAUAUACGUAUCACUAUGAAGAAGAGAUGGAGGUGGAGCAGAGAGUCGAGUAUCAGAGCUGGACAGAGGAGGCAGUAACACAACAGGUGUCCACAACCAAAGCAUCUGCCAGAGUUCCCAUUGAGGAGACAGUGGAGACCAAGAAAGUUGAAAUGAGAGAGGAAAUCCCCAAAAAAGUUCCCAAAGCUGAGAAAAAGCCUGAAGAGAAGCCUGCACCAGCUAUAAAGGAGCCAUCACCGCCUAAAGUACCAGUGGCCAAAAAACCAGUGGAGGAAAAGGUUCCUGUAGUUUCAGUCCCAGAGAAGAAGGAAGUUCCAGCUCCCAAAGAACCAGAGGAGGUUAAGAAGCCUGCUGCUCCCUCAUUGCCUGCCGAGAAGCCCGGAGUGCCAAAGAAAGAUGAGCCCAAGCCUCAUGUACCAGCAGAGCCCAAAAAAGUGGCACCUGCAGCUAAACCUGAACCUGAACCCAAGCCCAAACCAAAAGCAGAACCUGAACCAAAGCCUAAGCCAACACCGGCUCCCAAAGCAGAACCUGAGGCCAAACCUGCGAAGAUCGAGCUGGAGCCUGAAGCUAAGCCAGAGCCAGUGAAGAAGCCAACAACACCACCAUCCAAAGUCCCCGAAGAAACUGCAAAACCAGUGCUGGCAAAGGUCAAGCCUGAACCAGCAGUAACCAAGCCAGAACCAGAAGUCCAAAAACCAAAGCCAGAACCAGAGAAACCAAAGCCAGAGGUCCGUAAACCUGUGCCUCCUGUAACAAAGCCAGAACCAGUCAUUGCCAAGCCAGAGCCUCCAGCUCCAAAAGCAGAACCUGCGGUGGUUCCCAAACCAGAACCAGUCAUUGCCAAGCCAGAGCCUCCAGCUCCAAAAGCAGAACCUGCGGUGGUUCCCAAACCUGAAGCAGUCCUUGCCAAGCCAGAGCCUCCAGCUCCAAAAGCAGAACCUGCAGUGGUUCCCAAACCUGAACCAGCAGUGAAAAAACCAGAGGCUGAAGUGAGAGUGCCAAAACCAGAACCUCCACAGGCCAAACCAGAACCAACACCUGCACCAAAGGAACCCCCGAAGAAAGAACCAGAAGCACCAACAAAGAAGAAGGUGGUUACACCUCCACCUCCACCACCACCACCACCUCCAGUCCCACAAAAGGUGGAGAGAGAAGAAGAGGCACCACAGAAAAAACCUGUGGCAGCUAAAGUUCCUGUGGAGGAAAAAAUACCUGAGCCUCCAAAGGCAGUCAAGAAACCAGAACCUGCUGUUGUUCCUCCCAAAGAAGAGCCAACAAAGAAAGAGAAAGCUUUGAAGCCCAAACCUAAACUUGUACCAGAGGCGGUGCCUGAGAAAGUACCUCAGAAGGUGUUUGAUGAGGUAGUUUUCCCGAAGACUGAACUUGAGAGGCUGCCUGAUAAAAUACCUCAAACAGAACCAGAGAGACUGCCUCCAAAGAAAGCUGAGAUGAAGGAGAAGACCCCUGAAAGGGUCCCAGAGAAAAUAUCAGCCCCUGAGAAAAAAGUGGAUAAAGUUCCAAAGGUGUUUCCAGAAAAAACACCCGAGGAAAAAGUGCCAGAGAAGUUUCCUCCUGAGAGGAAACCUGUAAAAGUCCCUCAAAAGGCUGCUGAAGAAGAGAGGAUUCCUGAGAAGAAGCCACCUGAGCUUCCUGUAAAGAUUGAGGAAGUAAAACUUGAAAAGGUGUCUAAGAAACAAACAGAGAGGAUCUCUGUAGAAAAAACUGUUCCUACAAAGACCCCUGAUAAAACACCCGAGAAGGUACCUGAAGCUAAACCUAAACGAGAGGUUGAAGAAGCUCUUCAUAAAGAAAUAGAAACUAAGAAGAUUGAGAAGAUUCGGCCCACUGAGGUUGAACAAGAGAAAAAAGUCUCUCCUCCUGAAAAAGAAACAGAAGCCAAGCCCGAGACCACUCCCACAACCAUCCGUGCUACAUCCCCUGAAAAACAAGUCGAGAUAAAAGGAAAAACACCAGAGAGAGUUCCUGUGAAGGAGAAGCAGCCACCAGCACAAGUCAUAGAGCCACUGGUAAAGCCAGCCGCUCCUCAACAAGAGAGCAAACCACAGACAGCUGUAAAAGUUCAAGAAGCUGUCAAACAACCUGAAGUCCUUGACAAAACUACUAAGAAGUUGGAGAAGAGAAUUACUCCACAAGAAGAACCUAAGCCAGUGACCAAGCCACAGCCUGUCGCAAAGGCUGAAGAACCAACCAAGAUAGUUGUGGAAGAAGAAAAACCAGUCAUGGUAGAAAAGAUAGCUCCUCAGACAGAUGAAACCAAGGGACCCGUCGAAGCACCAGGAGGAGUCAAGAAAGAAAUGGUUUUGCCCAAAAAAGGUAAAAUUCAGUUGGAAGAGGAAGGGACGUUUGAGAUUCCCACCCUGAAGAAAGCAACCAGAGUCUUGAGGGAAGUGGAAGAGGAGCAGGAGAUCAUCAAAUUGAAGAAGAUUCCAUCAGCUCCACCUAAAGAGGUUGAAGAAGAGGAAAAACCUCAGAAGGUCACCAAGACCACUGUGUUCCAUGUUGAGGAAAUGGUUCAUAAAGAAGAGGCUAUUGAGAUGUCAGUCGCAACCAGGAGACCUGUGGAGGAGAGGAAGCCUCGGGAGAAAGCAGAUAUAGUAAAAAAGCCAGAAGUUAUGAAACCUAAAGAAAAGGAACAAACAGAGGCUCCUAAAGAUGCAUGGACCCGCCAGAAACCCGUCCCAAAAGAUGAGAAACCAGAUGAUAAGAUUUCUCUUAAGAAAACACCCAAGACACCAAAGGAAGAGGAACCUGCCCCGCCUAGUGCCGCCUUGAAGAAAGUGAAAAAGUUGCCUUUGGAUGAGGAGGAACCAGAAGUAGUCAAACUAAAACCAUUUGAGAAGCCUGUUAAACCACCAGAGGAGCCAGAGACAGUCAAAACUGAGAGACCGGACAGGGACACUGUGCCUUUCCAGAAAGGAGAGAGAAUUCCAAGAGAGGUAGAAACCAAAGAACUUCCAAAAAAACCUGAGAAAGAACUUCCCGAGGAAAAGGAGCCACCAGCCAAGAUGCCAAAGCCAUUAGAUAAAAAGAAAACCCCAGAGAAAGAGCCAGAGGAGGUAAAAGCGCCCACUAAGGUGAAGAAAGUCCCAACACAGGAACAAGAGAUAGAGAGUGUCAAGCUGAAACCCUUUUCCAGGCCUUCCAGGGAGGAAGCAGAACCUGAGAAGAAACCAGCAGAGGAGAAAGAGAAAAAGCCAAUUGAUGACCUGCACCGACGUCGCAUCAGUCCAGAGGAAAAACCAAAAGAACGAGAGCCAGAGGCCAGACCGAAGAAACCUGAGCUCCCAGAAGCUCCAGCGAAGAAGCUGGAGAAGCCAAAGGAGGUAGAGGCAGUUCCAACUGAGAAGACAGUGUCUCCUGUGCCAGCUCCUGUUAAGAAACCUGAGAAGGUUCCUGAGGAACCCAAACCUCUGCAGCUGAAGAAGGGAGUCACGCCCAAGGCAAAAGAGGAGAAGGAAGAAGUUGCUCUGAAGCCUGUGGAGCAGUUCAAGAAGGUUGAGCUGAAAAAGACGCCAUCUCCUAAAGUUGAGAAGCUUAAAGAAGCAGAGGCAGUCCCUGUUGAGAGGAAGCCUAGUAUUGAUCAACUCAAAAAGGUCCCUAAAACUGUUUCACCAAAAGAAUCUAUUGAAGCUGUGACUCUUAAAAAGGUCCCAAAGAAGCCAUCACCAGAGGAGGAGAAGGCUGCAGAACCAGCAAAACCCGAUAAAGGGAAGGUUCCACUGGUAAAGGAGGUCUCUCCUGGAGCUGUUCAGAUGAAGAAGAUUGCCACCCAACCAGAGGAAGAGGUGUUUGAAGAGGAGUUCAAGGCCGAGGAAGAGGCAGAGCAGGAGGAGGAAGAGGCCUGGGGCUGGGAGCUGGUUCCCAGUGAGAGUUACGGCUCUGAGGAUUGGGAAGGUGAAGGAGAAGAGGGUGCUCUGGAAGUUCCAGGGGUGACCAGCAGAGAGGGACAACCAACAGAGGAAGCAGGAAGAGGGAGAGGUAGAGGGCUGAAACCCAAGCAGACCCCGUCCCCUGGAGAAGGCAGGGGUCGUGGCCUGAGGCCUGGAGGAAAGGGUCCCCCACCACCGGAGGAACCUUUCGCAGGAUUCAAGCUCAAAGCUGUCCCCCUGAAGUUCAUCAAGAAGCUUCAGGACAUUGUGUUGCAGGAAGCCGAGUCUAUUGGCUCGUCUGCUGUGUUUGAGUGUGAGGUCUCACCAUCUACUGCUGUUACUUCAUGGAUGAAAGAUGACAGCAACCUGCGUGAGAGCCCCAAGCACAAGUUCACUUCUGAUGGCAAAGAUCGAAAGUUGCACAUUAUUGAUGUCCAGCUGUCCGACACUGGUGAAUAUACCUGUGUGGCCAAGAACGCUGGCAAGGAAGUAACAUGCACCGCUAAGCUCAUUGUUGAAGAGCUACCUGUGAAAUGGAUCAAAGAGCUGGAGGAGGAGACUUCAGCUCUUAAAGGUCAGCCUCUGUACAUGACCUGUGAGUUGAACAAAGAGAGAGAUGUUGUAUGGAAGAAGAAUGGCGAGAUCCUGAAGAAGCAGGACAACAAGGUUCAGAUCAAUAUCAUUGGUAUGCAGCAUGCUGUGACCAUUCAGAACUGCACAGAGGAAGAUGCUGGUUCCUAUUCAUGUGAAGUGGCUGGCCAGGAGGAUGUCAAGACUACAACAAAUGUUAAAGUGAUUGAAAUCAUCAAAGAUUGGAUUGUGAAACCACUGAGAGACCAGCAUGUGAAACCGAAGGCUACUGCUACAUUUAAAUGCGAGCUGUUCAAGGACACUCCUAACUGGAAGUGGCUCAAAGGAGAUGAGGAGAUCACUCCCUCUGACAGGAUUGAGAUCAAGAAGGAGGGAAAGGAGUUGACACUCACUAUCAAGAAUUGUCAGCCUGAUGACGUAGCAGAAUAUGCCAUGGAGGUGGAAGGACGCCUCUACACUGCCAAGCUAACACUAGGAGAGCGGGAGGCUGAGAUCCUGAGGCCCUUGGCCAGCGUUGAGGUGACUGAGAAGGAAGAUGCUAUGUUUGAGACAGAGAUCUCUGAGGACGAUGUUCCAGGGGAAUGGAAGCUCAAAGGAGAGGUUUUGACCAGAUCCCCGACGUGUGACAUCCAAAUGGAAGGUGGAGUGCGUAGACUCACACUGAAAAAUUGCCAGCUGGAUCAGGCCGGAGAAGUGUCCUACCAGGCACUGAAUGCCAUGACCAGUGCAAUGCUCAAUGUCAAAGAAAUCGAAAUGGACUUUGUUGUCCCGCUGAAGGAUGUUUCUGUGCCUGAAAAGAAACAGGCUAAGUUUGAAUGCACCAUCACGAAGGAUGUCUCUAAGGUCAUGUGGUAUAAAGGGGCUGACAUCAUCACCCCAGACCGAAAGUAUGACAUCAUCGAUGAUGGAAAGAAGCAUAUGCUGAUCAUAAACUGCUGUGAGUUUGAUGAUGAAGAUGAAUAUACCAUUGAAGUUUUGGGCAAAACUUCAACGGCUAGACUCACAGUGGAGGGUAUAAGGCUCAAAUUUAUCUCACCAAUAAAGGACCAAACUGUAAAGGAAGGCGAAACAGCUCGGUUCGAGCUGGAGCUCUCUCACGAGAACAUCCCCGUAACCUGGUACAAGAACGACGUUAAAAUUCAUCCAAGCAGAACAGUGGUCACUCACAUGGACGGAAAGAAACAUGUGCUAGAGAUAAGAGAAGUGACUCUUGAUGAUAUGUGCCAGAUUAAGGCUGAGGCCAAAGGGAUACCUUCCAUGGCCAACCUGACGGUCAUAGAGGGAGAUCCAUACUUCACGGUUAAGCUGCAGGACUAUACUGCAGUGGAGAAAGAUGAAGUGGUUCUAGAUUGUGAGCUCAGCAAAGACGUCAAUGUCAUGUGGUACCACAAUGAGGCCGAGAUCAAGGCCUCUAAGAUGGUGACCAUUAAGGCUGAGGACAAACGCAGAACCCUUGUCAUCAAGAGAGUUGGGGAUAAAGACAAAGGACAGUACGUAUGUGACUGUGGAACAGACAAGACAACAGCAACACUGCACAUUGAAGCUCGCCACAUCAAAGUCGUUCGACCUAUGUAUGGCGUUGAAGUGUUUGAUGGAGAGACCGCUCGAUUUGAGGUCGAACUCAGUGAGGAUGAUGUCCAUGGCCAGUGGAAACUGAACGGAGAGGUCCUCAGUCCAUCCGCUGACGUUGAAAUCGUGGAGGACGGUGCCAAACAUACUCUGAUCUUGUACAACUGCAAAGUGCCUCAGACAGGCGAGGUGGUGUUUACCGCCGCUAAUGCCAAAUGUUCUGCUAACCUGAAAGUGAAGGAACUACCAGUCUCGUUCAUUACACCACUGGCUGAUGUGCAUGUGUACGAAAAGGACGAGGCAAAGUUUGAACUGGAAAUUUCCAGAGAGCCCAAAAGCUACCGUUGGCUAAAGGGAUCUCAUGAGUUGUCAAACGAUGACAAGUUUGAACUCCUGGUGGAAGGAAACAAGCACAGUCUUAUUGUAAAAUCUGCCAAAUAUGAAGAUGAAGGCAAAUACAUGUUUGAGGCUGAAGAUAAGAGGACAUCUGGAAAGUUGUUUAUUAAAGGUAUUCGCCUUGAAUUUAUCAAGCCAAUUAAAGAUGUGACUGUGAAGGAACGAGAAACUGCAGAGUUCAGCGUUGAACUCUCUCAUGAGAAAAUCCCAGUGGUCUGGUACAAAAAUGACAUCCGUCUGCACCCCAGCAAGGUGGUGCACAUGUCGGAGGACAGAAAAGUCCACACACUGGCCUUCAAGGAGGUUACAAUUGAUGACACCUCCAUGAUCAAAGUUGAGGCCAUGGGCAAGACGUCAGAGGCCAUGCUCACUGUGCUCGAGGGCGACCUGUACUUCACAGUGAAGCUCCAGAACUACACCGCCGUCGAAAAGGACGAGGUGAUUUUGUCCUGUGAGCUAAGCAAAGCCGGCGGCGAGGUCAGAUGGUUCAAAGACGGUAACGAAAUCUUUCCCUCCAAGAACAUUCUGUUCCAGUCCGAUGGCAGGAAGCGCAUCCUGGUCAUCAAGAAGGCAGCAAAGAGCCACUUGGGAGCGUACACCUGCGACUGUGGCACCGACAAAACCACAGCCGACCUGAACAUCGAAGAGCGCGACAUCAAGGUCGUUCGCCCACUGUACAGCGUGGAGGUCACAGAGACAGAGACGGCCAAGUUUGAGACAGAGAUCUCUGAGGAGGACCUUCAUGCCACCUGGAAACUGAAGGGAGAGACUCUCCACCCAUCUCCUGAUGUGGAGAUCAAGUUGGAGGGAACCCGACAUAUGCUGAUCCUCUUCAACUGCAAAAUGGACAUGGCUGGAACUGUUGACUUUGCAGCAGCGAAUGCCAAAUCCUCAGCUCAGCUCAGGGUCAAAGCCCGAGUGAUCGGCCUGAUGAGGCCUCUGAAGGAUGUCACCGUGACCGCUGGGGAGACCGCCACCUUCGAGUGUGAGCUGUCGUAUGAAGGCAUUGCUGUUGAGUGGUUCCUGGGGGGUACAAAGCUGGAACCAAGCGACAGAGUGGUGUUGAAGGCCGAGGGUAAAGUCCACAGCCUCACUCUGCGAGACGUCCAGCUGAAUGAAGCUGGACAGGUCAAACUCACCGCCAAAGACUUCCAGACUGAGGCUAGCCUCAUCGUCAGAGAGCCCGCAGUGGAGUUCACAAAGCCUCUGGAGGACCAGACAGUGGAGGAGGAAGCAACUGCCACACUCGAGUGUGAAGUUUCCAGAGAGGGCGCAGAGGUACGAUGGUUCAGGGAUGGACAGGAGAUCAGAAAGACCAAGAAGUACGAGAUGAUCGUCGACGGCCGCAAGAGAGCGCUGGUCAUCCAUGACUGCACUCUGGACGACUCCAGAACGUACGCUUGUGACGCUAAAGACUUCAAAACUUCCUGCUUCCUCAACGUUGAACCUCCACAUGUUGAGUUCACGAAGCCGCUCCAUGAUGUCGAGGUCAAAGAGAAGGAAUCUGCCAGGUUUGAAUGUGAAGUCUCCAGAGAGGACGUCAAAGUCCGCUGGUUUAAGGAUGGAAGUGAAAUCAGAAAGGGGAAGAAGUAUGAAAUUAUUGCUCAAGGUCGCCAACACAUCCUCAUUGUCCACAAGUCUGUGUUUGAUGAUGAGGCUGAAUACGAAUGUGACGCAAAGACCUCCAAGUCCUCCGGCAUGCUUACUGUCGUCGAGGAGGAGGCGAGGUUCAUCAAGAACCUGUCUAAUGUGGAAGGAACAGAGACAGACAGUGUGAAACUGAUCUGUGAGGUCUCCAAACCCAGUGCUGAUGUCACCUGGUACAAAGGAGACCAGGAGCUGCCCGAGGGCGGCCGCUACGAGCACAUUGUUGACGGGAAGAGGAGGAUCCUCCUCAUCCAGGACCUGAAGAUGGCAGACGCCGGAGAGUACAACUGCAGGCUGAGUCCCAGCAUCAAGACCUCCGGAAAUCUCAAGAUAAACGAACUGGCUGCUGAGUUCAUCUCCAGGCCUCAAAGCCAGGAGGUGGUGGAGGGUGAGAAGGCAGAGUUCACUUGCUCCGUCUCCAAGGACACCUACGAGGUCAAAUGGCUGAAAGAUGACAAGGAACUGGAAGCGGGAGACAAAUACCAGAUGGUCAGUGAUGGCAAAAGACGAACUCUGGUCAUCAAGAACUGCGAGCCCAAAGACGAGGGCGGAUAUGUGGUGAUGAUUGGACCGACCAGAGCCAGCGCUGACCUCACUGUGCUCGAGAAACUGAAGAUCAUCACACCACUGAAGGACACAGAGGCCAAAGAAGGUCAGGAGAUCGUCCUGAACUGUGAGGUUAAUACAGAUGGAGCCAAGGCUAAGUGGCUGAAGAACGAGGACACAGUGUUUGAGAGCAGCAAGUAUGUGAUGGUCCAGAGAGACAACGUCUUCUCUCUGAGGAUCAAAGAUGCCCAGAAGGGAGACGAAGCCAACUACAGCAUCAACCUGACCAAUCAGAGAGGAGAGCAGGCCAAGAGCGCCUGCAACCUCACUGUCAAAGAGGAGAGUCUGAGGAUUGUGGUUCCUCUGGAGGACAUCGACACUCAGGAGAAGAAGACUGUCAGCUUCUCCUGUAAGGUCAACAGGCCUAAUGCCACUCUGAAGUGGAUGAAGGGUGGCGAGGAGAUCGUCUUCAACAAACACAUCGUCUACAGAGUGGACAAAGAGAAGCACACACUGACCAUCAAAGACUGCACACUGGCCGACGAGGGUGAGUACACCGCUGUGGCUGCAGACAACAAGUCCACUGCAGAGCUGAUCAUCAGCGAGGCGCCAACUGACUUCAGCAUGCAACUGAAGGACCAGACCAUCACAGAGUUUGACGAUGCAGAGUUCACAUGCAAACUAACCAAAGAGAAAGCAGACGUCAAGUGGUAUAGGAACGGACGUGAAAUCAGAGAAGGACCCAGAUACACAUUUGAAAAAGAUGGAAAGAUGUGCACCUUGCGUAUCAAGGAGUGCAGACCUGAUGAUGAAUGUGAAUACGCCUGUGGUGUGGACGAGAAGAGAUCCAGGGCCAGGCUCUUUGUUGAGGAAACCCCAGUGGAGAUUGUCAGACCACCACAGGACAUGUUCGAACCUCCAGGCUCGGAUGUUGUGUUCGAGGUGGAGCUCAACAAGGACAGAGUGGAGGUGAAGUGGUUGAGGAACAAUAUGACAGUCGUCCAGGGAGACAAAUACCAGAUGAUGAGCGAGGGUAAAGUCCACAGACUGCAGGUCUGUGAGAUCAGACCCCGAGACCAGGGAGAAUACAGAGUCAUCGUCAAGGACAAAGAUGCCAAGGCCAAGCUGGAGCUGGCAGCUGUGCCUCAAAUUAAGACCACAGACCAGAGCUACGUCACAGACGCCGGGAAGCCCAUUGUCAUGGCCGUCCCCUAUAGUGCAUACCCAAAGGCUGAGGCCGACUGGCUGUACAACAAUCUGAGUCUGCCCAAAGACAACAUCUACACCUCCGCUGACCGCACAGAGUACCGACUGAAGGACCCCAUGAAGUCUGACGAGGGCCGCUACAAGAUCAUCAUCAAGAACAAACACGGAGAAGGAGAAGCCUUCAUCAACCUGGAUGUCAUCGAUGUCCCGGGACCCGUGAAGAACCUGCAGGUGAUCGACACCGCCGACGGCGAGGUCAGCCUGGCAUGGGAGGAACCCGAGAGUGACGGCGGCAGCAAGGUCAUCGGCUAUGUGGUGGAGAGGCGCGACGUGAAGCGCAAGACUUGGACGCUGGCCACCGACCACACCGACUGUCCCGAGUACACAGUGACGGGCCUCCAGAAGGACUCCAUGUACCUGUUCAGAGUCUGCGCCCGAAACAGGGUUGGCAGCGGACCAAAUGUAGAGACCGACAAACCUGUACAGGCCAAGAAUAAGUUUGAUGUUCCCGAUGCCCCUCUGAACGUGAUCGUGGGAAAUGUCACCAAAUUCGGGUGCACCGUUUCCUGGGAGACUCCUGAGUCAGAUGGAGGCUCUCCCAUCACCUCUUACAUUAUCGAGCUGCGUGACCGGACAUCGGUGAAGUGGUCACCCGUCCAGGUGACCAAAGCUGAUGAGCUCAGUGCCAUCGUCAAUGACGUCAUUGAGAACAAAGAGUACAUCUUCAGAGUUAAAGCCCAGAACAAAGCUGGUGUCGGCAAGCCCAGCGUGGCCUCACAGCCCGUCAAGAUCAUGGAUCCCAUCGAGCGUCCAAGUCCCCCUCUGAACCUGUCCUGGCAGGACCAGAACAAGAGCUCGGUGCAGCUUACCUGGGAGACUCCUCUGAGGAAUGGAGGCAGCAUCAUCACCGGAUACAUCGUUGAACGCUGCGAAGAAGGCAGCGACAAGUGGCUCCGCUGCAACGCCCGACUCUGCCCAGACCUCUUCUACAAGGUGUCUGGUCUGAAAUACGGAGCCAAGUAUAACUACAGAGUGUUUGCUGAGAAUGCUGCUGGAGUCUCUGACCCAUCAAACAUCAUUGGACCUCUGCUGGCUGACGACACACAUGUCGGUCCGACCUUUGACCUGAGUGCCUUUAAAGACGGCCUGGAGGUGAUUGUCCCUCAGCCUCUCACCAUCAGAGUCCCCAUCACCGGAUACCCGACCCCUGUCGCCAAGUGGACCUGCGGAGAGAAGGAGCUGACCACCGCUGACGAGCGCGUCUUCCUGAUGACCAAAUCCACAUUCACAGAACUGGUCGUGACGCCAAGCGUUCGCCCAGACAAAGGCAUCUACACACUGCAGCUGGAGAAUGACGUCACAUCUGUCUCUGGAGAGAUCGAAGUCAACGUAAUUGCUGCGCCCAGCGCUCCAAAGGACUUCAAGGUCCUGGAAGUUACACGGCAGCACGUUCACCUGACCUGGGAGGCUCCGGAGCAUGACGGAGGAAGUCCUCUGACAGGCUACCAGGUGGAGAAACGGGACGUGUCCCGCAAGACCUGGGUCAAGGUGGCCACAUUUAUCCAGGAUCAAGAGUUCACCGUCACAGAUGUGGUUGAAGGAAAGGAGUACCUGUUCAGAGUCACUGCCUGCAACAAGUGUGGACCAGGAGAGCCAGCGUACAUUGACGAGCCUGUCAACGUCUCCUCUCCUGCCACUGUUCCCGACCCUCCAGAGAACCUGAGGUGGAGAGACAAGUCAGCUAGUGGCAUCUUCCUGACCUGGGAGCCACCAAAGUACGACGGCGGCAGCGGCAUCCGUGGCUACAACGUGGAGCGCUGCCAGAGAGGAACCGAUAAGUGGGAACCCUGCGGAGACCUGGUGCCUGAGCUGAAGUGUGAGGUGACAGGUCUGACCGAGGGCCAGUGGUACGCCUAUAGAGUCAGAGCCCUGAACCGACUCGGAGCCAGCCGGCCCUGCAAGGCCACAGAUGAGAUCCAGGCCGUUGAUCCCAAAGAGCCUCCAGAGAUCCAGCUGGAUGCCAAGCUGCUGGCUGGUCUUACUGCCAAGGCCGGCAGCAAGAUUGAACUCCCCGCGGAGGUGAAGGGUAAGCCUGAGCCCCGGGUGAAAUGGACCAAGGCCGACCUUGUCCUCAAACCAGAUGACAGGGUCUCUAUUGAUACUAAGCCAGGACACUCCACUGUCACUGUCGCCAAGACCAAGAGAGACGACAGUUCCACCUAUAUCAUUGAGGCUACCAAUGACAGCGGCCGUGCUACUGCCACCGUUGACGUCAACAUCCUCGAUAAGCCUGGUCCACCGGCUGCCUUCGACAUCUCUGAGAUCACCAACGAGACCUGCUUCCUGGCCUGGAACCCGCCGCGUGACGAUGGUGGCUCCAGAGUCACCAACUACAUUGUUGAGCGCCGUGCCGCCGACAGUGAGAUCUGGCACCGCCUGUCCUCCACCAUCAAACAGACCACAUACAAAGCUGUGGGUCUGGUCAAGUUCAAGGAGUACAUCUUCAGAGUCUUUGCUGAGAACCAGUUUGGUGUUGGCCCACCAGCGGAACACCCAUCCAUCAUUGCCAGAUACCCCUUUGACCCCCCUGGAGCUCCUUAUAAGUUGGAGCCUUCCGACAUCGCCAAGGACUCACUGACUCUGACCUGGUACGAGCCUGAUGAGGACGGAGGAAGCCCCAUCACAGGAUACUGGGUGGAGAGAUAUGAACCAGACCAUGACAGAUGGAUGAGAUGCAACAAGCUGCCCAUUAAAGACACCAACUACAGAGUCAAAGGUCUUCCCACUAGGAAGAAGUACAAGUUCAGAGUCCUGGCUGAGAAUCUGGCUGGAACUGGCAAACCAAGCAAGGAGACAGACCCAAUCCUUGUCAAAGAUCCUAUCGAUCCUCCAUGGCCUCCUGGUAAACCCACGGUGAAGGACGUGGCCAAAACUUCCUGCUUCCUGAUGUGGACCAAACCAGAACAUGAUGGUGGAGCAAAGAUCGAUGGCUACAUCAUUGAGAUGCUGAAGAGUGGUACUACAGACUGGAUCCGCGUGGCGGAGGACAUUAACCUCCUGGAGCACUUCCUGAAGGGCCUGAUGGAGAAGCAGGAGUACUCGUUCAGGGUGCGGGCUGUUAACGCGGCUGGCGAGAGCGAACCCAGUGAGCCCAGUGAUCCAGUGCUCUGCAAAGAGAGACUCAACCCUCCUUCGGCUCCUCGCUGGUUGGACGUUGUCAACAUCAGCAGGACCAGUGCAGACCUGAAGUGGACAGUCCCAGAGCGCGACGGAGGCUCGCCCAUCACCAACUACGUGGUAGAGAAGCGUGACGUCAGGCGUAAAGGCUGGCAGGCUGUGGACACCACAGUAAAGGAGCUGAAGUACACUGUGACUCCGCUCAAUGAAGGAUCGCUGUAUGUGUUCCGCGUCGCUGCUGAGAACGCUGUGGGUGUAGGACCGUUCUGUGAGCUGGAGGACUCUGUGCUGGCCAAAGACACUUUCACUACUCCUGGGCCACCAUAUGCCCUUGCUGUCAAUGCUGUGACCAAGAGAUAUGUGGACCUCCAGUGGGAGGCGCCUAAAAACGAUGGUGGCAGACCCAUCCUCAAGUACUCCAUUGAGAAGAAGGAGAAGCUUGGUACUCGCUGGGUUAAAUGUGGGAAGACUUCAGGUCCAGAUUGUAAGUACAGAGUGACAGACGUCAUUGAGGGAACAGAGGUUCAGUUCCAGGUCUGCGCUGAGAACGAGGCUGGCGUCGGACAUCCGAGCGAACCCACUGAGAUCCUCACCAUCGAAGAUCCAACAGGUGUCCCAUCACCACCCAUCGAGCUGCAUGUGACUGGAGCCAGCCGGGACUUCCUGUCCAUUGCCUGGAAACCACCACAGAAUGACGGCGGCAGCCCCAUCUCAGGCUACCACAUCGAGAUGUGCGAAGCAGGAACAGAGAAGUGGAUGAGGGUCAAUUCCCGUCCAGUGAAGGAACUGAAGUACCGCGUGGAGGAAGGUGUGGUCCCUGAGAAGGAGUACAUCCUGAGAGUGAGGGCCAUCAACUCCGUCGGAGUGAGCGAGCCCUCUGACAUCUCCGAGAAUGUCUUUGCCAAAGACUCUGACUGUAACCCAACUCUGGACUUCCAGACUCUGGACCUGGUUGUUGUGGAAACAGAGAAGCUGCACAUCCCAGUUCCCUUCAGAGCUGUACCCUCACCCAAGAUCACCUGGCACAAAGACGGCAAAGAGCUGAAGGCAGAUGAACGUCUUGGUUUCAGGAAGGAGUAUACUUCCUGUCACCUGGAGAUUGACAGCAGCCUUCACGCUGAUGCUGGAGUGUACAAAGUGACUCUGGAGAACAAAUUGGGAGCUGCCAGUGCCACCAUCAACGUCAAAGUCAUCGGUCUUCCUGGUCCCUGUAAGGAGAUUGUGGCCUCAGAGAUCACAAAGAGCUCCUGUAAAGUGUCCUGGGAUCCUCCAGACUAUGACGGCGGCAGCCCGAUUCUUCACUAUGUCCUGCAGCGGCGUGAGGCCGGCAGGAGGACGUAUGUCAAUAUGAUGUCUGGAGAGAACAAAGUGAGCUGGACUGUCAAAGACCUCAUCCCCAAUGGAGAGUACUACUUCAGAGUCCAGGCUGUGAACAAGAUUGGAGGAGGAGAGUUCAUCGAGCUCCGCAACCCAGUCAUUGCAGAGGACCAGAAACAUGCUCCUGACCCACCGGUGGAUGUGGAGACACACAACCCCACAUCCAGCACCAUCACUCUGACCUGGAAGCCUCCCAUGUACGAUGGUGGCUCCAAGAUCAUGGGCUACAUCCUGGAGAAGCAGCAAAAGGGCGAGGACAAGUGGGAGAGGUGCAACGACUUCCUGGUGCCCGUCCUGUCCUACACCGUCAAGGGACUGACAGAGGGCAAGAACUAUGCUUUCAGAGUCAAAGCAGAAAAUGCAGCUGGGGUCAGCGAGCCGUCACGCAACACGCUGUAUGUCAAGGCCUCAGACGCUGUUGAUCCUCCAAAGGUUUUCCUGAGUGGCAGCCUGCAGUCCGGUCUUGCCGUGAAGCGAGGUUGUGAGAUCUGCCUGGACGCCAACAUCUCCGGCUCACCAUACCCUGAGAUCACCUGGUACUGGAACAACCAGGUGAUUAGGCCUGAACCACUCCGCAAGAGGCCUGAAAGGCCCCUGAAGAAGAAGGUGGAGAAGAAGGAAGAGGAGAAGAAGGAGGGAGAGGCCGAGAAGAAAGAGGAGAAGAAGGAGGAAGAGGUGAAGGAAGGAGAAGAGAAGAAAGAAGGAGAGGAGAAGAAGGAGGAGAAGAAGGAGGAGGCAGCUGAGCCAGAGUUGGAGGAGUCUGACUACCCAACAAUAAACGAGCGUCUGGCCAUCAACAACAGCCGCAGAGGCACAUCCUCUAUUGUGAUCAGAGACUCAAUCCGCGCCGACCAUGGUGUCUACAUGGUGAAGGUGGAGAACGACCACGGCAUUGCCUCAGCAACCUGCGAGGUCAACGUGCUUGAUGCUCCCGGUCCUCCUGUGAACUUCAAAUUUGAGGAAGUGAGGAAGAACUCUGUGAUCUGCAAGUGGGAUCCCCCUCUGGAUGACGGCGGCAGUGAGAUCCUCAACUACACUCUGGAGAAGAAGGACAACUCAAAGCUGGAAUUUGGCUGGAGCAGCGUCACCACUACACUGAGAGGAUGCCGCUACCUGGUGCCCAAACUCAUUGAGAAGAAGGAGUACAUCUUCAGGGUUGUGGCCGAGAACAAGUUUGGUGCUGGUCCUCCCUGUGUCUCCAAACCACUUAUUGCCAAGAAUCCCUUUGAACCUCCUGAGGCUCCUGAUAAGCCAGAGAUUGAUGAUGUCACAGCCAAAAGCAUGCUGGUCACAUGGAACGAGCCAAACGACAACGGUAGCCCCAUCGUGGGAUACUGGGUGGAGCGUCGUGAGAUUAACAGCUCACACUGGGCACGUGUUAACAGGAACCCCGUCCCAGACACUGAGCUGAACGUUGAAGGUCUGCUGGAAGGCCUGACUUACAUCUUCAGGGUGGCAGCCGAAAACAGUGCUGGCCCAGGAAAGUUCAGCGAACCCUCUGAACCCAAGACAGCCCAGGCUCCGAUCUUGCCUCCUGGACCGCCAGUUGCCAGAGUGGCGGCAACCACUGACCACUCCAUUGAUGUGGAGUGGGACCCACCUGCCGAUAAUGGUGGAGGAGAGAUCCUGGGAUACCAUGUGGAUAAGGCCAUGGCCGGUACCAAGGACUGGUCCAGGUCUACAGAGCGUCCUUGGAAGACCCGGGCCUUCACUGUCUAUGGAGUCCGUGAGGGGGCCAAGUACCUGGUCAGAGUCAUUGCCUGCAAUGCUGCCGGAGACGGAACACCAGGAUUCACAGAAUCUGUCUUUGUUAGGAAUCCUGCAGAAAUACCAGUGAUUGAACUAGACCUGUCUGUCAAGAAUGGCGUGGUCAUCAGAGCCGGAGAGACACUCCGUGUACCUGCCACAGUGACAGGUAAACCCUACCCGUCCAUAACCUGGACCAAGGACGACGGUAAACCUGACAAAGACCGUGUGGAGAUCCUCACUGAGGGCAAUGACAGCAUUGUUUCAAUUGCGAAUGUCCAAAGGAAGGACUGCGGAAAAUACCAGAUCUCUGCUUGUAACCCCAGUGGCAUCAAGUCUGCUUGGACCAGAGUGGAGGUCAUGGAUGUCCCUGGACCUGUCACGGAACUGAAGCCUGUUGUUGUCACUCGUAAGAUGAUCUUCCUGAACUGGGAUGACCCUGAGGAUGAUGGAGGCAGUGACCUGACUGGCUUCCUUGUGGAGCGAAAAGACGCCAAGAUGCACACAUGGAGACAGCCCGUUGAAACCGCCUCAUCCAAGUGUGAGUGUGUGGGCAUCGUGGAGGGACAGGAGUACAUGUUCCGCGUCAUUGCCAAGAACAAGUAUGGCAUGGGCCCGCCUGUCGAGUUGGGCCCCAUCUUGGCUGUGGACCCACAGGGCCCACCAUCAAACCCUGAGAAAUUCCAUUACACUGAGCGCACCAAGAACUCCAUCACAUUCACCUGGAAGCCACCUCGUAAUGACGGUGGCAGCCCCAUCAUCGGCUACUUCAUUGAGAAGAAGAGGCAGGACCAGCAGGCCUUUGAGCCUUGCAACACAGAGAUCUGCCCCAACAUGACCAUGACUGUGGAGGGACUGGAAGAGGCCUGGAUGUAUGAGUUCAGGAUCAAGUGUGCUAACCUGAUCGGAGAGAGCGAGCCAUCCAUCCCACUUACUGUUGUCAUCCAAGAUGAUGAAGUGGCUCCUGAGGUCCACAUGCUGAAACACUUCAAAGGCGACUCCAUUACCGUGAAGAAGGGUGAACCCAUUGAGAUCCCCGCCGAUGUCCUGGGACUCCCCAUCCCCAAGAUUGAGUGGUCCAAGGAUGACGUGGUGAUCGAGAAGCCCACUGAGACUCUGCUGAUGGAGACAGAAGUGACGGGCAGGAUGAACUGCAAGACUGUACUGUCCAUCCCAGCAGCCAACAGGAGGGACCGCGGCAGCUACACUAUAUGUGCCUCCAACAACAUGGGUUCAGCCAAGCACACCACCUUUGUCAUGGUGCUGGACCGACCACUUCCACCCAGGAAUAUUACAGUGUCCAACAUCAAGGCAGAGUCCUGCUACCUCCAGUGGGAUGCACCACUUGAUAAUGGUGGCAGCGAACUGACCAAUUACAUUGUUGAAAAGAAGGAUAUGGAGCCAGAGCUGGUAGAAGGACAGGAAGCUCCAUCUGAACCACAGUGGGAAGAGGUUACCAACUGCAUCAUUGAGAGGAAAUACGGGGUGUGGAACCUGCAGACCAACAAGACCUACAUGUUCCGCGUCAAAGCACAGAACCGGUACGGUAUAUCUGACCCCUGCACAACAGAGGAGGUCCAGAUCACAGACCCCUUCGGCCUUCCUGGCCCACCAGAGAAACCAACCAUUGCAGAGUACUCCAAGACCUCCAUGACCCUGACCUGGGAGCCUCCCCUGGACAGCGGUGGCUCCACAAUUAUCGGCUACUGGCUGGAGAAGAGAGAGAAGGGCACUGGCUAUUGGGCCAAAGUCAACAAGGUGCCAGUCUCCAAGAGGGGCAUGAAAGGCUGGGAGUACCAGGUGACUCGUCUGUUUGAAGGAACAGAGUAUGAGUUCAGGGUUGCUGCCUGCAAUUCUGCAGGAACUGGACCAUUUAGCGGACCAUCUGACUCUGCCUUUGCUGUUGAUCCAAUCACUCCUCCAAGCAUGCCUGCUGCUCCUGAAGUGGCUGAUAAGACAAAGCACAGCGUCACGCUGUCCUGGAAACCACCGGAGAAAGACGGAGGAAGCCCCAUCAAGGGCUACAUCAUCCAGAUCCAGGAUGAAGGCUCAUCUGAGUGGGUGAGGGUGAACGACCCCGAUUCCCUUCAUCCUACGACCGAGUUCACUGUUCCCAGUCUCCGUGAGCUGAAACGCUAUCGCUUCAGGAUCAUUGCUGUCAACGACAUUGGCGAGUCUGACCCCAGCCCUCGCACCAGCGAGGUUCUGAUUGAGGAUGUCCAGCUCCCACCUUCGAUCAGCAUUGAUGUGAUGGCUGAUGACCUGCUGUGCAUCCGUGCUGGAGAUCCAAUCAGGAUCCCAGCCACCAUCAAGGGCCGCCCUGUUCCCAAGGUGACCUGGGAUUUCGAUGGCAAAGCCAAGUCACACAAGAAGAACAAACUUCACACACUGCCUGUAGACUCUGAGGUUGAGUCCACAGACACCACAUCUGUAGUGGUCAUCCCCGUAAGCCUGAGGAGCCACUCUGGACGCUACACCAUCACCGCCAAGAACAAGUCUGGACAGAAACAUGUGAACGUCAGAGUCAUUGUCCUCGACGUCCCUGGUCCUCCAAAGGAGCUAAAGGUUACUGAUGUUACUCGGGCUACUAUGAGGCUCAUCUGGAAACUCCCUGACAAUGAUGGAGGAGAGAGAAUUAAGAGCUACUUUAUCGAGAAGAAGAGUGUCACUGACAAGGCCUGGACCAAGGUGAACGCAGCCUGUGCCAGCCAGGCCUAUGUGGUGCCAGGUCUGCUGGAGGGUCAAGACUACCUGUUCAGGGUCCGAGCUGAGAACAGACUCGGAUUUGGACCAUUCACCGUCACCACCGACCCUGUUCGGGCCAGAGACCCCAUCUACCCUCCUGACCCCCCCACCAAGUUGAAGGUUGACCUGGUGACAAAGAACACCGUCACUCUUAGCUGGGAACCUCCCAAAAAUAAUGGUGGAUCUCCAGUGAAGCAUUACAUCAUCGAGCGUUUGAGCUGGGACACCAGCGGUAAGGAGAAGGAGACCUGGAAACAGUGCAACAAGAGAGACGUGGAGGAACUCACCUUCGUGGUGGAGGACCUGAAGGAGGGAGGAGAAUAUGAAUUCAGGGUAAAAGCAGUGAAUGCUGCCGGACCUAGCCGACCCUCUGCCACUGUUGGACCCAUGGUCAUCAAGGAUCAGACAUGUGCUCCCACCAUUGGGCUGCGUGAAGCCAUGGAGGGUGAGGAGGGCUGUGAUGUCAGCAUCGUGGCGAAGGUGAGCGGCUGUCCGUUCCCCACACUCACCUGGCAUAAGGCCACCAUGGCCAAACCUGAGGAGAAGGCCGUCGUCCAGUAUGACCAGCACAUCAACAAACUGGUGACCCAAGACAAGUGCACGCUGCUGAUCCAGCAGGCGAGCAGGCACGACAGCGCCCUCUACAGCCUGACAGCCAGCAACAGUCUGGGCACCGUCACCAAGGCCAUCAAGCUCUCAGUGCUGGGACCUCCUGGCCCACCUGUUGGACCAAUCAAAUUCACUGAGGUGUUUGCCGAGAGGAUCGGCUUGGCCUGGAACCCUCCCACAGACGAUGGUGGAUCUAAGAUCACCAACUACGUGGUGGAGAAACGUGAGGACAACAGGAAGUCCUGGGUUCACGUCUCCAACGAUCCCAAGGAGUGCGCCUACGUGGUGACCCGGUUGACAGAGAACCAUGAGUACGAGUUCAGAGUCAUGGCCCAGAACAAGUUUGGAGUUGGACCUCCACUGGUCAGCGAGCCGGAGAAGGCCAGAAACCUUUUCACUGUCCCGGGUCAGUGUGAGAAACCGACUGUAACAGAGGUCUGUCUGGAGUCAAUGACAGUCAACUGGGAUGAGCCAAAGUACGAUGGCGGCUCCUCCAUCACCGGCUACUUUGUGGAGAAGAAGGAGACCACCUCCAAGCGCUGGACCCGCGUCACACGCGACCCAAUCCGGGCGCUGCCUCUGGGCAAUAACUGGGAUGUCACCGGCCUGCUGGAGGGCGCCCUGUACCAGUUCAGGGUCAUUGCUGUCAACGCCGCCGGCUGCGGUCUGCCCAGCUUACCCUCUGACCCCAUUCUAUGCAGAGACCCUAUCAAGCCUCCAGGGCCACCUGCUCCAAAGGUGACAGACUGGACCAAGUCGACAGUGGAGCUGGAGUGGCUCCCUCCUCUGGUGGACGGAGGGUCAAAGGUCACUGGCUACAUUGUGGAGUUCAAGGAGGUGAACAAGGAGGAGGAAGAGAAGAAGGCUCAGAGGAAACUGCUGCUGAGUGAUGCUGAGGAGGAGAAGGAGCCUGAGAGUGAGGAGAGCUGGGCCAAGGCAAAGGACACAGAGAUCAGAGGAACCAAGUUUGUGGUACCCGGUCUGAAAGAAGGCGGUCUGUACCGCUUCAGAGUCCGUGCUGUGAACGCCGCCGGAGUUGGAGAACCAGGACUCGUGUCUGAGCUGAUUGAGGUCAAAGACAGAACAAUCCCUCCUGAGAUGGACCUGGACGCCUCUGUCAAGGAAAAGAUCGUGGUCCACGCUGGUGGCACCAUCCGCAUCAUCGCCUACGUGUCCGGUAAACCCGCCCCACAGAUCACCUGGUGCCGCGACGAUGCCGAGGUGCCCAAAGAGGCUGUGGUGGAAACGACAGGCAUCUCCAAUUCACUGGUUAUCAAAAACUGCAGACGCCAUCACCAGGGCAUCUACACACUGAGCGCCAAGAAUGAGGGAGGAGAGAGGAAGAAGGCCGUUAUUGUCGAGGUCCUGGAUGUGCCUGGACCGGUUGGUCUUCCCUUUGCUGGCGAGAAUUUGACCACUGACUCCUGCAAACUGACCUGGUACUCCCCCGAGGAUGAUGGUGGCUCGGCCAUCACCAACUACAUCAUUGAGAAGAGGGAGUCAGACCGCAUGGGCUGGACCUCAGUUUCCUACACAGUGACGAGGAACAAUGCUGUGGUUCAGGGACUCAUCGACGGCAAGGGCUACUUCUUCAGGAUCGCAGCUGAGAACAUCAUCGGCAUGGGACCUUUCAUUGAGACCGACAAGAUGGUUCUCAUCAAGGACCCCAUCUCCGUCCCGGAGCGUCCAGAGGACCUGAUCAUUACUGCCGUCACCAAGGACUCCAUCUCUGUCGCCUGGAGACCGCCAAAGUACGAUGGAGGUGCCGAGGUGACCGCGUACAUCCUAGAGUCCCGUAUGAUCGGCCGGGACAACUUCACACGCAUAGGUGGUGAGGACAAGCUGAUGGACAGGAAGUUCACGCUGACUGGGCUGAAGGACGGCUCGAGCCACGAGUUCAGAGUCUCCGCCGUCAACCAGGUGGGACAGGGCAAACCAUCCUUCGCCACCAAACCUGUGCAGUGCAAGGAUGAGCUCGAACCACCCACUCUGGACCUGGACUUCAGGGACAAGAUGAUGGUGAAGGUGGGAGACAGCUGCAUGCUGUCUGGACGCUACAGCGGCAAACCAGCCCCGGCCAUCACCUGGAAGAAGAACGACGAGGAGCUGAAGGCAGACGAGGAGAUCAGCCUCCACAGCACCACCCGCCAUCUCAGCCUCAAUAUCAGCAAGACCAAGAGAGAGCACAGCGGCUGCUACUGCGUCACUGUGGAGAACGCUGCCGGAACUCGCACAGGAAUCUGCACCAUCACUGUGGUCGACCGGCCUCAGCCUCCAGAGGGCCCUGUAGUGUUCAAUGAGGUCUACAGGAACUACAUGGUGAUCUCCUGGAACCCUCCUCUGGACGAUGGAGGCUGUGCCAUCUCCAACUACAUCAUUGAGAAGAGAGAUACCAACAGAGACUUGUGGAUGCCCGUCACCUCGUCCUGCACCAGGACCACCUGCAGGGUGCCGAAGCUGAUCGAGGGUCGUGAGUACAUCAUCAGGAUCAUGGCUCAGAACAUCUACGGCAUCAGCGACCCACUCCUGUCUGCAGAGACCAAGGCCAGAGACAUCUUCAAGGUGCCCGACGCUCCUAAACAGCCCACAGUGAAGGAGGUUUACCACGACUCUGCCCUCAUCAGCUGGGAGCCACCUGCUGACGGAGGAAAACCAAUCACAGGCUACAUUGUGGAGAGGAAGGAGACCAUGGCCAACAGGUGGGUUCGUUGCAACACAGAGAGAAUCCAUCCGAAGGUGGAGUACUGGGUGACCGAGCUGCUGCAAGGUUGUGAAUACGAGUUCAGAGUCAGCGCUGAGAACGAGGUGGGAGCCGGAGACCCAAGCCCACCAUCCAAGCCUGUCUUUGCAAAAGAUCCAAUCGUGAAACCCAGUCCACCAGUGAACCUCCAUGCCAUCGACUUCACCAAGGAGUCAGUGACUCUGUCCUGGGAGCCUCCUACUGACACUGGCAGAGGAAAGAUCUUUGGAUACCUGUUGGAGUUCCAAAAGGCUGGAGAAGAGGAGUGGCACAAGGUGAACCAGACUCCUGACUCCUGCCAGGAGACCAAGUUUAAGGUGAUCAACCUGGAUGAUGGUGCCCUCUACCGCUUCAGAGUCAUGGCUGUUAACGCUGCCGGAGAGUCUGACCCGGCUAAUGUGAAGGAGCCAAUCAGAGUGCAGGACAGACUUGAACCCCCAGAGCUGAUUCUGGAUGCUGGAAUGACCCGUGAGGUGAAGGCCAUGGCCGGCACUCACAUCACACUGAUGGCUGGUAUCAAAGGCGUUCCAUUCCCCACAGUUACCUGGAAGAAGAACGACGCUGAGGUUCCCACCAGGGCUGAUAUUGAAACCAACCAAGCAGGCACUAAGCUUGAGAUGAGGUUCUGUAACCGAGGUGACUCUGGAGACUACACCCUAACUGUGGAGAACCCAGCUGGGUCCAAGACCGUCACUUGCACUGUGCUGGUCUUCGACAAACCUGGUCCCAUCCAGCACCUCCGGGUGUCUGACGUCAGGAGCGACUCUGCCUACCUGUCCUGGAAGGACCCAGAGGACAACGGUGGUACCCGCAUCACAAACUUUGUGGUGGAGAAGAAAGACACAGCAUCCACUCAGUGGGUCCCCGUCUGCUCCACAUCCAAGAAACGCAGCAUGAUGCUGAAGCACCUGAUGGAGGGCACAUCCUACACGUUCAGAGUCGCUGCUGAGAACCAGUAUGGCCGCAGUGAAUAUGUUGAGACGCCAAAGGCCAUCAAGGCAAUGAACCCACUCUUCCCUCCUGGUCCUCCUAAAGACCUGCACCAUGCCGACGUGGACAAGACUGAGGUGUGGUUGGUCUGGAACUGGCCUGACCGCAAUGGAGGAAGUGAGAUCACCGGCUUCCUGGUGGAGUAUCAGGAGGAGGGAGCGAGAGAGUGGGAAGAGUGGAAGACCGUCAGCAUCCCUGAGAGUCAUGUGACUGGCCUGGAGGAAGGAAAGACCUACCGUUUUAGAGUGAGGGCUGAGAAUGCCAUUGGCCUCAGCAGACCUGACACCACCGUGCCUAUCCUGUGCCAGGAGAAACUGGUGCCUCCAAUUCUCGAGGUGGAUGUUAAGCUCACUGAAGGCAUCAUCGUGAAGGCCGGCACCACCAUCAGGUUGCCAGCUAUCAUGAGAGGAAUCCCCGUUCCCACUGCCAAAUGGUCCAUUGAAGGAGAGGAGAUCGUCAGCAAGGACAAUGUCAAGAUCGACACUGACAACUUCUCCACUGUGCUCAGCAUUAAUGAGUGCACCAGGAACCACACUGGCACCUACCUGCUCACUGUGUCCAACCCAGCUGGAACUAAGACAGCGGCCCUGAACGUCACUGUUCUGGAUGUUCCCGCUGCUCCCAUUGGACCUGCCAACAUCCUGGAGGUCACUCCUGACUCCAUGACAAUUGAAUGGCGUCCUCCCAAGGAUGAUGGUGGCAGCCCCGUCACCAACUACAUUGUGGAGAAGAGAGAGUCCAACAGGGAGACCUGGGGAGGUGUGAGUUCUGGCAGCCUUGCCACACAGCUCAGGAUCACACGCCUACAGAGGGGAACGGAGUAUGUGGUUCGCAUUCGUGCUGAGAACAAGAUGGGCAUUGGUGCUCCUCUGGAAACCAAGCCCACUGUCGCUGAGCAUAGCUUCAUGCCACCCAGCGCGCCUGGUAAGCCACAGAUCUCUGAUAUCUCAGAAGAUGCUGUUACAGUCGGCUGGACCAUGCCCCUGUCUGAUGGUGGCAGUCAGAUCGCUGGCUACAUCAUUGAGCGCAGACACAAGGGAGGAAAAUGGAUCCGUGUCAAUAAGACACCCUGCAAAGACCUUAGGUACAGAGUCCUGGGUCUGUUUGAGGGCAGUGAGUAUGAGUUCAGAGUGUUUGCUGAGAAUAUCGCCGGCUUCAGUGGCCCAUCUCCCAUCUCUGAUCCCUGCAAGCCCUGCAGGCCUAUCACUGUCCCCAGUCCCCCUGUUAACCCCAAAGUUAAAGAUUACAGCAAGACCACUGCUGACCUGGUGUGGACCAAACCCACAAAAGACGGUGGCAGCCCUAUCCUGGGCUACACUGUGGAAAUGAAGAAAGCAGAUACAGAGGAAUGGAAAAAAGUUAACCUGGACGACUUCAUCAAGCUAUGCGCCUACAGGGUGAAGGGUCUGGAGGAGGGUGUGACCUACAGAUUCAGAGUCUAUGCCUCAAACAUGAUUGGAGAUGGAGAACCAAGGGAAAUCCCAGAGUCCAUCACUGCUCAGGAUAUCCUAAUCCCUCCAGAGAUUGAGAUGGAGGCUACCUGCCGUGAACAUGUCACUGUGCGUGUUGGACACAACAUCAACAUCAUCGGUUACAUCAAGGCCCGUCCUGACCCUGAUGUACUUUGGUCAAAGCAGGAGACAGUUCUGGAGAACAGCAAACGUAUCACUAUCACUCAGAACUUGCCUGUGGUCCACCUGAAAAUCAAGGAGGCCACAAGAACUGACCAUGGCAAAUACAUGCUUAAAGCUUCAAAUGAGGGUGGCGAGGCCUCCUGCACCAUCACAGUCAAUGUUCUGGACAGACCCAGCCACUGCCAGAACCUGCACAUUACCUAUUCAACCAGGGAUUCAUGCAUGAUCAACUGGGAUGCUCCUCAGGACAACGGUGGAUCCGAGAUAACAAACUACAUCGUGGAGUGCCGUGAGCCCAGCAUUAGCAUGUGGUCUAUGAUCUCUUCCAACUGCACCAAUCGCAAGAUCAAGGCCAAAUUGAUGGAGGGCCACGAGUACCUGUUCCGUGUCUGUGCCGUAAACAAGCUAGGACCUGGACCCUGCGUGGAGACCAAGACCCCUCUGCUGGCCAUUGACCCCAUCGAGAAGCCUGGUGAGCCUGAGAACUUCAGAGUCACUGACAUUGGUAAGAACUACGUCUAUCUGAGAUGGAGGAGGCCUGACUAUGAUGGUGGGAGCCCAAACCUCUCCUACAACCUGGAGUGCAAAACCAAAGAUGCUGAGGAGUGGGAGAAGCUCAAUACCGGCAUUCUCACCGACACCUUCUUCCUGGCUGACAAGCGUGUAGAGAACCAGAUGUACACCUUCAGAGUGCAGACCGUCAAUGAAGGAGGUGAAAGUGCCUGGGUGAAACUUGCUGAUAUUGUGGUGAGAGAGGAAAUCCAGAAGCCUGUCAUUGACCUGAAACUAGCCGGAACUCUGACAGUGAAGGCUGGAGAGUCAGUCAGGAUGGAGGCUGGCCUGAGAGGAAAACCCCAGCCUGAGGUCAAGUGGACGAAAGACAAGGCUGUCGGAGACAACCCCAGAAUCAGCUAUGAGACUGGACCAGACUACUCCAAGUUCCUUAUGACAAAGUCCAGACGCAGUGACACCGGAAAGUAUAUUAUCACUGCCACCAACUCUGCUGGAACCUUCACAGCAUAUGCCAACGUCAACGUCCUGGAUGUCCCCGGGCCAGUCAGGAACCUCAGGAUUACUGGCAUCGGAGCUGACAAGUGCAGGGUGGUGUGGGAUGCUCCAGAGGAUGAUGGAGGUUGUGAGGUGGACAGCUACAUCCUGGAGAAAUGCGAGACCAGGAGGAUGGUCUGGUCCACAUACUCAGCCUCUGUGGUCACACCAUACUGCAACGUCACUCGUCUAGUGGAAGGCAACGAGUACAUCUUCAGAGUAAGAGCUGAGAACAAGAUGGGAACUGGUCCCGCCAUGGAGAGCAAGCCUGUCACUGUCAAGACUCAGUUCAAUAAACCUGGUCCCCCUGAUGCCCCAGAGGUCACCAAGGUUAGUAAAGAUGAGAUGACAGUGGUCUGGGCUCCUCCGGAGAACGAUGGAGGAAAGUCAAUCACUGGUUACAUCCUGGAGAGGAAAGAGAAGAGGGCAGUGCGCUGGGUACCAUGCACCAAGAGCCCCAUCUCUGAGAGACGCAUGAAAGUCACAAACCUGAUUCCCAACCACGAGUACCAGUUCAGGGUGAAGGCUGAGAACGAGGUUGGUCUGGGAGAGCCCAGCAAACCCUGCAGACCCGUUGCAGCCAAAGAUCCCAUUGAGCCUCCUGGGCCCCCUGCGUACCUGAAGGUGGCUGACAGCACCAAGACCUCUAUCACGCUGUCCUGGUCCAAACCUGUGUAUGAUGGUGGUGCCCCCAUAAUUGGCUACAGCUUGGACUUGAGGCUGAAGAGUGAGGCAGACCCUGAGAAGCCCACAGAGGGCUGGAAGAGAAUUGACACCCAUGGCCCGUUGGUACUCACAGAGUUCACCAUUGGCCAGCUGGAUGAGAAGCAGGAGUACGAGUUCAAGGUGUCUGCCCAAAACCAGGUGGGCUGGGGACGCCACGCCUACUUGAAGGAGGCCGUCUCCCCCAAGGAGAUCUUGGAGGCUCCAGAGAUCGAGCUGGACGCCAGUCUGAGAAAAGGCCUGGCUGUCAGGGCCGGCUGCCCAAUCAGGCUUUUCGCUGUGAUCCGAGGAAGGCCAGCCCCCAAGGUUACUUGGAAGCGCCUUGGUGUGGACAAUGUGGUCCGCCGAGGCCACGUGGACCAGGUUGACACCAUGUCCUUCUUGGUCAUCCCUGAGAGCACCAGAGAGGAUUCUGGCAAAUACUCACUGACUCUGUCCAAUUCAGCUGGAGAGAAAGCUGUGUUCGUCCGUGUCAAAGUGCUUGACACUCCUGGGCCUGUUGGCGGCCUAGAGGCAACUGACAUCACCAAGACAACAGCUCAGUUGUCCUGGUUGCCACCAGAAAAUGACGGUGGCAGUCCCAUCCUCAACUACAUUGUGGAGAAACGGGAGGUGGACAGGAAGACCUGGACCAAAUGCACAGAGGAUCAGAAGAAGACCAGCUUCAAGGUGACCAACAUGACACCCGGCAUCGAGUACUACUUCAGAGUCAUGGCCUGCAACAAAUAUGGCAUCGGAGUUCCUCAAGACUCGCCCAAAUCCUACCUGGCUGUUGAUCCCAUCAGUGAGCCAGACCCUCCGAAGAAGAUGGAUGUGUUGGAGAUCACCAAGAACAGCGCCACACUUGGUUGGUUGAAGCCACUCAGAGAUGGAGGAGCCAAGAUCAACGGUUAUGUGGUAGACUACCAGGAGGAGGGUGCACCUGAAGACAAAUGGACACCUUACUCUGUGGUCAAAGACCUGACCAUUGUGGUGGUUGGUCUUAAGGAAGGAAAGAAGUACAAGUUCAGAGUGGCAGCCAGGAACUCAGUGGGAGUCAGCCUGGCCCGAGAGGCAGAGGGAGUGUUUGAGGUCAAGGAGCAGCUCAUGGCGCCUAAGAUCAUCAUGCCCGACAUUGUGACAGUCAGAGCUGGAUCCAAGAUGGUAAUUGAGGCCAUCGUGGCAGGUAAACCUGCUCCCUUCUGCAAGUGGAAGCAGGGCAACGAGGACGUGCUGACCUCUGACCGACUGUCUGUUGUAAAGACGCUGACAACCUGCACACUAAUGGUCAAGAAUGCGACAAGAAAGGACAGCGGCUACUACAGUCUGUCUGCUGAGAACAGCACUGGCAAGAUCAACCAGAUCCUCAGAGUCAUCGUCAUGGACAUUCCUGGACCCCCUGAAGCUCCUCUAGAGAUCACUGAACAGGAUAUUGAUGCCUGUACACUGCUGUGGAACUCACCACAAGAGGAUGGCGGCAGCAACAUCACCAACUACAUUGUGGAGAAAUGUGACGUCAGCCAGGGCGACUGGGUCACAGUGUCCCCAUCCUGCACUAAAACCAGCUUCAGAAUGACCAAACUGACACCCGGCAAAGAGUAUGGCUUCCGAGUCCGUGCUGAGAACAGGCUCGGCAUCUCUGAGCCAAUCUAUUCUGAGAGGAUGAUCGCCAAAUAUCCAUUUGAUCCUCCCAGUGAGCCUAGAAAUCUGCAGAUCAACAAGGUCAACAAGGACUUUGUCAUCCUGUCAUGGGAGCGUCCCAGCAGUGAUGGCGGCAGCCCAAUCACUGGAUACUGCAUUGAAAAGAAGGAGAGGAACAGCCUUCUGUGGGUGCAGGCCAAUGAAUCUGUGGUCAAAGCCACCCAGUACACAUGCACCAACCUGAUCGAGGGCCUGGAGUACACAUUUAGGGUGUCGGCACUCAACCUGGCUGGACAAGGCAAACCUUGCAAACAGACUGACUUCAUCACAGCCAGGACCGCUGUUGACCCACCAGGCAAACCCGAACCCAUGGAUGUGACUAAGAGCUCUGUGUCACUGGUCUGGAGCCGCCCAAAGCAUGAUGGUGGUAGCAAGCUGAUUGGCUACUAUGUGGAAUACACAAAGCUUCCAGAAGAUAAGUGGACUCGCUGCAAUGCUAACUGCAUGAACAUUCAGACGGAGAGCUAUGUGGUGACCGGCCUGGAGGAGGGCCAACAGUACCAUUUCAGAGUCAUCGCCAAGACGGCCAUCAACAUCAGCCUGCCAUCAGAGCUGUCUGACCCCAUCCCUGUCAUCGCAGAGAACGUUCCUCCUCGUGUGGAGCUGGGUAUCAACAUGAAGAACCUGAUUGUGGUGAAAGCCGGAGAGAACAUCUUCCUGGAUGCUGAGGUGUUCGGCAAGCCAUUGCCCAAGGUGAGCUGGAAGAGAAAUGGAGUGCCACUGACUCUUGCCGAGGGCAUGAAGAUGACCCAAAAGAAACAUCUCCACCUGCUGGAGCUCUACUCUGUCACCAGAAAAGAGACUGGAGACUACACUAUCACUGCAGAGAAUAUCAAUGGCAGCAAGUACGCCACCAUUAAGGUCAAGGUGCUUGACAAACCUGGUCCUCCAGCCUCUGUGAAAAUCAGUAAAGUCUUUGCUGACCGUGUUAAGAUGCGCUGGGAGCCCCCAGUUGCAGACGGUGGCUCUGAGAUCACCAACUACAUCAUCGAGAAGCGUGAGACCAGCAGAGCCAACUGGGCACUGGUCACCUCCAACAUCCAUGGGCACAUUACCGACUGCUCAGUGGAGAAACUCAUUGAAGGACACGAGUACCAGUUCAGAGUCAGUGCUGAGAACCAGUACGGUGUGGGAGACCCCAUCAUGACUGACGCCGUCAUGGUCAAGAAUCCAUAUGAUGUUCCUGGUCCAUGUGAGCCCCCAGUCAUCACCAACAUUACCAAGGACUCCAUGACAGUCAGCUGGAAGGCUCCAGCUAACGAUGGCAAGGCUCCCAUUCUGGGCUACAUGGUGGAGAAACGUGAGGCCACUGAACUCACCUGGGCUAAGGUCAACCGCAGGCCAGUCAUCGACAGGACCAUUAAGGCCGCUCAGCUGACAGAGGGCUCUGAGUAUGAGUUCAGAGUCAUUGCCAUGAACAAGGCUGGUCUUGGCAAACCUAGUGAUGCAUCCAAUGCUGCACUGGCUGUCGAUCCCGUCUAUCCUCCUGGCCCACCUGCCUUCCCCAAGGUGGUGGAUUCCACCAAGAGUUCCAUCAGCCUUAGCUGGACCAAACCUGCGUAUGACGGUGGCUGUGAGAUCAUUGGAUACCUGGUGGAAUGCAAGCGUGCGGAUGCUGAGGAUUGGAUGAAGUGCAACGUCCCCAAAAAGCUCCAGGCCACCAAAUUCCUGGUGACAGGCCUGAUGGACAACACAGAAUACCAGUUCAGAGUCACCGCUGUCAAUAAGAUUGGCUACAGCGAGCCCAGCGAAGUCCCUGGAAACCACAUGCCUAAGGACAUCCUAAUUGCUCCUGAAGCUGAGCUGGAUGCUGACCUAAGAAAGGGUUUAGUCCUUCGAGCUGGUGUCACCAUGAGACUCUACGUCCCACUAAGAGGACGCCCAGCACCGAAAGUGACAUGGACAAAGGUGAAUGCUAACCUGAAAGAGAGACAGGGUGUGCUGAUCAAGACAACAGACUGGGACACCUUCAUGAUGAUCGAGGGUGUUAACAGAUAUGAUGCCGGCAAAUAUGUCCUGACGCUGGAGAACAACAGUGGCUCCAAGAGCUACACCAUUGUGGUCAAGGUCCAUGACUCUCCCGGACCACCUCUGAACAUGAUCAUAAAGGAGACCUCCAGAAGCCAUGCGUGGAUCUCCUGGGAACCCCCGCUGAUCGAUGGUGGCAGCCCAGUCAAGAGCUACAUUGUAGAGAAGCGUCUGGCUGAGAGGAAGGCCUGGACCUGUGUGUCGGCGGAGUGCCCCAAGACCUCCUUCAGGAUCACCAACCUGGAGGCGGGACAGGCCUACUGCUUCAGAGUGUUAGCUGAAAACGCAUAUGGUAUCGGAGAGGGCUGUGAAACUGCCGGCAGUGUCCGAGCCUCAGAGCAACCUGGUCCAGUGACAGAUUUCAGAGCUCAGAAGACCACCAAGGACUCCAUCACUCUGGGCUGGAAGAAGCCCAUCAGCGAUGGCGGAAGCCAUGUUACUGCUUACAUCCUGGAGCAGAGUGAAGGCGAGGAGAAGUGGAAGCAGAUCAUGAAGGGCAAGAACACCUCACACGUCAUUGGCGAACUGACUGAGGGCAAAGAGUACUUGUUCAGAGUCAAGGCACUCAAUGAGUCCGGUGAGGGACCACCCACUGACCUCACUGUUGUCGCCAAGGACCAAUUUGUGCUACCUGAUUGCAACUUGAGCAGUCUGCAUGACGGCUGCUAUGUUGUGAAGGAGGGAAGCACCACACGUAUCAACAUCCCCAUCAUCGGAGUACCCUACCCCUCUGCCACAUGGAAGAAGGGUGAUGUGGCACUUGGAGACACUGGCCGGAUGUGCGUGGAGGCAUCUCAAGGCAUCACCACCUUGCUGAUCAGAGACUGCCAGAGGGGAGAUGCGGACACCUACACCAUCACUGUCAGGAACAGCGCUGGCUCCAAGGACUGCAAGUUCCAGCUGAAGGUGGUCGGCAAGCCUGGCAUCUGCACUGGACCCAUUAAGUUUGACGAGAUCACUGCUGAUGGCAUCACCCUGGAGUGGGGACCGCCCAAAGAUGAUGGCGGCGCAGAGGUCUCGAACUACAUUGUUGAGAAGAGGAGGACAACAGACAAUAAGUGGGCCACAGUGGCUUCAGCCAUCCAGAAGACUACCAUGAGGGUGAUCAGGCUCCAUGAUGGAAUCGAAUACAUCUUCAGAGUCUUCGCUGAGAACAAGUAUGGAGUUGGAGAGUAUCUCAGGUCUGACCCUGUCAUCGCCCAGCAUCCAUUCAAUGUACCUGAGGCGCCUGCUCCUCCAGAAAUUAUGAGCAUCCGACAUGAAUUGGCCCUCUUGACUUGGGCUGAUCCAAAGGACACUGGUGGCUCCCCAAUUACUGGAUAUCAUGUGGAGUUUAAGGAGAGAAACAGCCUAAUGUGGAAACGGGCCAGUAAGACUCCUCUCAGAGUGAAGGAGUGCAGAGUCACUGGCCUGAUAGAGGGACUAGAGUAUGAGUUCAGGGUGAUGGCCAUGAACGUGGCCGGCCUAGGAAAGGCAAGCAAGGUCACUGAGGCUGUGGUUGCCCUGGAUCCUAUCGAUCCUCCUGGCAAACCUGAGGUCAUUAACGUCACCAGGAGCACAGUCACUCUGAUUUGGACUGCUCCCAAAUAUGACGGUGGCUACAAGCUGACUGGCUACAUGGUGGAGAAGCUAGAGGCUGGUGGCAAGGCCUGGACGAAGGCCAAUCAUGUCAACAUCCAGGGCUGUGCCUUCACUGUCACUGAUCUGACAGAGGGAUCUCAGUAUCAAUUCAGGAUCAGGGCCAAGAAUGCUGCUGGGGCUGUCAGUGUUCCUUCAGAGUCUACUGACCUUCUGACUUGCAAGGAUGAGUAUGAGCCCCCAUCCAUCACCAUUGAUCCAGACAUGAAGGACGGUGUGUCAGUCAGGGCAGGAGAUACUAUUGUGAUCUCCGCCUCCAAGAUUGUGGGCAAACCUCCUCCCAAUGCUGUCUGGUCCAAGGGAGGCCGUGAGUUCAAGACCUCUGACAUUGUCACCAUUACCAGCACCCCCACCUCCUCUACUCUGUCCAUCAAGUAUGCAAGCCGGAAGAACACAGGUGAAUACACGAUUACAGCCAGCAAUCCCUUUGGCAUUAAGGAAGAACACGUCAAAGUGAAGGUCCUGGACGUGCCUGGACCUCCAGGUCCCAUUGAAGCCAGUAACAUUUCAGCUGAGAAGUGUACUCUGACCUGGCUUCCACCGGAGGAGGAUGGAGGCUGCUCCAUCAAGUCCUACAUCCUCGAGAAGAGAGAGACCAGCCGCCUGCAGUGGACCAAACUAGCUGAAAAUGUCAUGGACUGCAGAUGUGUAGCCAGCAAACUGAUCAAGGGCAAUGAGUACAUCUUCAGAGUGUCUGCUGUGAACCAGUAUGGCACUGGAGACUCAAGCCAGUCUGGUCCAGUCAAAAUGGUUGACAGUUUUGGCCCACCAGGCCCACCCUCGACACCAGAGAUUGACAAUGUCAGUAGGAAUGCUGUCACCAUUUCGUGGAAGAGACCAGUGCAGGAUGGCGGAAGUGACAUCAGAGGAUAUUGUGUAGAGAGGAAAGAGAGGAAAGGAAUGAGAUGGGUGAGAGCCUGUAAGAGGACAAUUCCUGACCUGCGCUUUAAGGUGCAAGGCCUGAGUGAGGGAGUAGAGUAUGAGUUUAGAGUCACUGCUGAGAACAAGGCUGGAUUUGGGGAGCCAAGUGAGCCAUCACGCCCUGUGAUGACCAAAGACAUUGUGUAUCCACCCGGACCUCCAUCCAAUCCCAGAAUUUCAGACACCACAAAAACCACAGCCACAUUUGCCUGGGGUCGACCCCACUAUGAUGGUGGUCUGGAAGUAGAAGGAUAUAUUGUGGAGUACAAAAAGGAGGGACAUGAUGACUGGGAGACAGAGACACAGUACCCACUGAGAGCUACUGAAUAUGUUAUUGGUAAACUUCAGAAGGGUGGCAAGUAUCACUUCAGAGUCAGCGCUGUAAACUCUGAGGGAGUUGGUGAGCCUGCAGAGGUUGAGAAAGUGACUGAACUCGUGGACCAGGAAACACUGCCUGACUUUGAGCUGGAUGCCGAACUCAGGAAAACCCUGGUGGUCAGGUGCCGUGCUUCAAUCCGUAUGUUUGUUCCCAUUAAAGGCCGCCCUGUUCCUGAAGUGACUUGGAGCAAAGACGAUACCAACCUUAAAACACGUGCACACAUUGACACCACAGAGUCUUACACACUACUAGUUAUUCCUGACUGCACCAGAUACGAUGCUGGAAAGUACAACCUGUGUCUGGAGAAUGUUGCUGGAAAGAAGACAGGCUUUGUUAAUGUGAAAGUUCUGGACACUCCAGGACCACCAGUCAACCUCAAACCUAGAGAGAUAACUAAGAACAGCAUCACCCUCCACUGGGAAAUCCCCAUAAUAGAUGGUGGUUCAAAGAUUCAUAACUACAUUAUCGAGAAGAGAGAGGCUACCAAGAAGGCUUACACAGUGCUUAGCACCACAUGGCAGAAGUGUUCCUUCAAAAUUCCUGACCUUGAGGAGGGAGCUUACUAUUACUUCCGCGUGUCUGCUGAGAAUGACCUGGGCGUAGGUGAACCUGCUGAAACCCCUGAGCCAAUCAGGGUGUCCCAAGCCCCGUCUGCACCAGAGAACUUGUAUGUCACAGAUGUGAGUGCUGACAGUGCCAGCCUUGCGUGGGCCAAGCCCCUGCAUGAUGGUGGCAGCCUGAUCACUGGAUAUGUCAUUGAGGCCCAGAAGAAGGACACUGACCAGUGGGUCCAUGUGACCACCAUCAAGGCUCUGGACUACACUGUCACAGAUCUGAUUGAAGGUGCAGAGUAUACCUUCCGAAUAAUGGCUGUCAAUGCAUCAGGUAGGAGUGACCCCCGUGAGAGCAGACCCGCUAUUAUCAAAGAGCAGACUGCCGCUCCUUCCUUUGACCUGCGUGGAGUCUACCAGAAGACGGUCAUUGCCAAGGCAGGGGACCGUGUGAAGGUGGAGAUUCCAGUGCUUGGCAAACCUAGGCCUGUGGUUUCCUGGAAGAAGGGAGACACAGUGCUCAAGGAGACACAAAGAAUCAACACUGAAACCACACCAAGGUCAACCAUCCUCAACAUCAAUGAGAUCAAGAGGACGGAUGGAGGCCAGUACUCCAUGACAGGAAAGAACAUGCUAGGUACAGUUACUGAGACAAUCACAGUCCUAGUCCAUGACAUUCCAGGUCCUCCCACUGGUCCCAUCAAGCUGGAAGAGGUCUCGUGUGACUAUGUUCUUAUGUCCUGGGAAGCACCAGAGAAUGAUGGAGGUGUUCCCAUCAACAACUAUAUUGUUGAGAUGCGGGAGACUACGGGUACUUCAUGGGUGGAGUUGGCAGCUACAGUUAUCCGCACCACAUUCAAGGCAGCUCGACUCAACACUGGAACCCAGUAUCAGUUCCGUGUCAAAGCCCAGAACAGAUAUGGCAUCGGACCAUGCAUUAUCUCUGAACCGGUGGUGGCUGCCUAUCCAUUUGAUGUGCCAAACCAGCCAGGCACUCCUGUGGUCACAUCUUUCAACAAGGAUGCUAUGACUUUGAGUUGGAAUGAACCAUCCUCUGAUGGAGGCAGUGCUAUCCUGGGUUACCACGUGGACAGAAAAGAGAAAAACAGCAUUCUGUGGCAGAGGAUUAGCAAAGCUCUCGUUGUCGGAAAUAUCUUCAAAUCAACAGGCCUUGUUGAUGGAAUCGCAUAUGAACACCGUGUUACAGCUGAAAACAUGGCCGGCCUCAGCAAACCAAGCAAACCCUCCGAGCCUACAUAUGCUUUGGACCCAGUCGACCCACCAGGCAGGCCUGUGGCACUGAAUAUCACUAGACAUGAGGUGACAGUGUCAUGGACCAAACCAGAGGGAGAUGGUGGAUUUUCCAUCACAGGAUACACAGUGGAGAGGAGAGAAAUGCCUAAUGGACGUUGGCUCAAAGCCAAUUUCAACAACAUCUUGGAAACCAUCUACACAGUCAGCGGUCUGACUGAGGAUGCAACUUAUGAAUUCCGUGUGUUUGCUAAAAACUCAGCUGGUGCUGUCAGUGCUCCAUCCCAGCCAUCGGAGGCAAUCACAUGUAGAGAUGACAUUGAAGAGCCCAGGCUUGAUGUUGAUGCAUCAUACAGUAGCAAUGUUGUUGUCAUGGCAGGAGAGGUAUUCAAGCUGGAAGCCAAUGUGACUGGCAGGCCAAUCCCAUCUCUGGUAUGGACCAAGGAAGGAAAGGAGCUUGAGGAUACAGCCAAGCUAGAGAUAAAGACAUCUGACUUCCACACAACACUAAUAAACAAAGAUUCCCUGAGGAGAGAUGGUGGUGCUUUUACUCUGACUGCCAGCAAUCCAGGUGGUUUUGCUAAGUUCACGUUCAAUGUCAAGGUGCUCGACAGACCUGGACCGCCAGACUCGCUCACUGUAACUGACGUCACCGCUGAGAAAUGUGUUCUUAAUUGGCUGCAUCCAACACACGAUGGCGGUGCCAAGAUUGAAUACUUUAUCAUUCAGAGGCGCGAGACCAGUAGAUUGGCAUGGACAAAUGUGGCCACAGACCUUCAAGCAAAUAGAUUCAAAGUCACCAAACUUCUGAAGGGCAAUGAGUAUAUCUUUAGAGUCAUGGCUGUUAACAAGUAUGGAGUGGGUGAACCCCUGGAGUCUGAACCUGUCAUCUGUGCCAACCCCUAUGUUCCCAGUGAUCCACCACAGCAGCCUGAAGUCACCACUAUUACCAAGGACUCCAUGGUUGUUUGCUGGGAGCGUCCUGAACAUGAUGGAGGCAGCAGAAUAAACACAUACAUAAUUGAGAGACGGGACAAGACUGGCCUUCGUUGGGUGAAGUGCAACAAGAGAACUGUAACUGACCUGCGAUUCAAAGCCUCUGGCCUCACACCAGGACAUGAGUAUGAAUUCAGAGUUUUUGCUGAGAACAAUGCUGGUCUAAGUCAGCCUAGUCCUUCCAGUCCAUUCUACAAAGCCAUCGAUACCAUCUUCCAGCCUGGACCUCCAGGGAACCCUAGAGUGCUGGACACAACCAAGUCUUCCAUCACCCUUGCCUGGAACAAACCUGUCUAUGAUGGUGGCUCUGAAAUCACUGGUUACAUUGUGGAGACCUGCCUGCCUGAGGAGGAUGAAUGGACAAUUCACACUCCCAAGAAGGGAUGGACAGCCACUUCCUUCACAAUCACUGGCUUAAAGGAAAACCAGGAGUAUAAAAUCAACAUCUGUGCCACUAAUUGUGAGGGAGUGGGAGAGCCUGCUGCCGUUCCAGGAACCCCCAAGGCUGAAGACAGACUGCUUCCUCCAGAAAUUGAACUUGGAGCAGAGCUGCGUAAAGUGGUCUGCAUCAGAGCCUGCGGCACACUUAGACUCUUCGUCCCUAUAAAGGGCAGACCAGCACCUGAAGUAAAAUGGUCAAGAGAGCAUGGAGAAUCCCUGGAUAAAGCUAACAUUGAAAUCACUUCAUCAUUCACCACUCUUCAGGUAGAAAAUGUCGACAGGUUUGAUGCUGGUAAAUACAUGGUGACUGUAGAGAAUGCCUCAGGAAGCAAGACAGCCUUUGUUAAUGUCAGGGUGUUAGACACUCCUGGAGCACCUCAGAAUCUGAUUGUCAAGGAGGUUACUAGAGAUUCAGUUUCCCUCGUUUGGGAUGCACCUCUUAUUGAUGGUGGCUCCAGAGUUCGCAACUACAUUGUAGAGAAACGUGAGUCGACCAGGAAGGCGUACUCAACUGUCUGUGCAAGCUGCCACAAGUCAAGUUGGAAGGUUGGAGACCUGGAUGAAGGAAAGAUGUACUUCUUUAGAAUCUUGGCUGAGAACGAAUUUGGCAUUGGUCUCCCUAUAGAGACUGUUGAACCAAUUAAAGCAUCAGAGAAGCCUCUGCCACCAGGUAAAGUGUCCCUCCGUGAAGUUACUGGCACCAGUGUCACACUAACUUGGGAAAAGCCUGACCAUGAUGGUGGCAGUAGAAUCACAGGCUAUAUCGUGGAGAUGCAAAGUAAAGGCAGUGAGAAGUGGACCCAGGUCAUGGUGGUAAAGACCAACGAGGCUCUUGUAACUGGCCUUACACAGGGAGAGGAGUACAUGUUCCGUAUCUCAGCCACCAAUGAAAAGGGAGUUAGUGACCCUCGUCCUCUCAAUGUGCCUGUGGUGGCAAAAGACCUUGUCAUCUCACCAACCUUCAAACUUAUUUUUACCACAUUCAGUGUGCUUGCAGGAGAUGAUCUGAAGAUAGAUGUGCCAUAUGUUGCCUGUCCCAAGGCCACAGCAACUUGGCUUAAAGACGGUGUUGCUCUCAAGGAGACAACAAGAGUUAAUGCUGAAGCCACAGACAAAAACCUUCUCCUGGUCAUUAAGGAGGCUUGCAGAGAUGAUGUGGGCACGUACACUAUCAAACUGACCAACACCGCUGGAGAGGCAUCCACAGACAUCAGCGUUGUUGUUCUAGAUAAGCCUGGUCCUCCAACUGGCCCAAUUAAGUUGGAUGAGGUCACUGCUGACAGUGUGGUCCUGUCCUGGAAUCCACCAGAGUAUGAUGGUGGUUGUGCCAUCAAUAAUUACGUUGUUGAAAAGAGAGACACAUCUACCACUAACUGGCAAAUUGUAUCAGCUACAGUGGCGAGAACCACUAUCAAGGCAGCCCGUCUGAAGACUGGAUCUGAGUACCAGUUUAGGAUUGCUGCAGAGAACAGAUAUGGCAAGUCCUCAGCCCUGCUUUCUGAUGCUAUUGUUGCUCAGUAUCCAUUUGAAGUGCCUAGCCAACCACGCUCUGUGAUGGUCCAGUCAGCCACCAAGGAAAGCAUGGUGGUUGUAUGGGAGAAACCCAGCAAUGAUGGUGGAAGCAAAAUUCUGGGCUAUCACUUGGAGCUCAAAGAGAGAAACAGUAUACUGUGGGUGAAACAGAAUAAACAACUAAUCCCAGAGACCAGAUUCAAGGUUCUUGGUCUUGAGGAGGGUAUUGAUUAUGAGUUCAGAGUUUACGCUGAGAACAUUGUCGGCCUCAGCAAAGCCAGCAAACUGAGCGAAAUGCAAGUGGCAAGAGACCCUUGUGACAGACCAGGAAAACCAGAGGCUGUUAUUGUGACAAGAAAUCAAGUGACACUCAGAUGGACCAAACCUGAGUAUGAUGCCGGUAUCAAGAUCACAGGCUAUAUAGUUGAGAAGAAGGAGGCAUCUGGCCGCUGGAUGAAGGCCAGUUUCACCAACAUUAUUGAGACCGAAUUUGUUGCUACUGAACUUAUUGAAAAUCAGAUUUAUGAAUUCCGUGUUAUUGCUAGGAAUGCAGCAGGUGUCCUCAGUCAGCCAUCUGAUUCUACUGGGGCCAUCACUGCCAAAGAUGAGGUGGAUCCACCCAAGAUUGACUUGGAUUCAAAGUACUCCCAGGCCGUGGUGGUAAAUGCUGGGGAGACAUUCAGGCUUGAGGCUGCUAUCUUGGGUAAGCCUGUGCCCACAGUGCACUGGCUGAAGGAGGGUCAAGAGAUUACCGAAGCAGCUCGCUUAGAGCUGAAGAACACAGACUUUACAGCUUGUCUAAUUGUAAAAGAAGCCAUCCGUGUCGAUGGAGGCCAGUACACUUUGCUGGUAAAGAAUGUUGGAGGGGAGAAAACUGUUAACAUUAAUGUCAAGGUCCUGGACAGACCAGGUCCUCCUGAGGGUCCUAUCUCAAUCUAUGGGGUCACCAGUGAGAAAUGCUCCAUUUCCUGGAAACCUCCCUUGCAAGAUGGAGGUAGCGAUGUUUCUCAUUACAUUGUUGAGAGGAGGGAAACCAGCAGAUUGGUUUGGACUGUAGUUGAACCAAAGGUUCAGACACUGAACCUGAAGAUCACCAAACUUCUUCCCGGUAACGAGUACAUCUUCAGAGUGAUUCCAGUUAACAAAUAUGGAGUUGGUGAGCCUCUGGAAUCUGAGGCAAUGAUUGCCAGAAAUCCAUUUGUCACUCCCAACCCACCAACAGAGGUAGAAGUGUCCACAAUCACCAAAGACUCCAUGGUUGUGACCUGGGAGAGACCAACUAAUGAUGGUGGUAGCCCCAUCCAGGGAUACAUUGUUGAGAAACGUGACAAGGACGGUGUGAGAUGGACCAGGUGCAACAAACGCACAGUGAGUGAGCUGCGUUUCAGAGUGACAGGGCUCCUAGAAAACCACAGCUAUGAAUUUAGAGUUGCUGCUGAGAAUGCUGCCGGUGUUGGAACACCUAGUGCACCAACAAUGUACUACAAAGCAUUGGAUCCUAUCUUCAAACCUGGCCCACCAAACAACCCCAAGGUGGUCGACACGUCUCGAUCCACCGUUUCCCUGACAUGGGGCAAACCCAUCUAUGAUGGCGGCUGUGAGAUUCAAGCUUACAUUGUUGAGGCCUGCAACGGGGCAUCUGAUGAGUGGUUUAUGUGCACUCCUCCCACUGGAAUCACAGAUACUAGCUUUACAGUCAAAAAGCUUCUGGAGAAGCAUGAGUACCAGUUCAGAGUGUGUGCCAUCAACAAAGUUGGUGUUGGUGAGCAUGCUGACGUUCCAGGAAAAAUUCUUAUGGAGGAGAAGCUUGAGGCUCCUGAUCUUGACCUGGAUGCUGACAUGAGAAAGAUGAUCAACAUUAGGUCAGCAAGCACUCUCAGGCUGUUUGUACCUGUGAGAGGUCGUCCAGCUCCAGAGGUGAAAUGGGGUAAGGCUGAUGGUGAGAUCAAGGAGACUGCCCAGAUUGACAAUACAGGCAGUUAUGCUUCACUUGUCAUCGAGAAUGUUGACAGAUUUGACAGUGGCAAGUACACCUUGACUGCAGAGAAUGCCAGUGGAGUAAAGUCAGUCUUCAUCAGUGUCAGAGUCCUGGACUCACCAAGUCCACCAACUAACUUAAUUGUGAAAGAGAUUACCAAAAACUCUGUCUCUCUCACAUGGGAGCCUCCACUUUUGGAUGGUGGCUCAAAGAUUAAGCAUUAUAUUGUUGAGAAGCGUGAGAGCACCAGGAAAGUUUAUUCUCCUGUCACCACCUGCAAUAGGAUGUCAUGGAAAGUUGAGCCUCUUCCAGAGGGUGGAAUUUUCUUCUUCAGAGUCCUGGCUGAGAAUGAAUAUGGUGUGGGUCUCCCCGCUAAAACUGUAGAACCAAUUAAGAUAUCUGAGAAGCCUCAGCCACCUGGUAAAGUUAGUGUUGUUGAUGUUACUCAUAGCACUGUAACUCUCACCUGGGAGAAGCCUCAACAUGAUGGCGGCAGUAGGAUCAGUCACUAUGACGUGGAACUGGCACCUAAGGACAGCGAGGCUUGGUCUGUGUGUGCUAGUGUGAAAGCACUGGAGACUGUAGUGACAAACCUACUCAAGGGAGAAGAGUAUAAUUUCAGAGUUGUAGCUGUAAAUGACAAGGGCAAAAGUGAUCCCAGACAACUGGCUCACUCAGUUGUAGCAAAAGACCUUGUGAUUGAGCCCUCUGUUAGACCCAAAGCAAGCACCUACAGUGUCCAAGUGGGAUAUGACCUCAAGAUAGAAGUCCCAGUUGCUGGUCAUCCAAAGCCAACCAUCACCUGGACCAAGGAUGGUGCUGGUCUUAAGCAGACCACCAGAGUUAACGUCACUGACUCAGCACAUCACACUACCCUCACUAUAAAGGAUGCCACCAGAGAGGAUGGAGGCUUAUACAGCAUCAAUAUCUCCAAUGCCCUGGGCUCCAAGGAUGCCACUAUUGAGGUGAUCACCCUGGACAAACCAGGCCCACCAACAGGCCCCGUCAAGUUGGAAGACAUUAGUGCUGAGAGUAUCACUCUUAGCUGGGAACCUCCUACAUACACAGGUGGCUGCCCAAUUUCCAACUAUGUGGUGGAGAAGAGAGACACAACCACAACCAACUGGGUGGUUGUAUCCGCCACUGUGGCCAGGACCACACUAAAAGUGGCCAAUCUGAAAACAGGCGCUGAAUACCAGUUCAGAAUCUGUGCUGAGAAUAGAUAUGGCAAGAGUUAUGCAAUUGAUUCAGAACCUGUUUUGGCACAGUAUCCAUUCCAGGAGCCUGGCCCACCAGGAACACCAUUUGUGUCCUCAUAUACCAAAGACUUUAUGGUGGUUGAGUGGCACAAACCCCCAUCUGAUGGAGGCAGUGCCAUCUUGGGCUACCAUCUGGAGAGGAAAGAGAAGAACAGUAUCCUCUGGACCAAGAUCAACAAAAUGCUCAUCCAAGACUGCAGGUUUAAAUCUACUCCUCUUGAGGAAGGCAUUGAGUAUGAGUAUAGAGUCUAUGCUGAGAAUAUAGUUGGUAUUGGAAAAUGCAGCAAAGUCUCUGAGGUUUAUGUAGCUCGUGACCCAUGUGAUCCCCCCGGCCGCCCUGAAGCUGUUAUUGUGACCAGGCACUCAGUGAAGCUUAGGUGGACCCCUCCAGAGUAUGAUGGUGGUAGCUUAGUUACUGGCUAUGUAGUAGAGAAACGUGACCUUCCUGAAGGAAAAUGGAUGAAGGCUAGCUUUGCAAACAUCAUUGAACAGGAAUUCACAGUCACAGGCCUGACAGAAGACAGUAAAUAUGACUUCAGAGUAAUAGCAAAGAAUGCAGCUGGUGCUGUCAGCAAACCAUCUGAAUGCACAGGAUCUAUCACAGCCAAGGAUGAAGUUGAUCCACCAAAGUGUGAGACAGAUCCUAUGUACAAUCAGGCUCUUGUUAUCAGCGCUGGAGAGACUUUCAGGCUGGAGGCCAGUGUGGAAGGAAAACCCAUCCCCACAGCUCAGUGGUUCAAGGGAGACGUUGAGGUUGAAAACACAGCAAGGGCUGAGAUCAAAAACACCGAUUUUAAGGCUUUGCUAGUUGUGAAAGAUGCCAUUAGAGUGGAUGGUGGACAGUACACGCUGGUUCUGACUAAUGUGGCUGGAACUAAGACUGUCCCAUUCAGUGUGAAGGUACUGGACAGACCAGGCCCCUCAGAGGGACCUCUUACUGUCAGCAAUGUCACUGAGGAGAAGUGCUCACUGUCAUGGCUGCCACCCAGACACGAUGGAGGAGCAAGCAUUUCUCACUACAUCAUUCAGAAGCGAGAAACCAGCCGCCUGGCAUGGACUGUGGUCUCUAGUGACUGCGGUGCCACCAUGUUCAAGGUUACCAAACUGUUGAAGGGCAAUGAAUAUAUCUUCAGAGUCAUGGCUGUCAACAAGUAUGGUGUGGGCGAGCCUCUUGAGUCAGCGCCAGUUAUCAUGAGAAAUCCAUUUGUUCCUCCUGGCCCAGCCCGAGACCUUGAGAUCACUAACAUUACCAGGGAUUCUAUGACUGUCUGCUGGAACCGCCCCGAGACAACGGGAGGCAGUGAGAUUGUUGGUUACAUUGUUGAGAAGAGAGACAGAGCUGGAGUGAGGUGGACCAAGUGCAACAAACGCAGGGUUACAGACUUGCGUUUCAGAGUAACAGGACUAACUGAGGACCAUGAAUAUGAAUUCAGGGUAUCUGCUGAGAAUGCAGCUGGAGUGGGUCAGCCAAGCCCAUCCACACUCUACCUCAAAGCCUGUGACCCUACCUUUGAACCUGGCUGUCCCACCAAUGUCCAUGUGGUCGACACAACAAAAGACACCGUCACUGUGGCCUGGCAUAGGCCUAUCUAUGACGGUGGUUGUGAGAUUCAAGGAUAUGCUGUGGAAAUUACCAAGGCUGAUGAGGAGGAGUGGACCAUAUGCACCCCACCCUUUGGAGUUAAAGCUACCAAGUUUACUAUCACUAAGUUGACAGAGCACCAGGAAUACAAGGUGCGCAUCUGUGCCAUCAAUAAGCUGGGUGUUGGUGAGCCCACCGAGAUCCUGGGAGUUGUGAAGCCUGUGGAUAAGAUUCAUCCCCCAGAGAUGGUUCUGGAUUCAGAGCUUAGGAAGGGAAUUGUUGUCCGUGCAGGUGGCUCAAUGAGAAUCUGUAUUCCAUUUAAGGGCCGUCCUGCUCCUGAGAUCAGCUGGGCUAAGGAGGAUGGAGUGCUGCCCAGUAAGGUUCAAAUAGAGACUGGGGAAGAUUACACACAACUUUCCAUUGACAUCUGUGACAGAUAUGAUGCUGGAAAAUACAUCCUCAACUUGGAAAAUAGCGCCGGCACCAAAUCAGCUUUUGUCUCUGUUAAAGUUCUGGACACUCCAGGGGCCCCUCUGAAUCUAAUGGUAAAAGACAUAAAGAGAGAAAGUGUUACUCUGACUUGGGAGCCUCCUCUUAUUGAUGGUGGUGCAAGAAUCAAGAAUUACCUGGUUGAAAAGCGGGAGUCCACCAGGAAGGUUUAUUCCAAUGUGGAUAAUAAGUGCACAAAGACAAGCUACCGCAUCACUGGCCUCACUGAAGGAACUAUCUACUAUUUCAGAGUCUUAGCUGAGAACGAGUUUGGCAUGGGACUAGCAGCUGAGACAGAGGAUGCCGUUAGGACAUCUGAGCCUCCUCUGUCUGUGGGUAAAGUCACUUUGACUGAAGUGACCAAAACCACAGCCUCAUUCUCCUGGGAGAAGCCAGUCCAUGAUGGAGGCAGCAGGAUCAUGGGCUACUACAUUGAGAUGCAGCCUGUGGGCUCAGAGGAAUGGGUGGUGGCUGCUACAACUAAAACCUGUGAGGGCACUGUCACAGGCCUUAGCGCAGGACAUGAGUACUUGUUUAGAGUGUCAGCUUUCAAUGAGAAGGGCAAGAGUGAUCCCAGGCCUCUCGCUGCACCAGUCACUGCUAAGGAUGUUACUAUCGAGCCCAGAUUUAAGAUGACAUUCACCACUUACAGUUUACAGCAGGGUGAGGAUCUGAAGAUUGAGAUUCCAGUGAUUGGACGCCCUGUCCCUAAGGUUGAAUGGAAAAAGGAUGGACAAGCUCUUAAGGAGACCACCAGGCUAAAUGUAUCUAGCACGAAAUCAUCUACUAAGCUGUGCAUUAAGGAUGCAAAUAAGGAAGACUCUGGUAAAUACACCAUCACAGCCACCAGCAGCGUUGGAACAGCUACAGAGGAGAUUACUGUUAUUAUUCUUGAUAAGCCUGGUCCACCAACAGGCCCAGUGAAGAUUGAGGAGGUGAGCUCUAACUAUGUCACUCUCUCCUGGGAGCCACCAGAGUAUACUGGAGGCUGUCAGAUCAACAACUACAUUGUGGAGAAGAGAGACACCACCACAACAGCAUGGCAGAUUGUGUCUGCUACGAUUGCCAGGACAACCAUCAAAGUCACCAAUUUGAAGACUGGAGUUGAGUAUCAAUUCAGAGUGUCCGCUGAGAAUAGAUAUGGAAAGAGUUCUGCCAUUGUUUCUCCUGCUGUUAUUGCUCAGUAUCCAUUCAGUGAGCCCUCUGCCCCAGGAACACCAAUUAUUUCUGCUACAACAAAAGAUAACAUGGUUGUUGAGUGGAAACCUCCCACCAACAAUGGAGGCAGCCCCAUCCUGGGCUACCAUCUCGAGCGAAAGGAGAAGAACAGCCUCUUGUGGACUAAACUCAACAAGCUUUUAAUCCCAGACACACGUUUCAAGACUACAGAGCUGGAAGAAGGUAUUGAGUAUGAAUUCAGAGUUUAUGCUGAGAACAUUGCUGGAAUCAGCCCAUCUAGCAAGGUCUCUGAGAGCACAGUUGCCAGGGAUCCUUGUGAUCCUCCUGGCACUCCUGAGGCUAUUGAAAUCACUAGAAACCAUGUGACACUCCAGUGGACUAGGCCUCAGUAUGAUGGAGGCAGUGCAAUUACUGGCUAUAUUAUUGAAAGAAAGAAGCACCCAGAUACCCGCUGGAUGAAGGCCAGCUUCACCAACAUCAUUGAUACCCAGUACACACUCACUGCCCUGACCGAGGACUGUGUGUACGAGUUCAGAGUCAUUGCCAAGAAUGCUGCUGGCAUUUUCAGCCGUCCCUCUCAGGGCACAGGAGAAAUUACUGCCAAAGAUGAAAUUGAGGCUCCUGGAGCUACCAUGGAUUCUAAAUUCAAGGAUCUGACUGUUGUUCACGCUGGUGAAACAUUCGUCAUUGAUGCUGACUACACUGGCAAGCCUCUGCCUGAGGUCAUUUGGUUAAAGGAUGGAAAGGAGAUUGACAAAACCACACCAAGAAUGGAGGUCAAGACCACACUCACACAUACCAUCCUGACAGUCAAGGAUUGCAUUAGAGUUGAUGGUGGCCACUUUGCUCUCAAGCUUGUGAAUGUGGGAGGAGUUAAGAUAGUCCCAGUUAAUGUCAAAGUUCUUGAUAGACCUGGUCCUCCAGAUGGCCCGCUAGAAGUCAAAGGGGUCACAGCUGAGAAAUGUUAUCUUCACUGGAACCACCCCUCACAUGAUGGUGGAGCCAGCAUCUCUCACUACAUCAUUGAGAAGAGAGAAACCAGUCGUUUGUCGUGGACCAUGGUUGAGCCCAAGAUCCAGGCCAUUAGCUACAAAAUCACAAAACUGCUGCCUGGCAAUGAGUACAUCUUCAGGGUCACUGCUGUGAAUAAAUAUGGUGUUGGUGAGCCUUUGGAAUCUGAGCCUGUUGUUGCUCGUAACCCCUUCACCACUCCCAGUGCCCCCUCAACCCCAGAGGCCAGUGCUAUCACUAAGGACUCUAUAGUGCUUACCUGGGAGAGGCCAGAGGAUAAUGGAGGGGCCGAGAUUGAUGGAUAUAUCCUUGAAAAACGUGAUAAGGAUGGCAUCAGAUGGACCAAGUGCAACAAGAAGAGGCUGAAUGAUCUGAGAUUCAGAUGCACUGGCCUCACAGAGGGUCACUCCUAUGAAUUCAGGGUCUCAGCUGAAAAUGCUGCUGGUGUGGGAAAACCUAGUGCACCAACUCAAUACAUCAAGGCCUGUGAUGCCACUUAUCCACCAGGCCCUCCAAAUAACCCAAAAGUCACAGACCAUUCAAGCACCACAGUCUCCCUGUCCUGGUCCAGGCCUAUCUAUGAUGGUGGAGCACAGAUUACCGGAUAUGUUGUUGAAAUGAAGGAGGCAGCAGAUGAUGAGUGGGUCAUUUGCACACCAUACACAGGUGUCCAGGCUACUCACUACACUGUAAAGCAACUGAAGGAGAAUGCAGAGUACAACUUCCGCAUCUGUGCUGUUAACUGUGAGGGCGUAGGAGAACAUGUGGACCUACCUGGGUCUGUAAUCGCUGCAGAGAAGCUGGAGGCUCCUGAAAUUGAAUUAGAUGCUGACCUAAGGAAGAUGGUCAAUGUGCGUGCCACUGCCACCCUCCGUCUGUUUGUGACAAUCAGAGGAAAGCCUGAGCCUGAGGUCAGAUGGUCCAAGGCUGAUGGCACACUGAAUGAGCGUGCCCAGAUUGAAGUGACAAGUUCUUACACAAUGCUGGUGAUUGAGAAUGUUGACAGAUUUGACACUGGAAAAUAUGUCCUGACCCUUGAGAACCUCAGUGGUUCUAAGUCAGCCUUCAUCAAUGUUAGAGUCCUGGACUCCCCCAGUGCUCCUACCAACCUUGAGGUUAAGGAUGUCAAGAGAAAUUCUGUCUCUAUCUCCUGGGAGCCUCCUCUAAUUGAUGGUGGGGCUAAGAUAUCACACUAUAUUGUGGAGAAGAGAGAGCAAAAGAGAAUGGCUUUCACCAGUGUUUGCACCAACUGUGUGAGGAACUCGUACAUUAUUUCUGACCUACAGGAGGGUGGCCAAUACUAUUUCCGUGUAUUGGCUGUGAAUGAGCUUGGAGUGGGUCUCCCUGCCUCCACAGAUCAAGUGAAAGUCUCUGAGGCUCCUUUGCCUCCUGGUAAGGUUGUCCUGGUUGACGUGACUCGUCAUACUGUCACCCUUUCAUGGGAGAAACCUGAUCACGAUGGAGGCAGCAAGAUUACAAACUAUAUUGUGGAGAUGCAGCCCAAGGGAGAUGACAAAUGGACUGUGUGCAGUGAAGUCAAAGCACUGGAAGCUACUAUUGAUGGACUUUCAACUGGAGAAGAAUACUCCUUCAGGGUGACCGCUGUAAAUGAUAAGGGCAAGAGUGAUGCUAAACCCCUGGCUGCCCCUGUGGUGGUGAAGGACAUCACUCUAGCGCCCAUCAUCAACCUGCUGUUCAACACAUACAGCGUAAAAGCAGGAGAUGACUUGAAGAUUGAUGUUCCCUUCAAAGGUAGACCUCAACCAGAGGUGUCGUGGAAGAAGGACGGCCAUGUGCUUAAGCAGACAACCAGAGUCAAUGUUCUUAACUCCAAAACCUCAUCCAAGAUUCUCAUCAAGGAUGCAACCAAGGACGAUGUAGGAAAGUAUGAGAUUACUUUGACUAACUCAAUUGGCACCAGUACAGCAGAGAUCUCUGUUAUUAUCCUGGACAAACCUGGCCCACCCAGCAACAUUAAGGUGGAUGAGGUGAGCGCUGACUUCAUCUGUCUGUCUUGGGAUGCUCCAACCUAUGAUGGUGGGUGCCAGAUUAACAACUAUGUGGUGGAGAAGAGAGACACUACCACAACCACAUGGCAGAUUGUCUCAGCCACAGUGGCCAGAACAUCAAUUAAGGUGUCUCGUCUCAAUCAGGGUACAGAGUACCAGUUCCGAAUUGCAGCCGAGAACCGUUACGGCAAGAGUCAUGCUAUUGACUCUGCCCCUGUUGUUGCUCAGUAUCCCUUUGAACCUCCUGGCCCUCCAACAAAUGUCCAUGUUGCCCAUGCCACCAAGAUUGGUAUGCUCGUAGAAUGGGGCAGACCUGCCAGUGAUGGGGGAAGCCCUGUUAUUGGUUAUCACAUUGAAUGCAAAGAACAAAGUAGCAUUCUGUGGACCAAGGUCAACAGAGGAUUGCUGGCUGAGAACCAGUUUAAGAUGACAGGCAUUGAAGAAGGCCUGCUGUAUCAGUUCAGAGUCUAUGCUGAGAAUAUUGCUGGCAUUGGUCCAUGCUCUAAGACCAGUGACCCUGUGGCAGCCAGAGAUCCAUGUGAACCUCCACACAGUCUUAGAGUCACCAACAUUACCAGAACCUCAGUUUCUCUCUUCUGGGAGAAGCCAGAGGUUUAUGGUGGAGCAAAGAUUACAGGCUACAUUGUUGAGCGUAAAGAAGUCCCCAACGGCCGCUGGCUGAAAUGCAACUUCACCAACCUGCAGGACACAUUCUACGACGUCACAGGCCUCACAGAAGAUGUUCAAUAUGACUUCCGUGUCAUUGCUAAGAAUUCUGCAGAGCAGUUGAGUGUUCCUUCAGAGAGCACUGGUCCUGUCACAGUCAAGGAUGAUGUAGACCCUCCCACCAUUAUUCUGGAAGACAAGUUCAGACAGCUGGUUGUCAUUAAGGCUGGGGAGAUUAUUAGAAUUGAUGCUGAAAUCACAGGCCGUCCUCUCCCAGUUGUGUCAUGGUCUAAGGAUGGAAAGGAGAUUGAGGCCAAGGCCAGGUGUGAAAUCACCUCCACCAACUUCACAACCACCCUGAUUGUCAGAGAUGCUAUCAGGAGAGACUCUGGCCAGUAUGUCCUGACCCUGCACAAUGUGGCAGGAACCAGGUCCGUGGCUAUCAACUGCAAGGUUCUGGAUAGACCUGGACCUGCUUCAGGACCCUUGGCAGUGUCUGGGCUCACAGCAGAGAAAUGCACCAUUACAUGGGGACCUCCUCAGGAGAAUGGUGGUGCUGAAAUUAUGCACUACAUUGUGGAGAAACGUGAGACGAGUCGCCUUGCCUGGACACUUGUCUAUGGAGACAUGAAAGCAACCACCUGCAAAGUGACCAAGCUGCUCAAAGGAAAUGAGUACAUUUUCAGAGUCAGGGGAGUCAACAAAUAUGGGGAUGGUGAGGCCCUGGAGAGUGAGCCAGUAAAGGCCAUGGAUCCAUUUACUGUGCCUGCAGCUCCCACUAAUGUUCAGGUCACCUCAGUCACUAGUGAGGCCAUGACCAUCUGUUGGGAAAGACCCGUUUCCGAUGGUGGCAGCAGUAUCUCUGGCUAUGUCAUUGAAAAGCGAGAGAAGACUGGUCUUCGUUGGUGCCGUGUUAACAAGAAACCUGUUUAUGACCUUAGAGUCAAAGCCUCACAUCUGCGCGAGGGUGCUGAGUAUGAGUUCAGAGUGUUUGCAGAGAAUGCUGCUGGCCUCAGUGCUCCUAGCAGCCCUUGCCCACUCACCAAGGCCGAGGACCCACAGUUCCUGCCUUCACCUCCUGCUAAGCCUAAGAUCAUUGACUCUACAAAGACCACAGUCACACUGUCAUGGAAUAAGCCACUGUUUGAUGGUGGAGCACCUGUGACUGGUUACAGGGUUGAAUACAGGAAGACUUUAGAUGAUGAAUGGAUUAUUGGAGUCCAUAACACCAAGAACACAGAGUUUACAGUGGUGGGACUGACUCCUGGUGCUGAAUAUGUGUUCGUUGUCAAGUCCAUUAACAAAAUUGGAGUCAGUGAGCCCAGUCCUGAGUCAGAUAAACAGGUUGCCAAAGAAAGAGAGGAGGAGCCAGUCUUUGAUAUCAGCAAUGAGAUGAGAAAGACACUUAUUGUGAAGGAUGGAAGCUCAUUCACCAUGACAGUGCCCUUCAGGGGCAAACCCAUCCCUAGUGUUUCAUGGACUAAACCUGAUGUCGACCUUAGAGUCCGUGCUGUCAUUGAUACCACAGACACCUUCACCUCCAUCACCUUAGAGAAAGCAACUCGCAACGAUUCUGGCAAAUAUACCGUCACUCUGUCCAGUGUAGCUGGAACCGCCUCCUUGACACUCAGUGUCAGGGUCCUGGACUCCCCCGGACCUCCUUCAAACAUAGAAGUCAAGGAUGUGACCAAGACCUCUGCUAUUGUAACCUGGGACACUCCUGAGAAUGAGGGAGGAGGACCAGUCAAGAACUACCUUGUUGAUUUCCGUGAGGCCAGCAAGAAAGGCUGGACGAGGUUGACGGACACAUGCCACAGAUUGACAUACAAGGUGACAGACCUGCAGGAGGGAGGAGUUUACUACUUCAGAGUGACAGGCGAGAAUGAGUACGGUGUUGGUGUUCCUGCUGAGACCAAAGAGGGAACCAAGAUCUCAGAAAAACCAAGCCCCCCACGAAAGCUGGGUGUGACUGAUGUGACCAAGGAGAGUGUCUCCCUGGCCUGGGCCAAACCAGAACAUGAUGGAGGCAGCAGAGUCACUGGCUACCUGGUGGAAGCUCUGGAGAAAGGCCAAGAGAAGUGGGUUAAGUGUGGUGUAACCAAGUCCAUCCACCUCACAGUGUCUGGUCUGAGGGAGAAUGCUGAGUACUUCUUCAGGGUCAGAGCUGAGAACCACGCUGGAUUCAGUGAUGCCAAGGAAAUGGUCACACCUGUGGUGGUCAAAGACCAGCUUGAAUCUCCUGAAAUCAACAUGAAGGAUUUCCCUCACAACACCGUGUAUGUUAGAGCUGGCUCCACCCUCAAAUGUGAGAUCCCACUGUCAGGCCGUCCUUUGCCUAAAGUCAGCCUGUCCAAGGAUAAUGUGCUGCUCAAGUCAACAAUGAGGUUCAACUCUGAAGUCACCCCUGACAGCAUCAAGAUCACUUUACGCGAGAGCAUAGCUGGAGACUCAGGACGCUAUGAUAUCACUGCCUCCAACUCCAGUGGAACUACCAAGUCCUUUGUAAACAUUGUGGUUCUAGACCGUCCUAGUGCCCCACUUGGACCUGUGGAGCUGUUUGACGUCACAGAGGACAGCGUCAGCCUGAAGUGGCUCCCACCGGCAUAUGAUGGUGGCAGCCCCAUCACCAACUACAUCAUUCAAAAGAGAGAGACAACCACAGCCAACUGGAUGGAUGUCUCUUCUGCUGUGGCCCGCUGCACCAUGAAGAUCAUGAAGCUGACCACUGGCCUGGAGUACCAGUUCAGAAUCAGGGCUGAGAACAGAUAUGGAAUCAGCGAGCACCUUGACUCACCAGCUGUCACUGUCAGCCUUCCUUACACUAUUCCUGAGGCUCCAUCGACCCCAGAGAUCACUGCUGUAACUAGGGAGAGCAUCACUGUAGCCUGGAAAGAGCCCAAGUCAGAUGGUGGCAGCCACGUGUAUGGCUACCAUCUCCAGAUGAAGGACAGGAACAGCAUCCUUUGGCAGAGAGUUAACAGAAUGGUGAUCCGUGCUACACACUUCAAGGUUACCAACAUCAACGCUGGACUUAUUUAUGAGUUCAAGGUGGCAGCAGAGAACGCUGCUGGAAUCAGUGCCUUCAGCAAGGCCUCUGAUGCAGUGCUGGCUAUUGAUGCUUGUGAGCCACCCAUCAACUUGCGCAUCAAUGACAUAACCAAGAACUCCAUUAGCCUGGUCUGGCAGAAACCCAACUACGAUGGUGGAUCCCCAAUCACUGGCUACAUCAUUGAGAAGAGAGAAGGUGUUAGUACCAAGUGGUCCAAGUGUAAUCUCACCAAUGUCACAGACACCCGCUUCACUGUCACUGGCUUGACCCAGGAUGAGACAUACGAGUUCAGAGUCAUGGCCAAGAAUGCCGUUGGCUCAGUGAGCAACCCAUCCAUGACCGCUGGACCAGCUACAUGUGUGGAUACCUAUGGUGCCCCAGAGAUUGAAAUACCUCAGGAGUACCUCAGUGAGGUUAAAUACAGGGCUGGCUCUAAUGUAGAGCUGAAGUUUAAUGUCACAGCCAAACCUGCUCCCACUAUUGAGUGGUUUAAGGAUGGCAAGGAGCUUGAGCCCACUGCCCAGCUCUCUUUCAAACACACAUUUGAGUCCACCAGUUUGUUCCUGAAGGAAACCACUCGUUUGAAUUCUGGUACCUAUGAGGUCAAGGUGAAGAACUCCCUGGGAUCUACAUGUGGCCUUGUCAGGCUGCUCAUUCAAGACAAGCCAGGCCCCCCUGCUGGAGAUAUUCAGUUUAAGAAGGUAACAGCUGACAACAUAACCAUCAUGUGGUCACCGCCUGCCGAUGAGGGUGGUGCUAUGGUAACUCAUUACAUUGUGGAGAAGAGGGAGACCAGUAGGGUCAUGUGGUCCAUUGUCUCUGAGAAACUGGUCGACUGCAUCGUUAAUGUGCCCAGACUUAUCCAGGGCAAUGAGUACAUCUUCAGAGUCCGUGGAGUCAACAAAUACGGCAUUGGAGACCCACUGGAGUCUCAGCCUGUAGUUGCAAAGAACGCAUUUGUUCCUCCUAGCGAACCAUCCAAGCCUAAAGUGACCAUGAUCACCAAGUCUACCAUGACAGUGAUCUGGGAAAGACCAGCACUGGAUGGAGGAAGUGACAUUGACGGCUAUUACUUGGAGAAGAGGGAGAAGAAGAGUCUGCAGUGGUUCAAGGUGGUGAAGGGCACCAUCAGAGACACUAGGCAGAAAGUUACCAACCUGGUGGAAAACAAUGAGUACCAGUAUAGAGUUUGUGCUGUCAACAAGGCUGGAGCAGGGAACUACUCUGAGGCCUCUGACCUCUACAAGGCCUAUGACCCCAUUGAUCUGCCUGGUGAGCCGUCCAAGCUGCGUGUGGUCGACUCCACAAAAACUUCCAUCACCCUUGGAUGGGAGAAACCUGUGUAUGAUGGCGGCAGUGAAAUCACACACUAUAUUUUGGACCAGAUGAACUCAGAGGACAAGGAAUGGGUGACCAUCAACCCACAGGUCAAGACCUGUGAGUAUGUGGUCUCUCACCUCAAACCUGGAAUCUACUACUACUUCAGAGUGUCUGCCGUCAACUGCAAGGGCAAAGGAGAAGAAAUCAAAAUGUACCAGCCUGUGCAAGCCAAAGAUAUCUUGGAGGAGGCCGAUUUGGACUUAGAUGUUCCUAUGACCACCCAGUACACAGCCAGGGCUGGCCGUGACGUGGAAGUGUUUAUCCCUCUGAAGGGACGCCCUGUCCCCAAUGUCACCUGGCGCCGCGGCGACCGCAAUAUGGCUGGUGACAACCGCUACACUAUCAACAGCACUGAGCGAGCCACCACACUCCUCAUACCUAAGGUCACCCGUGAUGAUUGCGGCAAGUACCUACUGGAGAUUGAGAAUGGCGUGGGAGAACCCAAGAUAAUUACAGUUUCCCUUAAGGUUCUCGACAGUCCAUCCACCUGUCAGAAACUGAUGAUCAAGAACGUGACAAGAGGAAAACUGACUCUCAGCUGGGAGGCUCCUCUUGUUGAUGGCGGUUCCCCUGUCACUAAUUACAUUGUUGAGAAGAAGGCCUCCACCAUGAAGGCUUACCAGGUGAUCACCGCUGAGUGUCCUAACACGACUUACAAGGUGUCAGGCCUGGAGGAGGACAUAGCUUACUUCUUCCGUGUGUCCGCUGAAAACGAGUUUGGUGUAGGUGACACCUGUGAGACCACUGAGCCUGUCAGAGCCACGGAGACUCCAGGAGCUGUGAAAGAUCUAGUCAUGGUGGACUCCACAAAGACCUCUGUUACCCUGCAGUGGACCAGACCCGACCAUGAUGGUGGAAGCCACAUCACUGAAUACAUCAUUGAGAAGAGAACCAAGGAAGAUCCUACCUGGACUUUGGGUGCUACCUGCAAGCGUUGCACUUGUGAGGUCACAGGACUCAAGGAGAAUGCUGUCAUGGACUUCAGAGUGUUUGCCAAGAAUGAGAAGGGCAACAGUGACUUCUCCCAGAUUGGUCCAAUUACAGUGAUGGACUUCAUCAUUCCACCCGAGGCCAUUCUCAGCGACUACCCCAAUGGAGAGCUUGCUGUUCGCGUUGGUCAGAACAUCCACAUUGAACUGCCAUUCAAGGGUAAACCAAGACCUGCAAUCAGCUGGCUGAAGGAUAACUUGCCUCUGAAGGAAAGCGAGAAGAUUCGCUUCAGGACCACUGACAACAAGACUGCUGUUACAGUCAGAGGAGCUAAGAAGGAACAUGCCGGUCAAUACACCUUGGUCCUGGAUAACAGAGUUGUCAAGAACUACUUUGACAUUAAUGUAAUUACUCUGGGACCCCCCUCAGCCCCUGUCGGUCCCAUCCGCUUUGAUGAGAUUAAAGCUCAGAGUAUCAUCAUCUCCUGGGAUGAGUCAAAGGAAGAUGGAGGUAGUGAGAUCACCUGCUACAGUGUGGAGAAACGCGAGACCUCCCAGGCUAACUGGAAGAUGGUCUGUUCCAGCGUUGUCAGGACCACCUUCAAGAUUCCCAACCUGGUCAAAGGAACUGAGUACCAGUUCAGGGUCCGUGCAGAGAACAAGUAUGGAGUCAGUGAACCUCUCAACUCUUCAGACGUUGUUGCCCAACACCAGUACAAACCUCCAGGCCCACCAGGAAAACCUGUUGCCUUCAACGUCACUAGUGAUGGUAUGACCAUUAGGUGGGAGGCCCCAGAGUUUGAUGGAGGAUCCCCCAUUUUGGGCUAUCAUGUUGAGAAGAAGGACAGGAACAGCCUGUUGUGGCAGAAAGUGAACUCUACCAUCAUCUCCAACAGAGAGUACAGAAUCAUUGGUCUCAUGGAGGGACUGGAGUACUCCUUCAGAGUCUACGCUGAGAACAAUGCUGGAGUUAGCCUUGUUAGUGAACAGAGCAAACAUGCGCUCGCUAUUUCUCCUGUUGAUCCACCUGGCACCCCUGUCUGCAUCGACGUAACUAGAGACUCAGUCACCCUACAGUGGGAUGUCCCCAAGAGGGACGGUGGCAGCAAAAUUGUGGCCUACAGUGUGGAGAGGCGCCAAGGUAGAGGCAAAUGGCUGCGGUGCAACUUCACUGAUAUCAGCGAAACCCAGUUCACUGUGACUGGCCUGUCACCUGGAGACAGGUUUGAGUUCAGAGUGAUUGCCAGGAAUGCUGUGGGCACAGUCAGUCCACCAUCUAACUCCUCUGCAUACAUCAUGACCAAGGAUGAGAGCAUUGCUCCUGAGAUCGAGUGGUCUCCAGACCAGGUUCUCACUCUGAGGGCUGGAGAGAAUGUUAAACUUGCCUGCAGCAUCACUGGACGUCCUGUCCCCCAGAUUGUCUGGUACAAGGACGGCAAAGAGAUUGACAAGAGGACCAUGAUUGAUAUUGAGAUUACCACCGGCAUUGGCACCAGCAGUCUGUUUAUUCGUGAUGCUGACAGGAACCAUCGUGGAAUCUACACUGUAGAGGCCAAGAACAGCUCCGGCACCAGGAAAUCUGAUGUCAAUGUCAGAGUACAAGAUACCCCGGGACCUGUUGAGGGUCCCAUCCGUUUCACCGGCAUCACAGCUGAGAAGUGCACUGUUUGGUGGAACCCGCCAGAGAAUGAUGGCUGUGCUGCCAUCACCCAUUACGUAGUGGAGAAGAGGGAGACAUCCAGGAUCACCUGGGCCUUGGUCACCUCCAAGUGUGAAGCUUGUUCUUACAAUGCCACCAACCUCAUCAAGGGCAAUGAGUACCAGUUCAGAAUCUCUGCUGUCAACAAGUUUGGUGUUGGUAAACCACUGGACUCUGAUCCUAUCAUCGCACAGAUGCAGUACACUGUUCCUGAUGCCCCUGGUACCCCAGAUGCCACCCAUGUGACUGGAGACAGCAUCACUAUGUGCUGGACCAGGCCAAGGUCAGAUGGAGGCAACGAGAUCAAACACUACAUCCUGGAGAGGAGGGAGAAGAAGAGCCUGCGCUGGGUGAAAGUUUCCUCAAAGAGGCCCAUCACAGAGCUAAGACACCGUGUCACCAACCUCACAGAGGGCAACGAGUAUGAGUUCCGUGUCAUGGCUGAAAAUGGCGCUGGUGUCGGACCAGCCAGCAGUACUUCCAGGCUCUUUAAAUGCAGAGAGCCAACCAGUGCUCCUAGUGCCCCAACGGUGAUCAAGGUCAUUGACUCAACAAAGUCCUCUGUCACUUUGGAAUGGACCAAGCCAGUCUUUGAUGGUGGCAUGGAAAUCAUUGGCUACAAUAUAGACAUGUGUAAAGCCAGUCUGGAGGAGUGGCACAGAGUCAACAGCCAGAUUUGCAUCCACACCAGAUACACUGCCAAGGGCCUGGUGCCUGGAGAGCUCUACAAGUUCAGGGUUAGUGCUGUAAAUGGAUCGGGACAAGGAGAAGCCUCAGUGAUGCCCAACCCUGUUCAGGCUCUGGACAGACUUACAUCUCCUGAGAUUGACAUUGACGCCAACUUCAAGCAAACACACAUCAUAAAGAAUGGUGGCACUGUCACCCUCAACGUUGCCUUCCGCGGCAAACCAACUCCUCUUGCCACCUGGUCUAAGGUAGAUGGUGAGCUGCCUGUCAUGGCUGAUGUCAACACCACAGAUUCAUUCUCUACUUUGACCAUUGAGGGGUGCACGAGAUAUGAGGCUGGCAAAUACACCCUGUCUCUGGAAAACAACAGUGGCCGCAAGUCCAUCACAUUCACUGUUAAAGUGCUGGACACACCUGGACCUCCGGGAGCCAUCACCUUUAAAGACGUUACCCGCGGAGCCUUGACUUUGAUGUGGGAUGCUCCCGCCAAUGACGGUGGAUCCCGAAUCCACCAUUACAUUGUGGAUAAACGCGAGGCCAGCCGUCUGGCCUGGCAGGAGGUCAGUACCAAGUGCUCUCGCCAGAUGAUCAGGGUAACUGGUCUGGAUAUUGGCAUACCAUAUCUGUUCAGGGUGAUUGCUGCGAACCAGUAUGGCCAAGGAGAACCUCAUGAGAUGACAGAGCCUAUCAUUGCCACAGAAGAACCUGCACCACCCAAGAGACUGGAUGUUGUCGACACCAACAACUCAACAGCCUCACUGGUGUGGCUGAAGCCUGAGCAUGAUGGAGGCAGCCGAAUCAGAGGCUACAUUGUUGAAUUCAGAGCUAAAGGCACUGACCGCUGGGUUGUCAGUGGAGAGACCAAGUCCCUGAAGAUGUUGGUGGAGGGUCUGAUCGAAAACACAGAGUAUGAUUUCAGAGUCAGAGCCAAGAAUGAUGCUGGAAUCAGCGAGCCUCAGGGUACCUUUGGCUCUGUGGUCAUUAAGGAGCCUCGCAUCGAACCAACUGCUGACCUCAGCAGCAUAACCAACCAGCUCAUCACCUGCAAGAUCUCCAACACCUUCACUAUCGACAUUCCUAUCAGUGGCAGGCCUGCACCUAAGGUCACCUGGAAGUUGGAGGAGAUGAAGCUUAAGGAGACUGACAGACUCUCCAUCAAGACCUCGAAGGAGAGAACCACUCUGGUGGUGAAAGACAGCAAGAGAACCGACAGCGGUAAAUACUACCUGAUCCUAGAGAAUGCUGCUGGUGUGAAGACAUUCACAGUGACUGUGGUUGUUGUUGGAAGACCAAGUCCACCCACAGGCCCUGUGGAGAUUUCUGGAGUUUCCUCUGAGUCCUGCACCCUGUCUUGGUCUGAGCCAGCUGAUGAUGGCGGCACUGACAUCACCAACUACAUUGUGGAAAAACGAGAGUCUGGCUCUGCCUCCUGGCAAGUGGUGAACUCCAGUGUGAAGAGAACCACCAUCAAAGUGACUCAUCUUACCAAGUACAUGGAGUACACCUUCAGAGUGUGUGCUGAGAACAAAUUCGGAGUCAGCAAGUCCAUUGAGUCUGCUGCUGUAGUCAUUGAGCAUCCAUUUGUUCCACCAAGUCCUCCAACUCGUCCAGAUGUGGUAUCUGUGUCUGCUAAUGCCAUCAACAUCAAAUGGGAUGUGCCAUAUGCAGAUGGUGGCAGCAAGGUGACAGGCUACUGGAUUGAAAAGAAGGAGAGGAACACGAUUCUGUGGGUGAGGGAAAACAAACUGCCCUGCCUGGAGUGCCAUUAUAAGGUGUCCAACCUGAUUGAGGGCUUGGAGUACCAGUUCAGGGUGUAUGCCAUGAACCUCGCUGGACUCAGCAAGGCCAGUGAGGCCUCCAGACCUGUGGUGGCACUGAAUCCUGUUGAUCCUCCUGGUAAACCAGAGGUGACGGACAUCAGCCGCUCCUCCGUUUCAUUGUGCUGGACCCUACCAUUCAAUGAUGGCGGCAGCAAGAUCGUUGGUUACGUGGUGGAGAGGAAAGUCUACAGCACGGAUGAGUGGGAUGACAACCGCUGGCUCAAGUGCAACUACACCACCAUUACCGAGAACUAUUUCACCGUAACUAACCUAGGAGAGGGAGAGACCUAUGAGUACCGUGUCAUCGCCAAGAAUGCUGCCGGUGUCCACAGUGCACCCUCAGAGUCCACCGGACCAGUCACAUGCAAGGAUGAAUACUCUCCUCCCAGAGCUGAGCUUGACAGCAAGCUGGUGGGUGAGACAGUUGUCAUUUCUGCCGGCUCUGACCUCGUCCUGGAUGGUGCUGUAGGUGGUAAACCAGAACCCACAGUGUACUGGUCAAAGGGUGACAAGAUUCUGGAGCUUGGAGAGAAAUACUCAUUGACCUACACCUCCACCAGAGCCAUGGCCGUUAUCAAGAACUGUGACAGAUACGACACAGGCAGAUACAUCCUGACCGUAAAGAACGCCAGCGGAAUCAGGACCGCUGCUGUCAACGUUAAAGUUCUAGACACUCCUGGAGCUCCAGCUGAUAAGAUCGUAAUCAGCAGAGUGACAGAGGAGAAGUGUACAGUGUCCUGGAAGAUUCCUCUGGAGGAUGGCGGAGACAUUGUCAGUCAUUACAUUGUGGAACGCCGUGAGACUAGCCGCCUCAACUGGGUUAUCAUGGAGGCGGAGUGCAAGACUCUGUCAUGUGUCAGCAGUAGGCUGAUCAAGAACAACGAGUACAUUUUCAGAGUAAGAGGAGUCAAUAAGUUCGGACCUGGAGUUCCUCUGGAGUCCGAUCCUGUCAUCGCCAGAAAUGCCUACACCAUCCCAUCCCAGCCGGGUACACCUGAAGCUACAGCGGUGGGCAAGGAGCAUGUCAUCAUUGAGUGGCUGAAGCCUGAGAGUGAUGGAGGCAGUGAGAUCAAAAACUACAUAGUAGAUAAACGAGAGAAGAGCAGUACCAGAUGGACUCGGGUGAAUAAGACUUACACCAUCUACGACACCCGUCUGAAGAUCACAGGCCUGCUGGAGGGAAGCGAAUACCAGUUCAGGGUGACUGCCGUCAAUGCUGCUGGAGACAGCCAGCCAAGCGAUGCCUCACCAUAUAUCCUCUGCAAAGACCCCACAUAUACACCAGCUCCUCCAUCAAUGCCUCGCAUCACUGACACAACCAAGCACAGCAUCAGCAUGACCUGGACCAGGCCCAUGUAUGAUGGUGGCUCAGACGUCACCGGCUACGUGGUGGAGAUCCUAGAAGAGGGCUCCGAACAGUGGUACCGCGCCACUGCCAAGGCACUCAAGACCAAUGAGUACGUGGCAGCAGGCCUGGCAGCCAAUAAGAAGUACAGAUUCAGGGUUGCUGCCAUCAACAGCAAUGGCACUGGGGAGUUCAGUGAACCUAGUGCUGAGGUUGAGCCGCUGGAGAGAAUCGAAAUGCCUGACCUGGAACUUGCUGACGACCUGAAGAAAACAGUAUGCCUGCGUGCCGGAGGAACACUGCGUCUGUUUGUGUCCGUCACUGGCCGGCCAGCACCAGUGGUCGCCUGGAGGAAGACGGGCACGGAGCUGCAGAGCCGCGGCUUCAUUGAAACCACUGAUAGCUACACCUUGCUACUGGUGGAGAAGGUCAAUCGUUACGACUCCGGAAAAUAUGUUGUGGAGGCUGAGAACCCAUCUGGCAAGAAGACUGCUACCAUCCUGGUUAAAGUCUAUGACACUCCUGGUCCUCCAGGUUCUGUGAAGGUGAAGGACUACACCAAGGAGUCUGUUGUGAUCACCUGGGAUGUUCCAAGCAUCGAUGGUGGUGCACAUGUCAGCAACUACAUUGUAGAGAAGCGUGAAGCCAACAUGAAGUCAUACAAGACUGUCACCACUGAGUGUAGAAAGACCCUGUUUAGGAUCACUGGUCUGGAGGAGGGCGUGCACUACUUCUUCAGAGUCCUGCCAGAGAACAUCUAUGGCAUUGGUGAACCUUGUGAGACGGCUGAGGCUGUGCUGGUGUGCGAGGUGCCAUCAGUGCCUCAGAACCUCCAGGUUGUCGAUGUCACCAAGUCCUCUGUCACACUGCACUGGGACAAGCCGCUGCAUGACGGUGGCAGUAGGCUGACAGGUUACAACAUCGAGGCCUGCAAGGUGGGCUCAGACAGGUGGAGUGCCGUGGCAGUGGUCAAGGCCUCAGUGUCCCAGCACACCAUCCAAUCCCUGAUGGAGAAUGACCAGUACCUGUUCAGAAUCCGAGCUACCAACAGCAGGGGAGCCAGCGAGCCUAUGGAUACUGUCACUCCAGUCACAAUCCAGGAGAUCAAGGUGAUGCCCAAGAUUGACAUGACCAGCAUCCCUCAGAAGAUUGUCCAUGUGCACCGCGGCAAACCAAUCGACCUCAACAUCCCGAUUAAAGCCAAACCACAACCUGUCUGCUCCUGGUUCUUUGGCGGUGUCAAGUUGAAGGACAGCUUGGACCGCAUCAAGAUUGACAGCAACGGCAAAUACACACGCCUCGUCAUCCGUGAGACCACAAUCAAUGACACGGGAGACUACACACUGGAGGUGAAGAAUGCCAUUGGCAUGGCAACCGAGGUCAUCAAGGUCAUCAUCCUUGACAAACCUGGCAUCCCAGUUGGUCCAGUGAAGAUUGAGGAGGUUGACGGCGUGUCAGUGACAGUGAGCUGGGAACCUCCAGAAAAGGAUGGUGGAGCUAAUGUCAGUGGCUAUGUGGUGGAGCAGCGCGAUGCCCACCGGCCAGGCUGGACCACCAUCUCAGAGUCGGUCACCCGACCCUGCUUUAAGUUCACCAGACUCUCGGAGGGAACUGAAUAUGUCUUCCGUGUUGCUGCCAUGAAUCGCUUUGGCGUAGGCAGCUUCCUGCAAUCUGAAGUGGUGGAGUGCAAGAGUGCAAAGACCAUCCCUGGACCUCCAAGCAGGCCAGAGGUGCUUGAUGUCACCCACGAGGGCAUGACCGUGACCUGGCAACCACCUGAGGACAAUGGUGGCUCUACCAUUGCCGGCUACAUCAUUGAACGUAAGGAGGCCCGUUCUGACAGAUGGAUGAAAAUCAACAAGAACCCUGUCACCAUGACCAGGUACCGCUCCUCUGGUCUGAUCGAGGGCCUGGAAUAUGAAUACCGUGUCACUGCCAUUAACUCAAGAGGAGCCGGCAAACCCAGCGAGAGCUCUGCCAUCACUGUUGCCAUGGAUCCCAUUGCGCCUCCAGGUCCUCCAGUUCAGCCCAGAGUCACUGACACCACAAGAACUUCAGUCUCUCUGGCCUGGUUGCCGCCUGAAGAGGAGGGUGGUGCUGUGAUUACUGGUUACUUUAUCGAGAUGCAGAAAGUGGAUCAGGUGGAAUGGACCCUGUGCAACACCACACCCACCAAGAUGUGCGAGUAUACCCUCACUCACAUGCCACAGGGCGCAGAGUACAAGUUCAGGGUCAUUGCCUGCAACGCUGGUGGUUCUGGAGAGCCCGCUGAGAUUCCUGGAGUGGUUAAAGUCCAGGAGAUGCUUGAUUAUCCCGACUAUGAGCUUGACCGUAAAUAUGAGGAGGGCUACGUGGUGCGGCAGGGUGGAGUCAUCCACCUGUCUGUACCCAUCAAGGGUAAACCCAUCCCUACAUGCAGAUGGACUAAGGAUGGUCGUGACAUCUCCCACCGGGCUAUGAUUGCUACACAUGACAAUAUCACUGAACUGGUCAUCAAAGAGGCACACAAAGAUGACACUGGUACCUACGACCUGGUGCUGGAGAACAAAUGUGGCAGGAAGGCUGUGUACAUUAAGGUGAAGGUCAUUGGUCGACCUGAUGCCCCAGAAGGCCCUCUGGAGUUUGAUGAUAUUCAAGCCAGAUCAGUACGGGUCAGCUGGAGGCCACCUUCAGAUGAUGGUGGCUCUGACAUCCUGGGAUACAUCGUGGAAAGGCGGGAAGUACCUAAGGCUGCUUGGUAUACAGUGGACGCUCGGGUAACCGAGAAUUCUCUGGUGGUGAAGGGCCUGAAGGAGAACGUGGAGUAUCACUUCAAGGUGUCUGCCGAGAACCAGUUUGGCGUCAGCAGAUCCCUCAAGUCUGAUGAGUCUGUUACACCAAAGACGCCACUUUGCGCACCAGAACCUCCCAGCAACCCACCAGAGAUCAUGGACGUAACCAAGUCCACGGUGGCUCUGUCCUGGGCCCGGCCUCGGGAUGAUGGAGGCUCCCGCAUCACAGGAUACUAUGUGGAAAGAAGGGAGAUUUCAACAGAGAAGUGGGUCCGCCACAACAAGACACACAUCACCACCACUAUGUACAAUGUCACCGGGCUCAUCCCAGAUGCAGAGUACAUGUUCAGAGUGGUGGCUCAGAACGACAUUGGGCAGAGUGAACCUGGUCCUGCUUCUGAGUCUGUAGUCUGCAAAGAUCCAUUUGACAAACCCAGUCAACCAGGAGAGAUUGACAUCAUCUCCAUCACCAAAGACUCCAUUACCAUCCACUGGCUCAGGCCUGAGCAUGACGGAGGCAAGGAGAUUCUGGGCUACUGGAUUGAGUUCAGGGAGGCUGGGGAGAGUGCCUGGAAGAAAUGCAACAAGGAGCGUUCCAAGGAUCGUCAGUUCACCAUGGGUGGCUUAAUGGAGGCCACUGAGUAUGAGUUCAGAAUCUUUGCCGAGAAUGAGACUGGACUCAGCCGUCCUCGUCGCACGCCGAUGGGCAUCAAGACCAAACUAAGCGUUGGUGAGGCUCCGGCUUUGAAGGAUGAGAUACAAGAUGUAACCACUAAGCUUGGUGAGUCAGGCACUCUGACCUGUGGCAUUAUUGGCAGACCUCUGCCUGAGAUCAAGUGGUACCGCUACGGCAAGGAACUGAUCCAAAGCCGCAAGUACAAGAUGAGCUCAGAUGGCCGUAACCAUUCCCUCAGCAUACUGACAGAUGAACAGGAAGAUGAGGGCCUGUACACUUGCAGAGCCAUCAAUGAGGCUGGAGAGAUUGAGACCAGUGGCAAACUGCGCCUGCAAGCACCGCCCCAGUUCCACCCUGGCUUCCCUCUGAAGGAGAAGUACUAUGCCGGGGCCGGCACCAGCCUCCGCCUGCACGUCGUCUAUAUCGGACGUCCUAUUCCCCAGAUCAUGUGGUUCUAUGGCAAGAAGCCCCUGAAUUCAUCAGAAAAUGUGAUCAUUGAAAACACGGAAAGCUACACCCAUCUGGUGGUGAGGAAUGUCCAGAGAAAGACAAAUGCCGGCCGCUAUAAGGUGCAGCUCAGCAACGUGUUUGGAACCAUUGACACUGUGCUACGUGUGGAAAUCCAAGAUAAACCAUGCAUCCCUGAGGGCCCUGUGGUUGUUGAAGCCCUGCUGAAGAGCUCAGUUGUCAUCAGCUGGAAGGUUCCAAAGGAUGAUGGAGGCUCCAUGAUCACAAACUAUAUCGUGGAGAAGCGUGAGGCCAAAGAAGGUGAACAGUGGCACCUGGUGUCCUCCUCUGUCUCUGGCACCACCUGCCGUGUCCCCAACCUAAUAGAGAGCGCUGGCUACUACUUCAGAGUCUCUGCCCAGAAUCAGUAUGGAGUCAGUGAGCCUCUGGAAAUCCCGUCAGUGGUUAUCAUCAAGAGUCCAUUCGAAAAACCUGGCAUCCCGCAGCAGCCCUUCAUUAUCAGUUCCACCAAGGACUCCUGUGUCGUCUGCUGGAAGCCUCCAAGCAGCGACGGUGGAGCUAAAAUCACCAGCUAUUAUCUGGAGAAACGUGAGAAGAAGCAGAACAAGUGGAUGUCAGCAACAACUAAGAAGAUCGUGGAGACCAGUUAUGAGGUCACAGGCUUGAUUGAGGGCUUCGAGUACGAGUUCCGCGUCAAGUGUGAGAAUGCAGGCGGUGAGAGCGACUGGAGUGAGAUCUCUGCACCAAUCAUCCCCAAGUCUGACCAGUCUCCUCGUGCUCCUGCAUUCAGGGAGGAAAUCAGGGACAUGACUGUCAAAUUCCAAGCCAAUGCUACCUUUGUCACUAAGGUGGUGGGACAUCCAAAGCCUUUGGUGAAAUGGUACCGCAGUGGAAAGGAGAUCCUGGCAGAUGGAACCAAGAUCAAAGCCCAGGAGUUUAAGGGAGGUUACUACCAGUUGGUCAUCACUAAUGCUGAUGAGAAUGAUGCCACAGUUUACCAAGUCAGGGCAACCAACUCCUCAGGAUCCAUCUCUACAACAGCCAACCUGGAGGUGGAAGUUCCUGCUAAGAUCCAUCUGCCCAAAGAGCUCCAGGGAAUGGGAGCAGUCCAUGCUGUCCGUGGUGAUCACAUCACCAUCAAGAUUCCCAUCUCUGGCAAGCCUGAGCCAGCAAUCACUUGGCAGAAGGGUCAGGAGAUCCUCUCCAACUCUCCUUAUUACCAAGUCAUCACCACCAGGUCUUUCACCUCCCUGGUCUUCCAGAAGGGAGUGCAGAGGAGGGAUACAGGCUACUACAUUAUUACUGCAAAGAACAGGUUCGGAAUGGACAAGCAAACCAUUGAGGUGAAUGUGGCUGACAUACCUGAAGCUCCAAAGGGACUCAUUGUCAGCGACAUUGCACGGGACUCCAUCACCCUGACCUGGGAGCCCCCAGCCAAUGAUGGUGGAAGCAAUAUCAUUAAUUACAUUGUGGAGAAGUGUCCCACCACUGCUGACAGGUGGAUCCGUGCUGGACAGACCACUGACUGCAGCAUCAACAUCAUCAACAUAUUCGGAAAGACCAAGUACCAGUUCCGCGUCAUUGCUGAGAACCAGUUUGGCCUGAGCCUUCCCUCUGAGCCAACUGAGCCUAUCACUACAAAGGAGGACAAGUCUGUGAUUAGGAACUACGAUGAGGAAGUGGAUGAAACCAGAGAAAUCACCAAGGAGGAGGCUCUUUUCUACAAGGUGAAGGAGCUGUCCUCCAAGUACAUCAUCUCUGAGGAGCUUGCACGCUGCCAGUUUGGAGCGGUCCACCGCUGCGUCGAGAUUGCCACUAAGAAGACCUUCAUGGCCAAGUUUAUCAAGGUCAGAGGAACUGACCGUGAGUUGGUUCUUCGGGAAAUUGAGGCUCUCAACGUAGCAAGGCACGCAAAUAUCAUCUACCUGCAUGAAUACUUUGAAAGUAUGGAGGAGAUUAUCCUGAUCUUUGAAUUCAUUUCUGGAGUUGACAUCUUUGAGCGCCUUGGUACCAGCAACUUUGAGCUAACAGAACAGGAGAUUGUCCGCUACUUGAGACAAGUCUGCUCUUCCCUCAAGUUCCUGCAUAGCCACAACUUUGGCCACUUUGAUAUCCGUCCAGACAACAUUGUCUACACAACAAGGAAAAGCACCAACAUAAAGAUUAUCGAGAUGGGCCAAGCUAGGCUGCUGGUGCCUGGAGAAAACAUCAGAAUGCUAUUCUCAGCUCCAGAGUACUGUGCCCCUGAGGUCCACCGCCAUGACCUAAUCACAACAGCAACUGAUAUGUGGUCUGUUGGUGUUAUGGCCUAUGUUCUGCUCAGUGGCCUUAAUCCAUUUGCAGCAGAGUCCGUUACAAAGAUGGUUGAGAACAUUUCCAACUGUGAGUACAUCUUUGACAGUGAAGCAUUUAAAGACAUCAGCCUGGAGGCUAUGGACUUUAUAGACAGACUUCUGAUCAAGGACAGGAAGCUCCGUAUGACAGCUCAUGAGGCUCUGGAGCACCCAUGGCUCAAGAUGAAGAUUGAGCAUGUCAGCAACAAGAUCAUUAGGACGCUGAGACACAGGAGGUACUACCAGAGUCUGGUGAAGAGGGUAGAUACUAUUGUAUCAGCAGCUCGUAUAGCUUAUGGUGGUGCCUUCAAGAACCAGAGAGGAUUGGCUGUGGGUAAAGUGAAGAUCGGAACUGAGUACCGUGGCCUCCGUGCUGGUCCAGUCAUGCACGGCUCAGCUGAGGAAGGUGGCCAUAUCAGGUUCACUUGUAGCAUUGCCAACUAUGACAAGAGCACACAGGUGUCGUGGUACUUCGGAAACCGUCAGCUACACCCAAGUCCCAAGUAUGAGAUUACUUACAGUAAUGGUUUUGCCAGCAUCUAUGUAAAGGACAUUGAAGAGAGUGAUGAUGGUGUGUACAGAUGCAAAGUGGUGAGUGAUGAUGGAGAGGACAGUGCUUAUGGAGAGCUCUUUGUUGAGACAGUGAGGAGCAUCAGAGAGCACUACAUCAGUCGCUCUAUCAAGAAAUUGAGGAAGAGAGUUGAUAAGACUAAACUCCUGCAGAGACCACCAGAGUUCACUUUGCCUCUCUACAAUCGCAGUGCCUACAUUGGUGAAGAUGUCCGCUUCGGUGUCACUAUCACUGUGCAUCCCGAGCCUCACGUAGCAUGGCUUAAGAACGGGGAGAGAAUCAAGCCAGGUGACGAUGACAGCAAGUACACAUUCACCAGUGAUAAGGGUCUGUACCAGUUGAUGAUCCACAAUGUGGAUAUGAAUGACGAUGCCGAAUACACUGUCAUGGCCCAUAACAAGUUUGGAGAAGACAGCUGCAAGGCCCGUCUGACGGUGGCACCUCAUCCUGUCGUGGAGGACAGUAUGAGGCCCAUGUUCAAACGUCUGCUGGCUAAUGUUGACUGCAUUGAGGGGCAUAGUGUCCGUUUCGAACUCAGAGUCUCUGGAAUCCCAACUCCUACUCUGAAAUGGGAGAAGGACGGUAAACCACUACAGUUUGGUCCCAAGGUUGUUGUCAUAGAGGAGGAUGUUGACUACCACGUCCUGCACAUCAGAGAGACUCUGCUUGAGGACUCUGGUGUCUACAAGGUUACUGCAACCAACUGUGCUGGCUCUGCAAGCUGCCAGGCUACACUGAAGGUUGAACGCCUUACCUACACCAGGAGAGAGUAUAAGAGCGAGGAGGAGAAAUACAGACACAUACAGAAACAAAUUGAAAAGACAAACAAGAUGGCUCAGCGAAUUGUUGCCACAGAGGAGCUUGUACCCUUCAACCCAACAGCCCAGGAGGCCCUCAAAUUUGCUGCAGAGAUAUACAAGCCUGCAGUGAGUACCAAGAAUGUUGAGGGUGAGUUUGACAUCACAGUGGAGAAGUCUGAGACCAAGAAGCUGGAGGAGGAGAGGAGGAUUUUCAUGCCAUAUGAGAUCCCUGAGCCUUUAGUUCACGAUCCCAGAGAUCUAGAUGAAGACAAAGCCAUCAAACAGUUUGUACCUCUCUCAGACAUGAAGUGGUACAGAAAGCUGAGAGACCAGUAUGAGGUUCCAGAGAGGAUGGAGAGGAUUGUGCAAAGGAGGCAGAGACGUAUCCGUCUGUCCAGGUGGGAACAGUUCUACGUCAUGCCUCUACCCCGAAUCACUGACCAGUACAGGCCAAGAUGGCGUAUUCCAAAACUCAGUCUGGAUGAUCUGGAGACUGUCAGGCCUGCACGCCGUUCACCCUCUCCCGAAUCUGAGGUGUCCUUCAGAUCUAGGAGGAGAUCUCUGGGAGACCUUAGUGAUGAGGAGCUGCUGAUGCCUGUGGAUGACUACCUUUCCAUGAGGAGAACAGAGGAGGAGAAAAUGAUGCUGGAGGAUGAACUGGAGCUCGGCUUUUCUGCAUCUCCUGCUGGCAGCCCCGUCCGCAUGGAGCGGCGUGCCGUGGAACGUGAAGAGAGGAGGCAGGAGGUCAGACACGAAGCUGUCGAGGUUGCUGAGACAAAGAAAAAACGUACUGUUUCUCAGUUCAUGAGGAGGAGAAGGUCGUUGUCUCCCACAUACAUUGAGCUGAUGCGCCCAGUUUCAGAGCUCAUCAGGCCACCACGUACCAGGCCUCCUGUGGAAGCAGAGGGAGAGGUCGUGGAGAGAAGGUCCCCCACCCCAGAGAGGACCCGUCCCCGCUCUCCCAGCCCUAUAAGAUCAGUUGAAAGGUCAUCCCGUUCCUCCUCCAGGUUUGAGCGGUCUGCCCGCUUUGACAUCAUGUCCCGUUAUGAGGCCAGAAAGGCUGCUCUGAAGUCUGAGAGGAAAUAUCAGGUGGUUAGCCAGACACCUUUCAGCCUCGACCAUGCUCCCCGUGUGACCGUCAGGAUGCGCUCUCAUCGCAUACCAAUCGGCCAAGACACCAAAUUCACCCUAAAUAUCCAAGCCAAGCCAGAGGCCGAGAUCAAGUGGUUCCAUAAUGGAACUGAAAUCUCUGAGAGCAGCGAGAAAUACAUUUUCAUCAACAUGAGUGGUGUCUUGUCUAUCACUAUCCUGGACUGCCAAGAAGAGGACAGUGGCACAUACCGCUGUGUAUGCUCUAAUUCCAAGGGAGAAGCAUCAGACUAUGCCACCCUGGAUGUGUCAGGUGGUGGCUACACCACCUUCUCCUCUCGCCGCAGGGAUGAAGAGGCUCCCAGAGCAUAUGUCCCUGAAGUAACUCGCAUUGACCACUAUCACACCACUCACUUCAAAGCUGGCUAUGCCUCCGAGACCCACUUUGAGGUGGAGGAGAGCAAGUCUAAGCUAACCGAGACCCAUGAGACUGUCACACGAGAAAGAUAUGCUGCCUCCUCUGAGAGAUAUUCCUCUGCUGAGAGGUAUGACUCAUCUAUCAAGUACGCCUCUGCUGAAUACCUGUCAUCCGACUCCUCUUUCUCAUCAGAAAAAUUCUCUUUAACUGGGAAGCACACCACAUCCGAGGCCAAACUUAAGUCAUCCUCUGCUGCUGUUGCUGAGGAAGUUUCUGUCCAAAAGGUGAAGCCUUCUCUUCCAGCCAGAAUCCUCACCAAGCCCCAGUCUGUGACCAUUGCAGAGGGAGAGACAGCCAGAUUCUCCUGUGAUAUUGAUGGGGAUCCUGCCCCAACAGUAACAUGGAUGUAUGAGAACAGAACUAUUGUCUCAUCUUUCCGUAUCCAGGUUUCCACAACUCAGUACAAGUCCAGCCUGGAGAUCUCCUCUGUGAAGGCCUCAGAUGAGGGCAGCUACACAGUCGUGGUAGAGAACUCAGCGGGCAGACAGGAGGCUCACUUCACUUUAACUAUCCGCAGACCAGCUCCAAAAGAAGAGGUUAAAGCCGUGAAAUCCCCAGAGCCAUCUGUAAAGUCACCCACUCCAAGUGUAAAGUCACCAGAGCCUUCAGUCACAUCACCUGUUCCCUCCAUAACUUCCCCUGUCCCCAGUGUUAAGUCCCCUGAACCAAGUGUAACAUCUCCUGCACCGAGUGUGAAGUCACCCACACCAAGUGUUAAGUCUCCUGAACCAGAGGGAAUUAAAUCUCCUAGGAGUGUCAAGUCUCCCGAGCCAUCUGCACCCUCUCCAGCACCCAGCUUAAAAUCACCAGCUCCAGGUGUCAAAUCUCCUGAACCUGAGGGAGUUAAGUCUCCACGGGGUAUAAAGUCUCCAGAACCCAGACUCAAAUCACCACCACCAACUAAGUCACCUGAACCUGAGGAGGUAAAAUCUCCUCGGGGUAUCAAAUCCCCAGAACCUGCAGGACUCAAAACACCAAAAGGUGUAAAGUCCCCAGAACCUGCUGGAAUCAAAACGCCAAAAGGCAUCAAGUCCCCAGAACCUUCAGGUAUCAAAUCGCCCAGGGCCUUGAAGUCCCCUGAGCCUGAGGGAAUCAAAUCACCUCCCAGGAUGAAGUCUCCUCCUCCAAGCCUGUCCCCAAAGAGGGUUGUGUCUCCACCCACUGUCAAAUCCCCAGUCCCGAAACCUCCCAAGGUCCUGAGUCAACUAACAGCUGAGGCCUGCGAGGGCUCAGUGAGGAUGUCCUGUGUCUGCGAGAGCAGCGUCAGGGAGGUUGUGUGGUACAUCAACGGGAGGAGACUGUCGAAGAGCAGCCGCUUUGAGAUGCACUACUCUGAGGGCUCCUGCAGCCUUCUAAUCCAUGAUCUGGCAGACAGCGAUCAGGGAGAAUACACCUGUGAGAUGACAUCAGAGGGAGGAGUAUCCAAAUCCUCCUUCUCCUUCACCGGACAGGUGUUCCAGUCCAUACGCAUGAAGAUCACAGCCUACCGUGAGCAGCAACUGGCACUUAAAGGAUCAAUGAAGAUGAGUCACAAGGAGUCCUCAUCAUCCAUGAUGAUGAAGAAAGAAGUCCAUGCAAUGGAGGAGUCAUCCUCCUUUUCUUCCUCCGCCCAGCAGGCAAUGAUGUCAUCCAUGAUGGAGUCCAGCUCCUUCAGCAGCAUGGCAGCUGAGAUGAAGUUUGAGACCAUGUCCAUGUCCAGCAUGUCCUCAAUGACAUCUGAGACAUAUGCAAUGAGCUCCAGCAGCCUCACCGAGAUGGCCUCCCACAUGGAGGGAUCCUCAUUCAGAGCAAUCAGUUGUGCUCCCAGGAUCGAGGCUCUGCCGGAGGACAUCAGCAUUGAGACUGGCAAAGUCCUGACAGUUGCCUGUGCCUUCUCCGGCGAUGCCAAACACAUCGAGUGGUCUUGCGGUGGCAAAACCAUCGAGGUAACAGCUGGUGGACGCUUCCACAUAGAGACCACAGAGGACCUGACCACCCUCAUCAUCACCGGAGUUAAGGCGGAAGAUGCUGGAACCUACACCCUCAAACUGUCCAACGAGCUUGGAUCUGACACAGCGACUGUUCACAUUAGUAUUCGAUCAUAGGCAAUAGUGUAAAAAAAAAAAAAAUCUAAUCUUCCCCUUUUCCCUACUUCCAUGCCUUUUUAUUUAUUAAUUGAGCGAAAUAAUCUACUUUAUAAAGAUCUGGAUUUCUGUUCUUGUAAAUAUGAACUAUUUUUGUACCAAUCUUGACAUUAAUUUAUGCCAAACUAGACUCAAGUCUAAAGUUGUUAUAAAAUGUGCCAUAUUGGAUAACUAUGACUUAGGAUUUUUGAUCCAUUUUUCUGUGACAUGUACAUAAUGUAUAUAGCCGAAUUUAACGGUUAUGGGAAAUGUAUGCAUUGUUAUUUAUGACAAUAAUAUUAACUGAAACAAAAUGAAACUAAAUGUGGUUUAACAGGAGAAAGUUUCACCAGGAACGAAUACCCUGUUAAACUUAGAAACUAAACUCUGUGCCUCAACGAUAAGUUGAAGUCUUAAGAUUGCCUCAACAGGUAGAGAGGCUCCCUGUUGAUGUUAACUCAAUCAGAGACAAAACUAUGAAUGCACUGCUGGAGCGUGAGAGCAGUGCUGUUGCAUUGUACCAAGAGUGUGAGAUCCUGAGUGCUGUUUGCAUUUACCCUCAUGUAAGCAGGACGACUGGACCUCGUGCUCUGACUGAUUAUGUCAUACCGCCAUUUUGAUGACAUGCUCACAGUGCGAGCGGCCUGCACUCCCUGAGCACAAAUGUUUCUUUUUUGUUUUGUGCUCUGCUUCUGGCAAACGACUACUCGCUCGGGCUCCACAUUCGUACCAUCAACCUGGCCAAUCACAUUAAAUAAAGAGUCCAUCCUGUGCUUGUUUGCAGAGGCAGAGCUGUCUCUUGGAGGUCUGCAGUGUGUUUGUGUGUUAGUUUUUAGAAGUUCACCUGUCAGUCAAGCUGGGCACUGCCAAGCAGAUGUACCGCAGCCGAAACCAACCGUUGCUGCGCUCACUGAGAACAAGAUGAGGCGUGGUCUUGCGUGUUGCCCCGCACUUUGGUUUGAUUGAAGUUAGAGUUGUAGCAUUGACUAUUUUUCGCAGCCUCCUUGAGUUUUUCUCCAAUUAUUGAUUUAAUAAAGCAUGAUUCUCAGCACUACAA